CGUCACUCAUCCUGGCAGCAGUGACCGGACGGAGUCUCCCAGUUUGGAAUGAAGGAUAGCGCUAGGCAAGCGGGCGCCGGGUUCUGAUUGGUCGGCUCUGCACACGUGAUCUGUCCGGGCUGCAAGCUGGCGUUCUAGGCGUCGUGGAGGCAGCUUGGCGGCGGAGGGACACGGCUCCCGGCUCGGAGGGAGAGACAGGCGGAGGGACACGGCUCCCGGCUCGGAGGGAGAGACAGGCGGAGGGACACGGCUCCCGGCUCGGAGGGAGAGACAGGCGGAGGGACACGGCUCCCGGCUCGGAGAGAGAGACAGGCGGAGGGGGGGUGCAUGGACUGAGGCUGCUUCCUGGGAGAGAGCGAGCUGCCCGCACCCCGGAGACCGCACACUGCCGGCAGCAUGGGUGAGUGACCUGGGGAGAGAGCCUGGGAAUAGGGAGAGGGCUGUGCCAUGCCAGGGCAGGAGGGGCUGUGCCAGGCAGGGCUGCUGGGGCAGGGGCAGGCAGGGCAGGAGGCCGUGCCAGGCAGGGCAGGAGGAGGGCUGUGCCAGGGCAGGAGGGGCUGUGCCAGGCAGGAGGGCGUGCCAGGCAGGGAGGGGCUGUGCCAGGGCAGGAGGGGUGCCAGGCAGGGGGAGGCAGGAGGGAUUGCAGGGGCAGGGGGGGAGGCAGGAGGGGGGCUGUGCCAGGGCAGGAGAGGGGUUCCAGGGCAUGAGGGCUCUGCCAGGGCAAGAGUUUGAGGGGUGUACAAUGACAGGAGGGGGAAGUGUUUGCCAGGCAAGAAGGUGACAAUAGCACCAGAGCAGGAGAUGUAUGCCAGGGCAGGAUGGUGAAGGAUAUCCUAGAGCAGGAGGGUGAGAAUUGUACCAGACAGGAGAGGUGUGCCAAAGCUGUAGAAUGAGAAGUACCCAGAUGAGAGGAUGUUUAUGGUUCACAUGCCAUUCUUGGGCAAACACCUCAUAUUGACAGAAAUAAACUUCAGAUGUAUAUUUAUGUGUGAUCAGGGGUUUCUGGCUUCAGGGCCCUGUCCUGGGAGAAUGCAUUGUUUUACUGUAGGGCACCCUGUCUCAGUAAUCAGUAACUUUCAGUUUAGUUUGUAUGUAGGACCCCUGUGCCAGUUAAUGAUGGGGAGGGGGGCGGGGGGAUGUGGUAGGUCACCUCAAUAAUUAUCAAUUAAUAUUGUGUCGGAGCGGUGUGGUAGAGCCAGACUUGUCUGUUGUAAACCUCGUACCAGGCAGUGGAGGCCACUGGAGUCUUCAUUGUUUGAUGUGUUGAGGGGAUAUUCCGGCCUGUGUGUCAAUCUCUUAAUAGGCGGCAUAUGUCUCUCUGUACACACCUUGUGGCAAGUAAUGUGCUCACUCAGUUCAUUUUCAGUCUGGUCUCUCUUGAGGGGACCUAAGUAACAACUAGAAGAUCAGGGUAAUAAUAUUAUAAUAAUUUAUUAAAAUGCUUAAGAAGUUCUCAUUACCUCUUUCAAGCAUACAUUUGUUUUCUAUUGCAUAUGCACAUUAGAUGUGAUUUCUGGGUACCAAGAACAUGCCAUUAACCUGUUUGGAUGGGAAAGUCCUGACUGAUGCAUUAAGCACUGAACUAUUAACCAUUUCUUGCCAUGACAUUGUACCGUAUCAAAAUAUAUAAAUGAAUUGUGAAUUGCUCACUCCUGUGGCUCACUAUUUGGAUAAUGAGUUUUAUAAAGGAAAUACAGUCCACGUCUAUAUCUGUAUAGGCUGUGAAAGAGAAAAACUAAUGUUUACGUGGGUAUUUUGUCAGAUAAAUAUGUAAAGGCCAUUUAAGUCAGGAUUAUGAAGCCUGUCGAAUACAGGACAUUAAAAUAGUAUGCCAAAAAAACAUUUUGGGAUUGAAAAAUAAUUUUCUUAUUCAGGCAUAACUUGGGGAGUACAUUGCUUUAUAGUAUGUAGAAUCUUGUGGUAGAUAAAUUAAAGGAACAUUAUUGGAUCAGGAACACAAACUUGUAUUCCUGACCUUCUAAUGUUAAAACACCAUCCAGUCCCCCCUAAAUCUAGUAAAAUCUUACAUUUAUUCCAGUCUGCUGCUGGAUCUGCCUUCUUGGCUGACAUCAUCAGUUGUGUUGAUCACAGCCAAUCACAAUGCUUUUAGGAUUGGCUGAGAGUGUGAAGCAGAGCCAGCUCAAGCCAAACACAGCCCUGGCCAAUUAGCAUCUCCUUAUAGAGACGAAUAGCAUCAGACGUUGUCUCCAUGCAGAGGGUGGAGACACUGAAUGUCAGUCACACUGUGCAGCACUGUCCCAGGAAGCACCUCAAGCAGCCAUCUAGGGGUGACCAGUAGAGUUAGCAUUAGGCUGUAAUGUAAACACUGCAUGUUCUUUAAAAAGACUGUGUUUACUGCAAAAAGCCUGAAGGGAAUGAUUAUACUCACCCAAACAAAUGCAAUAAGCUGUAGUUGUUCUGGUGAUUAUAGUGUCCAUUUAAUAAAUAUUGAAUUACUAGGGAUUAGUGCAUAGAUGUCUUUUUGGUAUACCAUACUAGUUUUCUGUGCCAGGUGAUGAUGCUAGGACAUACUCAGGUAAUUCUCUUCUUCUCUAUCAGAAAAAGAUACCAGUGAGGUGCUCUGUCUAGAAGCACCAAUUAUACUACUUAUAGUUCUGGUGUUCAGUUUAUUUUUGUUCAAACAUGUUUUGCCGGGUCCUUACUAAUGUUUAUGCAGUAUUUAGUCUGUUCCUGCUUGCUCACUCAAUUCCUGUAAUGUUAUAGAUAGGAAUUUACAGUUUCCAGCUUGCUAUGCAGAUAGGCUAGAAUUAUAUCUAACACAUCAAGGGGCUUAUAAUUGAGUGCACUAUAUUAAUCUUUCCCAGCAACUGCUACUUGCCAAACAUGUUGCACAUCAAAAGGAUAUUGACAAAAUAAAAAGAGCCCUAUGACAAUAAAUAUAGUUUAUACGCAUUUCAAUAAAUAACUUUUAUUUUUUUCCACACCAGUUAAGCAUCUAUAAAUACAAAAUAAAAAUGCAUAAAAGUCAGGAUGACAACAGAUAUUUUGUUUGAUUUUUUAUUUUUAUUUUUUAUUUUUUUUUAACCCUUCUUUCAAAAAUCCUCCAUUCUGCCCUUAUUAAUUGAUAUGCUGUGGAGAGUGUGGGUAUCUUAAAAUCAUUCGACUUUGUACAACCGAUUUUAAGCUGACUGAACUAAAAUCCCAGCUAGUAUAUUGAUUUGUCGGUUCAUUAUGAAUUAAGAUUUGGUUUAGAUACAUUGAUGCAGUUAGUGACUCUAUUACAGAAUGUGUGUCAGAAUGUCUGUUUGUUGUUCCUGUAUAGCUACAAUACAUGAAGCCAGUGGCAAUUAGGAAAAUAAAACAAUAUUAACAGGAAAUGUGAGGGAUUAAACAUUAACAAUGUGUUGUGGUUACCCAACAGUCUGCUUCAAAAUGAGGACUGAAUAGCUCAAAAUCACUGCCUGAAUCUAACAACAUUCUAUUUAAAUUGAACUGUUCCUAGCUCAUAUCAAUAUACUGUUUAGGGAGAAGGUCACUUAAUUUUAAUAUAUCGUGUGUUGUGUAAACUUCACUCUUGUCUACUGUCUAUAUUGUGUGUUUUUUUUUUUUUUUUUUCUGACAGGUGCAUCUGUAUUGCUAUUGAAAAGGGAUUGUGUUUACCAAUGAAACAUAGGAUUAUGGUGUGCGUCUGUUUUCCCUUUUCUAGUUGGGAGAUUUAAUGGCCUUUUUGUGUAAAGAUGAUUGUUCUUUGUCCCAAUCAUUUUAUUUGUAAAUACUGUUGCCAAAAACAGUUUCUCUUCCAAUAAGUGUUCUGGUGAUAGUUUGAGGAGAUGUGCGAGGCAGCUGUGUGCAUUGGCACCCGAAGCAGAAUGCAGAGGAAAUGCUUGUGCAAAGAUCUAAUUUUAGGCACGCUAAAAUCUACAAGUAAAUUGGUAACAUUUCUGCGCUGAAAUAGUCGCAAGAAACCUGUAUUGUGCAACAUCUGAAAGAGCCAGCAGUGAUUUGUUACAAUGGUAAUAUAUAUAUGGAAUACAGGAUGGAAGCUUUUUGAACUUUUUACAGACUAUGGUUAAGCCUGCAGGUUGGGGUGUGAAAUUAGACGUUUUAGUUAAUGAUGCAUUAAAAUCCCCUCCUUGUAUAUUUUAAAGCUGAGGUUCCCAAAAGGUUUUAAAACUACAGCUUCCAUGAUGCUUUGCCAUUCCUAAGGCAUGCAGUGUAUCAUGGGAGUUGUAGUUCUACAUCUGGGGCAUCUACCUUUUUGGCUACCUUUGUUUUAAAGUAUUGUUUGCAUUUCCAGGAAUGAUGUCAAGAUGUCUACUGACAGCCAUUAAGCAUUUUCUUUUUGCAAAUGAUCACAAAUUAUGGGAUAGAUCCUCGGAUUGCUAUUUCUUGUAAUGUAGAUAUUAAUAGAUGACGUAGACAUAAAAUGUUUAUAUAUGGCCAAUAAGCAACGUCUGGCAGUGUGAUAUUAACUUGAAAUCCUAUAGAGCUAUCAUUCUGCUAAUCAUUCCUUUAGUGUGUUGUAUAAAUUACAUUGCUGGAGAGACACCUUCCAUUUACUGUAAGAUAUGAUAGCAAUACUGAAGUAGAAAAUUACAGAUAACUUUCUUUUAUCUUGGUUUUAUGAGUGUCACUUGUGUAUACUAUCCAUGUAAGCAAUGUGAUGUGCAACUUCUAUAACACAUUACGGUCUCAUAAUCCAUUUAUCAUAGGUGGUUAACUCCAGUCUUGUGUCUUCAGUAGUGUGUACAAGUGUUUACUAUUCCAACACAGUCAAAUAAAUCCUAAGACACAGUAGAGACUACCUUGAUUUAUGAUAAAUCCUCAAGCUGGCAAAACUGAACAAACCGCAGAGCUACCGCCAACAUGUUUUGUUACUUCCUCAGCCGUCGCUAGCGAUGGAUCUAGGGAUAAGGGAUUAUCUUGCUCAUUGCAGAGGAGGUCUCGCAUAUCCGUGUCGUCCUCUUGUGCAUUUGCAAGAGCACAGCGUUUUGUUGGGCUCCUGGCAUAUGAAACGUCAAGUAUAACUCUCCUCUGUUGUAUCCCCAGGGCCAUCACAUCCCAAGCUUCAAUGUCACCAUUGCUGGUCUAUGCAAAAUAUGCAAAGACCCCAGUAAAAAAAAAAAACGCUUUAAAAGAAUAAAACCGUACCAGGAGUGCAAUGACAUCCCCCAUUGAAAGUCAUAAAAGCCAUAAUCGAUGACUCUAGAUGAAUUACCUUCAACUCGUCUGUUAAAACGGUACAGAUCGUUUUUGUUCUGUGUUCAAAAGUGCUGAAUUUAAGUUUCUGCCUAGUAGAGCCAGGCCAUCAGGGAGCCAGGCUGCCCUUUUCAAUUAUGGUUACUUUGCUUGAGUUUAAAGUGAAACGUUAAACACCAUAACCACUUCAACUCAUUGAAACAGUUUUUGCGUGGAGUCCUUUGGUGCCAUACCCGGUUCCAUUGUUAAACCAUUUACGCAUGUUAUAAUAAUGAAUCAGGUUCACUUGGUGCCCUCACGCUGGCCUCCUCUGAUGAAGUGGAUAAGACUGUGUUACGCUCUGCCUUACACCAUACCAAAUCAUGCCAGCAAUGGCAAGCAGUGAUAGGCUGAGAGUGCUCGGUUUACACAGAAUGGGACUUCAUCUUAGCUGUUAGGAAAUGAUCUAAUAAUAAAACAAAGGACAAAGUCUGGGGACUCCAGGCACUAUAAUCACUUCAAUGAGGUGAAGUGGUUAUGGUGCCUAAUGUCCCCUUAUCUGAUAGGUUGUCUUUAAAGGAACAUCCCAAGCACCAUAACUACUACAUCUAAAGCCCUUUUUCUGUUUAAUUCAUUUUUAUGAUCUUCAUAAUUUUGCGGCGCCAAAAUUGGAAAAGGGGCAGGACUUUGGGUUCUUGGAGACACUGUUCCCCAUUGUUUUUCCUCCAUUCUGCAUGUUGCUUAGUGUCCCUUUAAAGUUGUAUUGACAAGCUUUCCAAAUACAGAUUCUUUUAGACUAAGAAAAUAUUUCCUUGUUUAAAAAUAUUGAGUGCUUGCGGUACUUGAAAAACGCAGAUUGCUUAUCUUUGCUUUUGUGUUUGAUACUGUUUGUGCAGUCCCCAAAAUGUUAUAUCAAAGCCGCACUUUUCAUACUUGAAGAAAAAAAAGCCUUAUUAACCUGGCUGAAACUGGAAGGACAUUGCUGUUAUCGGAACUGCGUUAUAUCAUUGAAGAGGAUAUAAUACCUGGAAUUCCCUGGUGCCAUUCUUCCAUUCACUAUUUAAAGGGACACUCCAGACCCCUGAUAAAAAGCUUUAGGUGUAAGGAGUGUCUUUUUUUUUUUUUUUUUUCUAUUUGCAGAUUUCAAUAGAAAUUGCCAUUUUUAAAAAAAAUAAAUUAUACCGUUUACACCCCCUGGCUUUUCAAGCAGACACCAGGUCCUGUUACUUCCGGGUUUGGUUGAAUUAUUUGCUCUAAACUCAAGAGGCAGCAAUUGUCCAGAGCUCCUGCCUAGCUAAGACUUCCCAGCAGCUUGAGUAGCAAUAGGUGGCAAUAGAGUGUUAGGUGACCGCAUUUAGCCUAUCAUCGCACCCAUUGCUGGUAUGAAUUGGUAUGGCUCAAAUGAUGUGUGUAACCUCUGCCUUAUCUGCGGGGUGGGGCUAUGGAAAGCCAGGGAGCAUCAUUCAGUGUUAAACUGCUUUAUAUAAGGUUUAACAGUGAAUGGAGGGACCGUACCAGGAGACUCAAUGAGAUGAAAUGGUUAUAGUGCAUACGGUGUCCCUUAAGGAAGAUUGCCUGAUGGAAUUUCUGAACUGAGGGGUAGUUUAAGCAGCUCUACUUUUAUUACAGAAUAAUCUUUGUCCCUCCAGUGUAUGAAACGGUAUUUCCCGCGGUUAUUGAUAAGUGAAAUCAUGACUUAUAGGCCCUAAAAUGCUGAGCGUCAUGUAAAUUGAAGCUAAUUAACAUCAGCAGUGCCGUUGUAAGCAAUGACAAAUGGAUAUUUGUUAUCCAAGAAAUACUUAUUUUACUUUUUCACCAGGAGUGCUUUUUCUUCUUAAAGGGAUAAACAGAUGACCCUCCCCCUUUAAAUGAAAAACCAUUCUGACGCAUAAAGAGGCACUGUCGUUAGUAAGAUUUUUGUACGAGUGACCUGUUGACCCUAUACGCCUGGGUCUGAGAAAGACUGGCCGCGGUCAGUUUUUGACAGGCAGAUAGCAUACAUGAUUCCUGCGCCAGUCGGUGCUGAUUCACCCUCUGUCUCCGCUCCUCCAACACCGACAUCAGCCGGCGGGAGGGGGGAGGCAGACACCUAAUGUGCAUGCGCGUUGACAGCCACGCUCGCAUUAGGUCCAGCGGAUGUCCAGCAUCAGGCGAUCAAGUGUCGUCUAACCAUCCUGAAGCCCGUUGAGUGGCUGUCUGGAAGCCACUAGAGGUUGAGUUAGCUCUCCAAGAGAAUUAUUGCAGUUUAUCAAAAACUGCAAAAAUUACAAUUGUAGGGUUAAGGGGCCUGGGACACUGCACUCAGACCACUUCAUUGAACUGCGCUUAUAAUUUCCCUUUAGGCAAAAAGUCAGGGGUCUUAUAGACAUUUCAUUCAAUGUACAAAACGUAACAAUUUCAUUGGCUAGUAUAUUAUCUCUAUUUUCCAGGUCCAUGACAUGAGAAGGUGAAGGAUCACAAAUAGCUAAGUUAGGCUUAAAUACAUUUUUUUGUUUUCUAUCUUUUCCAUAAAAAAACCAUGUGCAGUGGUUUGAGCACUGGCAUUUGUACACAGUAUUUCCAUAACAACAGUUAAAGUGACUCACACCACGACCUCUGACUAAAACUGCUCAGAAACUUCCUUGUUGGUUGAGUGACUGCAAAAAGAGAUCUUGGAAAAAUUAAAUUGCUUGCCAAAUAGUAUUUAAAAUAGUUUUUUUUUUUUUUUUAAUACUGUUUUAUGUAUAUUUAAAUGCUGUAUUGGCAUAAUUCAUUAAAGGGACGCUAUAGUCACCCAGACCACUUCAGCUCAAUGAAGUGGUCUGGGUGCCAGGUGCCUCUAGGGUUAACCCUGCCUGCUGUAAACAUAGCAGUGUCAGAGAAACUGCUAUGUUUACAUUUAGGGUUAAGCCAGCCUCUAGUGGCUGUCUUCCGGACAGCCACUAGAGGCGCAUCUGCGACGCUGGAGGCACAUUUCGCCUCCAUCAUGCAAAGCGUCCAUAGGAAAACAUUGAAAAAUGCUUUCCUAUGGACACUUUGAAUGCGCUUGCGGUACUGCCGCGAAUGCACAUUCCGCUCCGCUGACGUUGGCAGGGGAGGAGAGGUAAGGUAGCCCGGCAGUGGAAGAAUUUGAGUAACUAAAGGGGUUUUAAUAUAUAUGGUCCCUGUUUGGUGUUUGUUCAGUCAGGUAUACACUGUUCCAACAACAGCCAGAUAACAGCUGACAGGUUUUUUUUUUUCUUCAAAAGUCUCCUGCAUUUUAUUGACUUUCUGCAGUGAAAGCUUUAUACAUGCCAAAACAUGUUGGAUGUCUUAGGAAUUCAUUAUGCGGCUUCACAAGCGUAUCCCUUCACUGGGGUAUUUUAGGGACAAUGAAUCACUUGGGCACCUUUUGAAAUUAAGUCUGCGCACAUACAUAAUUAGUACACAAGCUCUGUGCUAGUCCCAUAUGUAUCUGAGAGAAUGGAUUGAUCACUUACUUAAAGGGAUAAUCCUUGCACUAACACAACUUAAAGGGGCAUUUCAUUGCAGUAGUUAUAGUGUCUGGAGUCCUUGACAUUGUCCUUACAUUCACUGUUAAACAGUGUUCGUUGUUUAACCUGCCACGAGAGUCCCCAGCAGUCCUCUCUAUUUCUUGGGCUAAUGAGGAAGUAUUUGCCUGAGCAGUAAUACUCUGCUGUGAUUUGCUGAGGGUUUCAACUGGCUGCUUUCAGGCUCUCAGAGGGCCCAUUGCAGGUCUGAAUCAGUAUGGCUAUAAGGAAGUGUGUAAUCUGUCUUAGCAGUACCUUGAAAUGGUUAUAGUGCCUACAGUGCUCUAUUUUUUCAAGAAAAAAAGUUUAGCACUGUAAUGAUGCCCCUUUUGUCAUGCCCCCUCUUUUCACAUAACGUUUUCCUCAUUUUCAGUUUACGUAUGCAGCAAAGCCAAUGAGAGAUCAGGAUGAGCUGAGCUGCGGACAUGGCUCUAACACACUGUUUUCUCAUUAUCUACCUCUUUCCCUAUAGCACUGUUAAGUUUUCUUUGAAAUGCUAUACAAAUAAUAAUAAAAGGACAGUUAUUGACUGUGGGCGAAGUCCUGUCAGCAGCUCAUCUCAUUGCCUGAACCUGCAGCCCAUCCUUCAAUGACAAUAUGUAAAACAUGGAGUUAUCCCAUGUUUACCAUUCAGCGGUAUCGGGGAAUGAUAGGCUGAGAAGAAUUGAGCAGUGAGUAGGGCAUGUGUCAAAAUGGCUUCAUUAAAGGGACUCUCCAGGCAGAAGUUUUUACUCCCCUGGUUCCAGCGCCAGGAGCCUCGUGAAGCCGCGCCCCCUAUUUCGUCAAAAUGAUGAAAUAGGCGGGCGCGAGCAGGGAGCAAUCAGACGUUUCCAUUUGGAAGCGUCAUUGCUCCCUUGUGCGCAUGCGCCCCCCCUCACAUAAAUCUCUGCAAAGUCCCUCACAAAACUACCACAAGUGCAAAAACAAAUGUGCAGUGAGUUAAAAGAAAAUAGGAAGAAAGUCCAAAGCGCUUUUCGGCGCUGCUAAAGUGCCUUCGUCUGGGGCAUAGUUAUUAAUCCUGUGAUUAUUGUCCAUCAUUUUGGCUGUACCACUGUGUGUAUUUUCCUGCCUUUUAACUCAUUUUCUCAAACCAGCUUCCAUUACCUAGAACUAGAGAUGUUGUGAACCGUCCGCGAACGGUUCGCCGCGAACCGUUCGCGGCGAACUCCGGUCAGCUGACACAUCCCGGCCAAUCUCCAGCAGACCCUCCCACCUCCUGGACAGCAUCCAUGUUUAAGCUGCCUUCAACAUGGAUGCUGUCCAGGAAGUAGGAGGGUCUGGGAGGGAGGGUCUGCUGGAGAUUGGCCGGGAUGUGUCAGCUGACCGGAGUUCGCCGCGAGAAGUUCGCGGACGGUUCGCGACAUCUCUACCUAGAACCCGCCCGCCCAUCACCCAUCUGUAUCUGCUGUUAUUUAUGUCCUUCUAUAUUAUAAUCUAGUAAAUUGUGUUUUUAUCUACUCAAAUUUAAAAGGGACUUUUCUGUGUCCUCUGGACUGUAAGUCCAUUGGUCAUUCUUGUGUUCAUUUUUCCUGUAACCAUUGAGCAAUAUCUGAAGACUGUUAGUAUGAAUGCCUUUUUUUUUUUUUUUGGUUUAUCCUCUAGUUCCAUAGCCUUUCAAUGUGAUUACAACAAAAACAAAGCCCUGAUCACAUGACAUUCUGUUUUGUAAAUACUGAUCUCGUCAGACACUCUGCCUUAUACCCUCUGCCUUAUACACGUUUGUUCAGAUAGCUUUGACUGUUGAUAUUGGUUGAUAGCCAUGGCCUAGUUUCCACUCUGUGGCUAACUGGAACUUAAAAUAGCUUUAAAGGGACACUCAGAGUACAUACACUCUGCAGGAGACUGCAGUUUUUAUGGUGAAAGAAGGUUUUCACUAAAAUGUGAGAUUUUAACAAUUCUAAGUGAAAUUAAAAUAAUUUAAUAACCAGAAGCGUAUUCCCCAAAUCACCUAAAUGCAACCCCCACAGCAUGCACAAACGGGUUACCUAAUAAAUGCAAUUGUCAUUCUCAAAAGGGUUUGAGAAAGGCAGUUUGUGGCCAAAACAUCACCUUUUUUCUUUAACGUUUUCUUAAAGGUUCUGUGGAUUUAAAGCUUAAUAAAGCUCCAGACCUGGAAAAGAUCCACAUCUCAUUGAAGGCUCUUUAUCCAUUUUUUAAUUGUGAGUGGCGUUUGGCGUGUAUAUAAUUAACAAUUACCUUGCUGUACAGUUUUGCACUAUGUUGUGCCAUUUCUUCCCUGGCAGGAUUAGCCCUAUUCUUAUACAUUGAUAUUUGAGAUCAUUUUGAGGAGGUCUUUGGGGGUCUCUACACCUGAAGGGAAGUCAUUCAUUUAAUUGUCUUAAAUAUUGCACUUUCUUCACUGGAGCACUUUAAAAUAUUGUGAAAGUCACUUUUUACAUUCUAUUUCAGUAUUUUAGACUGUAGUAGAUACAUUUGAGAAAAAAUAUUCUAAUCACCUGUUUCCUAGUGAGCUACAUUGGCCUGAAAUGGUUUGCAUGCAGUAGUACCCCAAUUAAUUCCUUUGUGGGUAACAGUGUCUGCCAGUACCAUCACGCUGAAAUAUGAACAUUUAUUACAGGGUUGGAUGAUGUAUAUCAACCAACUCACCAGAUUUUAAUUUAAAUAAUUAGGGCCUUGCUGUACUUUUAGUCUUUUACAUAUUAAUUAAUUUACCUUUUUUAAUUUAACUUGUUAAAAUGUAAGUAUUUUUAAUUGCUUAUUAGUUAAUAUUUAUUAAAGAAUCCGUUUGGGAAUUGUAGAAACAUGGCAUUAGGGCCAGUUCACUACAUAGCAAACAUGUGUGAUCACAGAUUCUGUGGAAUCAAUCUAACUGAAAGACAAAAACAGUUGGCAUUUAAGUACUUAACGCCACUGAAUCCCAAUUUUUUUUUCCUAUUGUUAUGGCUCUAACAACUUUCAGUCUACCCUUUCCAGCUUAUCUAUUUGGAAAGCAAUUCCGUACAAUCCCUCCACUGACUUGGUGGAAAUCAGCCAACUUUCAAGACUCUCAGCAGUGGGGCGACGGUGAUUGGAAAACAAGAAAGGCGAACUAGCUACACCUGUGUGAACAAUUGUUAUCUGCUAUUGCAGCAACCACUAGUCUUGUUCAAUCAAAACUACGAAAUCGACUGUGAAAUGUCAAAGCAAGCAACUGACCUUUAUGUUCAAAUACAUGAACCAAAACUCGUGCAAGAAAAAGACAAGCCUAGAGUGGAUUUGGGGUGAAUCGUAGAGGGAGGAUGAGCUGCAAAGCUGAAAUAAAAGCGAUAAGGGUGGUGAUGAUCAAAUUCAGUUUCAAGAAGAGCACCCUUCUUACAACGGGCUUUCUGAUUCCUCCUCUUGUUCUACUGACUGAUACUAGGAGAUGGAGUGCCAAUGACAUUUAAGUUGCAAGCUGUAAUAAUUCAAAUACUUGCUCAAAAAAGUAUUUCUGUUCCCCACUAUGUGCAUUGAACUUUAAUGUUGUUAAACUUUAGGAAAAUGGGAUUUAGAUCAGUAAAUUGGAUUAUGUUAUUAUGUUAUUCAAAGGUUUAGUAACGGUCAACUUAAAUUGUGCAUCUAAUGUACAAACUAAUUACUAGAUUUAUGGGGACAGGUCCCCUUUACAUUAACUGAAUUAGACCUUAUUAUUUUAAAUGAUAAAUUAAGCUCUCUUUCCCCUCCCCCCCAUUAUAAUUAUUUUAAUAAUAGACAAUAAUAGACUGCACGAUUGCAAGUCAUUUAUGCACGAAGCAUAGUGUCUUUCUUGUUUUUGAAAACGAAUUGUGAUAUAUAUCAAACACUUGAUAUAUAUUCGGUAUAUAUCGUGAAUAUCCGAUAUAAUUAUUCAUAUAAAUAUCAUGAUAUUUUCCAACACUUAUUUACUAUCCAGAAUAAAAGUUAUUGCCUUUCUAAAAUGACAUUUAGAGAUUUUUAUUUUUGAAGUGCGUUGCAUCAAAAAAGGUGGAGUGUUCAAAAUCUGUUCUGGUCUUCCCAGUUUUUUUCCUUUUAAAACAUAUCCUUCGUUAUUAAAGGAUUAAUACUGUUAGGCGUAGGGAUUAUACCUGAUUUAUAAAACUAUCAUUCUCUUGAUGUACACUAUGCAGAAAUUUCCUUUGUAUCCCAAUAUUUAUAGAUAACCAGAAUCAAACUGUCAGACUGACUUCUCCUUCUGAUACACAUAUUGAUACUUUCUUCUGAAAAAUAUGCAUUGUGGCAGAUAGUUUGUCGAUUGUGAGAGUCGAACUGUACUUAUCCAAAGGUCCUAGUGUCAAGUGUUCACUAGAAUGCACAUGCCCAUUGAAGGAUGUCUCUUAAACAUACACUAAAUCUCAUCUCCCUCCAUUCUAAGUAGUCAAAACGUUUUUUUGAACAUAGUGUCCACCGAGCACUAACACUGGAUGUUUUUAAGUUGGAGCUUGUGUUAGCACUUGUGAGCAUCUCUCCGGCGUUGGUGCGUUCCGUGAUGUGUAGACUAGAGCGGCAUUUUAAGUGUGGACCUGAUAAAGUGCAUGCUAGUAUUUAAUGCAUAGGUUGCUGUGGCUAUACUGCAUUAUAAGCUAUUUCUACUACAUGUCAAACAAGCUUCCCCUUUGCAGUCAUACUGUCUCCAAGGGAGAAACUCAUUACAUCUGUCAAUAGCACUCAGUGCACAAUGACAACAUACAUAGUUUUUGUAUAGACAUUAUUUUACCACAUGACAAGAGGCUUCAUAUUUGCAUAACUCUCUUUACUGAAAAUCUCCAGCAGCAAAAUACUCGCCUCCUGUCAUUACUAAAAUUAAGAUUAUUAGUACACUAAAGCUAAUAUAGUCUUCAAUCUUUCCAGAUGUGCUGGACCUAUUUGCAGUAGUUUGGAAACAAAAAUAUAUUUUUUUACUGGAGAGAGAGGUUCAAAGCCAAAAAUUGUGUGGGGGGGUGGGGGAAAGUAGUGUCUCUUUAAUAGGUUUAGGUUUUGCAGGGCCUCUCCCUACUCAUUGGUAGCUGUUUGUAGAAACUUACUUACAGAGCAAAAUAAGGCCAGUUUGAAAUCUGCCCUGUUUAAGCAGGCUUUACACAUGCCUAGUCUCCGUUUUAUAAGGAAUUUCUAGAAAUUCCAUUGAGUUGCCAUUUGGGCAGCAGAGCCAUCUGCCCAUCAGUGGAGGCAUGCUCUGGGUCUCUCUAUUCAGGAGCCAACACUGGUUGAUGGCAGGAGGGGGGAUACAAAGCCCACAGUAGAGAAGCAAGAAUCCAUCUUGGAAGUAACACUGCCAAAUGUACCGUAUAUACUCGAGUAUAAGCCGACCCGAAUAUAAGCCGAGGCCCCUAAUUUUACCCCAAAAAACUGGGAAAACUUAUUGACUCGAGUAUAAGACUAGGGUGGGAAAUGCAGCUACUGGUAAAUUUCUAAAUAAAAUUAGAUCCUAAAAAAAUUAUAUUGAAUAUUUAUUUACAGUCUGUGUGUAUAUGAGUGCAGUGUGUGUUUGUGUGUGUGUUGCAGAGCCUUGGUGGGGGGUGGGCAUUUUUAUUAUUAUUUUUUUAUUAUUUUAAUAAUUUUUUUGUUUUAUUAAUAUUUUAUUUUUUAUUUUAUUUUUAAUAUUUUAUUAUUAAUUUAUUUAUUUUUUGUCCCCCCUCCCUGCUUGAUACAUGGCAGGGAGGGGGGCUCUCCUUCCCUGGUGGUCCAGUGGCAUUGGCAGUUCAGUGGGGGGAGGAGGGGGGCUGGCAGAGCUGUUACUUACCUCUCCUGCAGCUCCUGUCAGCUCUCUCCUCCUCCGCGCCGGUCCAUGCAGCACUUCUGUCAGCUCCCAGUUCAGCUCACACUGUAAGUCUCGCGAGAGCCGCGGGGUCAUAGUGCGACUCUCGCGAGACUUACACUGGGAGCUGACAGAAGAGCUGCACGGACCGGCGCGGAGGCGGAGGGAGCUGACAGGAGCUGCAGGAGAGGUAAGUAACAGCUCUGCCAGCCACCAGUCUGUAUUAUGGCAAUGUAAAUUGCCAUAAUACAGACAGUGACUCGAGUAUAAGCAGAGUUGGGGUUUUUCAGCACAAAAAAUGUGCCGAAAAACUCUGCUUAUACUCGAGUAUAUACGGUAAGUGUAUAAUAUUAUCUUUUUCUUUCUCAGUAGCCUUGUGUUUGCCUGAGGGCUGAUUAAGUUUGUGAAUUUACACAAAUAUGCAUUGAAUAUCUAUAAAGCCGGCGAUGACUAGGGGAGUGGUUCAUUUCUGACACAGAGUAAUAUGCAACCUGUCACUGAUAGUUUUUAAAUUGCUCAGACACUCUACAGCUGAGACUUGAGACACUCCUCUUGUGGCUAGUUGAAACGUUGUACAGGAUUGGGCCUGUGACUCUGAGGACUGAGCUGCUUCUGAUUUCAAGCUAUGUGGGAUAGUCAUGUUAUCUCCUUAUUGUGCCCAGCUCUGUAUUUUACUCUGUUCUGCCUGUUGUAUUGGCAUCUCUGUAGUCCACACAGCUCUGGGUAUUGUGUGAUAUAUAGGUGUUGUGCCCAGUUCUGUGAAUUUGAUCUAUACUUUUUUUUUUUUUCUGCUUUUUUGUAGUAUGGUUAUCUUUGUAUUGUACUCUGCUCUAUGUAUUUUAUAGAUAUCUUUAUAUUGUUCCCAACUUGUUUUAUUGUAUUAGUAUCUCUGUUCUGCUCGGAUCUCUGUGUCAUAUGAGGAUCUUUGUUAUGCUCGGCUCUCUGUACUAUAUAGGGAUGAGGAAAAUUCUCAGGGUGGAGUCUGGCACUCUACCUUCUUAAAUCUUCACCAGCCUCCACUGCUGCACAUAUAGAUUCCUACUACUAUGACCUAAAAUCAGAAGUGGUCCCGGUGGUUGGAGUGACCCAGACACAGCCAAGUCACAAAUUACAAACGUUGAGGAGAAAUAGAAUCACUGCGAUGCUGUUUCUCUUGCUGACUGCCAGUGGCAAAGAUAUAACAGUGGUUGACAGGGAGCCAUGAGUGUGGGAGAUAGGUAAACAUAAUAUUAAAAAAUCCCGGUAAUUAACCGUUCCUCUUCAUAUUCCAGUCCCUGAUCACAUCAUGUGGUAUUUCAUGGCAGCUUUUGUGUAUUGGAUCACUUUUGUAUUGUAUAUUUUUCUUCCUUAUACAUUUUUAUAAACCGUUUCAAUUUAUGUACCAUUUAAAAAUAAAUUUUCUUUUUCCUCAAUUAAUGUAUUUAUUUUUCCCAGCUAUUUGUUGCUUAUUCAAUUCUUUUUGUAAACUUUGUGUGAAGGUAGUCUUAGACUGUGCAGGGCUAGGCUUCACAACGUAAAUACACAACUAAAAAGUGGAGCAAACCAGCUGCAUCAGGUCUUCCAAAACAUCCAGUUCUGACUCCUUUGCUUUGUCAAACCUUGUCUCUGUAGGACUGCCCAGCUUCAUACACUGUCUGGUGCAAAGAGAGUGUCUGUCUGCAACAUUGUGCGAAGUUCUAUUUCCUUUGCAGGUGCAAAUUCAUUCAUUUUAUCAUGCUAAAUCUGGAACAGGAAUUCGGUUUCGAUUGCAUAUGUAAAUGUUUUUUUUAAAAUUUAUUUAUUUAUGGAGCUAAUUAUUGGUUGGAAACAAAAAUCCCAUAUAUGAAUGCAUUGCAGUAUCACCGCCAUAUAACAAGUCAUCCAGAAGCACUCACUCUUCACGUUUUGCUAUGAAACGCUGCACAUACUGGGUUUAAUAACAUUGGAAGCCACCCCAAGAGUGCUGGGUGCCUAAUGUAUAUUCUAUGUGUAUUGAAUGUCUGAUAUCAGGACUCGCCGUAUGCUGGUGACACUUAUCCAGUGGUGGCUCAUCCAGGGGUAGGCAAACUGCAGCACUCCAGAUGUUGUGGACUACAUCUACCCUGAUGCUUUGCUUGCUUUGCUGUAAGAGAAUUCUGGGAGAUGUAGUCCACAACAUCUGGAGUGCAGAAGGUUGCUUACCACGGGUAGACUAUGGUCUGUCUUCUUGCACAAUAGUUUAUAAUUGCAGCUCUUUGCAAACAAUAAAUAGAUUGUACUUUCUUGUUUUCUAUCAAAGCUAACACCAUGCAGCCACAUGCUGUGCAUAUCCCUACCCUCUCCAACUCUGUGUUUGGGUUGAUUGAGAGGCCCUUGAUUGGUGGAGUGUGUUCGUAUUCAGCUCGGGAGCGGUCUGUACCUGGGGACUACCCCUCUCCGCUUAGCAGCAGCUGUAAGUUUGAAGAAAUGUUUGGUGUCUUUAUUUUUGUUUACUUCUCAUUGCUUUAUCUGUGUGUGCAUUAAAAAAGAGAUCACACUUUAGUGUCCUAUUGCGUUGGCAACCUUUUUCUUUUUACUGCAACCUGCACGUUUACAUGUGUCCAAAUUAAUAGGAGGCCAAGAAAGCAGGUUAAAGGGAACUGCAGCAGCAAUCUAUGGAAGAGACUGAUCAGGUAGCUUGUUCUAUCGGUAGGAGGCAGCCUGGUACAAGGAGUAAUCAGUCUACAUGCAAGGUCAUGUGACCGGAGUCAUCGGCCCAGCCUUCAACAAAGGAACAAGCAGACGUCACCAGGUCUUAAGGCAAAACAAAUGGCAGCAAUGAAAACCUAAUCUUUUAAUAGAACUGCAAUGCUUUUGUAAAACCUGAGUAAUGAUGUUGAGCGUUUCUUAAUUACUAUUUUUGUUUAAAUAGGUGUUUUACAUAUGGGAAUGAAUAAUGGAAGAAUUAAUAAACCAUAAUUUGUGUUCUAAACGUAACACUGUAUUUAUACUUGUUAUUUUGCACUUUAAAUUGGAGAUAAUAUAAUAUUGUGCAUUGCUUGGGAAAAAGGUUAACUGUGUGUUAUCUCAAAUCCCUUCGCACAUUUAAAAAUAACAAAAAAAACAACUUAGUGGGUUUUCCUACUAAUGCAAUGCCAUUAAAGUGUUAGCUCACAGGCCGAAUCAAGGCAAGCCUGUUGGGCAAGUCCUACAUUUACAAUUCACCUUGCUGCUUUCAGCUAAAGGGCAAACUAUCGGAGACAGAUAGGGAUGUUCUUAUGAACCCCUGGAAACUAACCAUUGUAGCAUGACUAAUAUAAAACCACAGAGAAAUAAGCCCUGUGCUCACACUCCUCAACAACUCUAGGGUGGCCUCGAUCGCUAUAUUAUUAUUUUUAUUUAUAUAGCGCCAGCAAAUUCCAUAGCGCUGUACAAUGGGAUAGUACUCAUCAGCACACCUACAUUGAACAAAAUCCAAGAACGUUACCUGCGCAAUAUCUUAACGUAAGCUCACUUGCCGUGUCAAAGAAAACCUCUUAGGUGUCCAGCUUUGAUGUAAUUUAUCUGCAGAACAUAUGUUUGAAAUGUAAAAUAUGGGUAGAAUUGACACCUUUAUUGCUGUUUUUUAUUUUUUUUUAUUUCAUAAAAAAAUGACAUGUUCAAGUUUGGAGGUUAGUGGGACUUAAAGGGACACUAUAGUCACCUGAACAACUUCAGCUUAAAGAGGUUGUUCAAGUGAGAACUAUAGCUCCCUGCAGCCUUUCUCAUGUAAACACUGUAUUUUAUGAGAAAAUAGUGUUUACAUUGAAAGCUGGGAACACCUCCAGUUGCAGUCACUCAGAGUGAACCAGAGGGACUUCAUAAUAUGCCUCCAUCCACUCAGAUCUGCUGUGCAGGAGCAUCCUGUGAUUCAGUAUCUCCUCCCUUUGCAUGCAGACACUGAACUUUCCUCAUAGAGAUUCAUUGGUUCAAUUCAUCUCUAUGAGGAGAUGCUGAUUGGCCAGGGCUGUGUUUGAAUCAUGCUGGCUCUGACCCUGAUCUGCCUCCUUGUCAGUCUCCGCCAAUCCUAUGGGGAAGCACUGUGAUUGGAUCAGGCUACCACAUGUCAGCAGACUGCUUGUUUUUCCUAAGUCUAACAGCAUACAGAUUUACAGCUUCUGGCUUGAAUACAGUAAGAUUUUUACUAUAUUUAUUUAUGGAGGCAUGAGGCGUCCAGGGGGACUAGAUGGUUGUGUUAACACUAUAGGGUCAGGAAUACAUGUAGUUGCACUGGUGACUAUAGAGUCCCUUUAACCCCUUAAGGACCAAACUUCUGGAAUAAAAUGGAAUCAUGACAUGUUACACAUAUCCUGUGUCCUUAAGGGGUUAAAGGACCACUAUAGUGCCAGGAAAACAUACUCGUUUUCCUGGCACUAUAGUGCCCCGAGGGUGCCCCCACCCUCAGGGUCCCCCUCCCGCCCGGCUCUGGAAGGGGGAAAGGGGCUAAAACUUACCUUUUUCCAGCGCUGGGCGGAGAGCUCUCCUCCUCUGAUCCUCCUCCAUUCUUCCUCCUGGGCUGAAUGUGCACGCGCGGCAAGAGCUGCACGCCCAUUCAGCUGGUCACAUAGGAAAGCAUUCAUAAUGCUUUCCUAUGGACGCUGGCGUGCUCUCACUGUGAAAAUCAAUGAGACAGCCACUAGAGGAAAUAGGGGAAGGCUUAACCCAUUCAUAAACAUAGCAGUUUCUCUGAAACUGCUAUGUUUAUGAAAAAAUGGAUUAACCCUAGCUGGACCUGGCACCCAGACCACUUCAUUAAGCUGAAGUGGUCUGGGUGCCUAGAGUGUUCCUUUAAACACUGUUAUGCAGUAGCUGUUGUCAUUAUUGCAGCCCCUAUUUAGAUACUGGCCCAUCACUAGCGAGAGAGUGUUUGAAUACUGUCAGGGAGUGCCCUAAAAAUAAAAUGAUUAUUGUUCACUAGAGAUGUCGCUUCAACAUGGAUGCUGUCCAGGAGGUGGGAGGGUCUGCUGGAGAUUGGCCGGGAUGUGUCAGCUGACCGGAGCUCACCGCGAACAGUUUGCGGGAAGUUCGCAAGCGGUUCGCGACAUCUCUAUUGUUCACUAGUUCUAUAUAGUUUAAAAAAAAUAAAAAUAAAAAAAGAUUCUGAGUGAGACCUUUAGUGUCAUGGUUUAAUAUUUUUUUUUAAAAGAACUUAUCGAUGGCUACACCUGCUUCAGCUUAAAGUGGCUCUGUUACCUAAAAUCUUUGCGUAUUUUGCAAAGACUACUAGUGGUGACAUGGCUUUUUGGUAGGUGGUAGUCAGGGGGUACAGGGGAACGUAGGUUUACUUAUAUCACAAUGCUGAUACUGUGUCCACCCAAUAGGCAUUUUUUAGCUCCUGGUUCUACAUCUUCCAGGAGCCAAUGUCAGUGCUGUCCUACAACACUGAUAUCUAUGGAGGAUCCAAAGAGCCUUUAUCUCCUCUGCUUUCACUAGUGACGACUAAGGGAAUUGAUUUAACUAGACGGCGGUAGCUCCAACUCUUGACUAGUUUUGUCAUGCUUGGAAAAAAUGUAUACAACAAAGUAGUCCCGACAUCAUCUUUUAGGAUCUUUUGACUCCUUUGGAAUUUCAGUUAAAUUACAACACAGUCAAAGUGAGCAUCAUAGUGGUAGGAGCCUGGAUGUGCCGGAGGCUAGUUGCAUCCCCAGUAUACGUGACUUAGGCAGGCCAGAACUCUGUGACGUGCUGCUCAAUGUAAAUUUUGUGCAUUUUUUACGUAUGUUUUUGUCACGAAAUGCAUACUGUACAGACUUAAUAAUCUCCUUCCCACCCUCCACUAAUCUGCUCAAAUCGCACGCAUGUGCUCUGAGCUGGUGAAAUGGACCAAUAACAGGACUCUCUGAGAAGCCUGUGAUUGGACCCGAGGCACCCUGUGACAUAAGGGAUAUUCACCGGUGUGUGUAUGUAGAUACACAUACAACAUUAGCAGUUUUAUAGCAAUAUGUGUCAUCAUGGUCAGUAAUGGCUACUCUGAUUUUAGAUAAAGACAGGUUUUGUUGGAGAGCCUUUGCUGAGAAUGUUUUAACUUUUUUUCCCCCCUUUUGGUGUUAAUGCUCUGUACAGUAUUUCUUACCUACUGUUUGUGUUCUUAAGAUAUUUUAGAACAUUUUGAAAAAAAGUGAGGUUUGUUUUGUUUUUUUCUUAUUCUUCAAAGAAAAAAAGGAAUUGGAGAAAUUUUCAGUUAAAUAUUCACAGUUUCCUUAUCUUCUAAAUUUGUUUUCAAUUGAUUUUCCUUUUUUUAGUUUGCUUAAUACCGGAUAUCUAUAUUAUCUUAUUUUUUAGUUUCUGACUAGGUUAACAUUUAUUUAUUUUGGGUGCAGGAGUCUGAAAGACAUGUAUUUGGGAAGCCUACUGUAUAUUUAGACAGAACAAUCCUUAUGUUAUAAAAUAUUUUGUAGUUUGCGUGAAUAGUUUUAGUGGGGCUUGUUUAAUGACAUGAACCAGAGAGAGUUGUGUUAAAUCCUUCAUUUAAAACCUUUGAAAUUCUCUACUGACAUAAACCUUAGACUUUGGAAGGAGCAAGUUAAAUGUUAAUUAUAUUUACUGUGCAUCUCUGAUAAGGCUUUACACACACACAAACACAUACUCCUUUUGUAAGGUAAUUGAUGCAAAUGAGAAGCCGGUGAUUCUUAAGAUUAUUUGUAAAGAACUCAAUAUGCCAUGCUUGUAAAUUGGUACAGUUUGCAGCUGGAGAAUAUUAAGUGACACCCCAGGCACCUAAAACUAGUUAAAGGACCACUAUAGUGCCAGGAAAACACUCGUUUUCCUGGCACUAUAGUGCCCUGAGGGUGCCCCCACCCUCAGGGACCCCCUCCCGCCCGGCUCUGGAAAGGGGAAAAGGGGUGAAACUUACCUUUUUCCAGCGCUGGGCGGGGAGCUCUCUGCCUCCGAUCCACCUCUGUUCCUCCCCGUCGGCUGAAUGCGCACGCGCGGCAAGAGCUGCGCGCAUUCAGCCGGUCGCAUAGGAAAGCAUUAUCAAUGCUUUCCUAUGGACGCUUGCGUGCUGAAUCAUGCAAGCGCCUCUAGCGGCUGUCAAUGAGACAGCCGCUAGAGGCUUUGGGGGAAGGCUUAACCCAUUCAUAAACAUAGCAGUUUCAAAGAAACUGCUAUGUUUAUAAAAAAAAAAAAUGGGUUAACCCUAGCUGGACCUGGCACCCAGACCACUUCAUUAAGCUGAAGUGGUCUGGGUGCCUAGAGUGGUCCUUUAAUCUAAAUUAAGUUGUUAUGGUGCCAGGAGGCCCUGGAAGCACUCUUACCUCAAGGGGUUCACUAACAGUUUAACCCAUAAGUUGCCUCUAGCACUGGUCUCCACUACUCCCCUGGCAGCUUCCGGGGGACCUUUUUUAAAAGGAAGUUUUGUGAAUGGUGAGUCUCUGAUUUGGCUGAGAGUGUCAGCUGACUUCGUGCUUCCUGAAUCUCAGAAGCUGUAAGUCGCCAGGGGAGGAGUGGAGACCAGCACUGGGGGCAACUUAGGGGUUAAACCUUUCAAGAACGGAUUAACCCUGUUAGGUAAGGGGCCUCUUGGCACUUUUAAGUGGGUGGAAGACGUACCAUGAAAUUAAAUUAAUGGACAAGUGUCAUCAAAUUUUUACUUUUAGUUUAAAAAAAAAAUCAUUACAUUUACUGAAACAAUUGUCAUGUGUACAGCUUCUACUGUUAUGGACCAGCUGUUGCUCAACCUAACUUGCCUGCUGCUGAGAUUGCUUUGUGUGCUCUGUGUGAACCUACAGUAGCAGGUAAGUUAGGGUGAAAAGCAGUUGGUCAGAUUACAGUAGAAUAUGGCCAAACAUAGCUGAAUUAAGGUUUAAGAGACACUGGACCUUCUAGCAGCUUCGUUAGUAUGAAGUUGUUAUCAUGCAAGGGAGUCCCUGGGUGCUGGUGUACCUCAAGACAUUUAACCAUUAACGAACUGAUUAGCACCAAAGUCUUGAAUCCGGAUUAGUUAGCUUUGCCCAACUACUUCUGUUGCAGUCUGAGCUUGAAUCAGGAAACCUCAGACUGGGAGUUGCAGGAGCACCCCCCAAAAUGAGAAAAGUACACAUUUUUCUCAUUCCAUUUUGUGAAUGGGAAGCUACUGAUCAGCCUAUCAUCGCCCCACCCUCCCCUGCCUCAGUUUGAAACUUCUUGAUUUAGAACGGACGGACGGUAAAUUAAAUUCAAGACUGCUGUUAGUAGUUAAACUGUUUGACCUCCUCACUCCUCCUGGUGUCUAGAGAAUCCUAACAAUUUAUUUUUUAUUUUUUAUUGAAUGUAAUAAACUUAAAAAGAAAAAAACACCCCAAAAAGUUUAAACAAUUACAGGGGCCCAAUAUAACUGCCAUAACCGUAGCAAUAUGACUAAUUUUAUUGGAUAUGGUACUCAGAGUCUUGAAGUUUCAAUCUUGGACAGCAUUUGUAGGCUGCUCUCAUUCGGGGCGUUAGCCCAGACUUACAGCUAUCAUUGCUCUUUAUUGCAGAACUCUUGAAAGUGUCUACUGGUACCCAUUUUCUCAGCCACUGAGAUCAGUACAUAAUUUAUAAUUACUAUCAUAUGUUUACGGUUAAGAAUAGUGGACAAGGGACCAUGGGAUAUGGUCUGUUCUCUGACUUCAAAGAUUCUAUCUCUCCUUUCCUGAGUCCAGUAAUUACUGCUGAAUAUCAAUCGUACGGCAAAAUCCUUUAUUUUAUUAUUUAUUAGUAACUGUAAGCAGAAUAAACCUACAGAAAAGGUAAAUCUGAUGCAUACUGAUAAUUAUAACUGACACAUAGAAUUAUGAUCUAUAUAUAUAUUGGCAUCAUAGGGAACCAAUCCACAAGAAGAAUAUAUAUAUAUAUAUACUAUAAGAAGUGUCUUUUUCUCAUAGAUUCUUCUUGACUUUCCUCACAAAUGCCCCCCUUGCUUGGUUACUGAGUGUAUGUAUUAGUCCAGGGGUAGGCAACCUUUAGCACUCCAGAUGCUCUUACACCCAUAAUGCUGGCAAAGCAUCAUGGGAGGUGUAGUCCAAAACAUCUGCAGUGCCGAAGGUUGCCUAUGCCUGUAUAAUUAGUCUGUUUGGAAUGUUCUAAACAGAGUUUAUGGAAAUACAUUAUAACCUUAGAAAUAGAACUGUGUGUUUGUGAAGUUAGAGCUUACACCUGUCUAGUGAAAUUGACACUAUAGGAACAAAAUAUCAAUGCGAAUAUUAUUUUGCAUUCCUUAUGCUAUAUUGUACUAUUCACCAUUUAGGUGGCCGAGCCCCUUGUGAGGAGUGACAAAGUAUUUUACUUACCAGUUCUCCCACGCUGUGCUGCUCGCUCUUUCUGCUGCUGUCCCCGCCUUCUUUGCUUAGUUUAUCAAUAUUGAUAUCAACCAAUCCAAUGAUUUCCCAUAGGAAAGCAUUUGGGAGGCUAUUGUGCAUGCACAGCCACUAGAAGCAUUUUAUCCUUGCAGAACAAAAGUGUUUUACAUUUCAUGGGUAAAAUGAGCGCGUGUGGAACCUAGACCUCUUCAUUGAGAGAAAAUGAUGUGGGUGCUUUUUAUUUUCCCUUUUUUUUCCUUUUCUUGAGGCAAUUCCAGGUCAUGAAAUUUCUAAUUCCUGGAGGUGGGAUAAAAAUACUUGUGGUUGUUGGGUGUGGUUGAGCAGUAAUGGCAGAAGAACUGCACCUGAUUAGAAAUCUUUGUAAGGAGUAUAUUGUGUAGGUGUUAAACCUUUUGCCUGCUAGAAACUGUUUAUUAACAGACUGUCUAUUUGAAAAUCACUUUAAUGGUUUUUUUUUUACUCGUUGGAAGGGUUAAGCAAACAUUAGCCCUCUACCUACUAAACAAAAGCUCCCACAAUUAUUUCUGGCAGUCUAAAAAUAAACUAUUAUUAAACACCAAUGUAACUAAAAUAAUUCACUGAAUCCGAGACCUCUGGCGUGUAUUGUUUUAAACCAGAAGCUCCCAAACGGUCUAUCACCAGAAGUUGUAAAACUACAUUCAUUCUAAAGGUAUGCAAAGCAUCAUGGAAGUUGUUCUACCACAUCUAGGGAUCAGCCUUUUGGGCAUCCCUGGUUUAAACUAUGUACUGGGGAGAAUUAACAAGGAUUGCUCCAAUUCAACCAAAACUCAGUUUUACAUUUUUGCACUAAAAUAUUAAUUUCCUUCAUAAUGCACAGUUUAAUUGCUAUAAUGUAAAAUCCUGGAGAGGAAAAAUUGUAAGCUUCUUUCAAAAGGGUAAUUUAAAAGAAAAAUUUAGAAUAGAGAAAUUACAUUAAGUAGUAAAUAGUAUAAGGUUAGAAGUGCAGAUUAAUGAAAUAACCAGUAUACCCAUGUUGCUCAGUGGGUCUCUAGUUUGCUUUUGCCAAAGUAAAAUUGGUGGCAGAGCAUCACUGCAAUGCCAGAGAGCUUACCCGCUGGCUACCAUAGAGCUGUAAAAUACUUAAAGGUGCACUGUCACCAUCUGGGGAAUUUGCGAAUUCCCAAGGACCUGUGACAGUGACAUAGUUGCGGGAGGGGUGGUGGCAGAUAAAGGGGGAGUUUACUCACCUGAACCUGUCCUUUGUGGGCACCACAAUCUUGAUUUGGCGGGUCCUCUUCUGAGCCAAUGGCAUUGCUGUACUCUCAAGUGCAGGAGUACAGUAUUGAGGUCUAAGGGCGAGCCUGCAGGAUCCUUCAUAGACAGCCAAUUCUUUGCAGCUGUUGCUGUCGGGAUUGGCACUUCAACUCUGCUUAGACAGACUACAGAGGCAAAUAAGUCCCGCUAUAAGUCCCGCUAUGCCUCUAUAUAUCUCUUGACUGGCUUGGGAUUUUAGUGUAAUUCCCACACAGUCAAAAAUGAGAAUAAAGAUUUUAUCUUUAUGAAAUACUCAUUUUUCAAGGGAACAUGACCGUGCCGCUUUAAAGAAACACUAGUGUCAGGAAUAAAAACAUGUAUUUAUGACACUAUAGUUUUAAAAGUGAAGUUUAGGUCUAUUACCUCUCUCCUUACCAUAAAAUGGCCUUGCUAGCUGCGUCUGGCCGUGUCCUGCUCAGCCAUGGCUGAGAUCACCAAACUUGAUGAUCUCAGCCAAUCCAAUGUUCUCCCAUAGAUAAGCAAUAGGAGGCUGUUGCACAUGCACUGCAAAUCAGUGCAUCUCUAUGGGGAGCGUUCAGCGCCUUCAUGCACAGCGUGGAGAUGCUGAAUGCCACUGUGCAGCACUGUCCCAGGAAGCACAUCUAGUGGCCGUCCAAGUGACUGCGACUGGAGGUGUUACUAGGCUUUUCUCUGAAAAGGCAGUGUUUACAUUAAAUUGCCUCCAGGGACAGGCUCCAAACACCAGAGCUACAUUAGGUUGUAGUUGUUCUGGUGACUAUGGUGUCCCUUUAAUGAAAACUUGCAGAUCUAGUUUAGUGACCAGGGAUGAAAUGUGUGGGAGAGCAGUCAUGCAGGCAAUGUGUGUUGAAGAUUAAGAUGUUGUCUGGUGCUUCCUGAUUUAGGCUUAUAAUAAUAGCAUCUUAGUGUACAUUCUGAGUAACUUCCACCAUUUAACUAUUACUAGUUAUUUGGGAGGCAUUUUUUUAGUUUUUGAGCAGUGCGCUUACUUUGGGAAAUUACUGGUGUUUAUCCAGCUUGGGAUACCCCUUCCAUUCCCAUAAUUGCCGAUAGUAACAAGAUAAAUCACAGCACAUAUGGAUUAAACCCAGUGCAUUACCUGGUAUGGCAGCACAGACCGUGGAUGUGGGAUGGUCUAUGGAAUUACGCAUCUGAUAAUUAUUAAAAAUAAGUUUAAAGAGAGAUUUUUCUAUCUAUAUUGUGUGUGUGUGUGCGCGUAACUAGUAAAAUAAUACAGUACUUAAGUUUAAACAAGCUGUCACUUUUUAUGACUAGGCUGAGCAAAGUACAAGAACCUAGCCCAAGCCAAACCUUGUGACUACUAGUAUGAGUUAUGUCAUAUUACAGGUCAGCUCUUUUCCUGUAAUAAACUAAUUACCCCAUAAAUAUUGCUGCACAUAAGAACAGACCCCAUAGACCUCAAUGAGAGACCCUUAACGCAAGCCUCUUUUUACCUGCAGCUAACCCAUGUUUUGUGUUUUUCCCCCCACCCUCGAAAGCGACAUUUAAGCACCAAAGCACUUCUAGCUUAAAGGGAAACUAUAGUGCCAGAAAAACAAACUCAUUUUCCUGGCACUAUAGCUUUUCCCUCUGUCCAUAGAAGAAGCAUUUGGAGGCUCGGUGCGCAGGUGCGACUUUACGCCAAUGCUCUCAUUGAGAGUUUAGCUUUGUUAUAGCUGCAGAAGCACCUCUAGCUGUCAACACUGCAAUGAAAACAUUGCCGUUCCAGCCAAAUGCCAAUGUUUCCAGUUGCAUGGUUAAAAUGACAGCAAGCUGGCUCCCGGACCCCUUCAUUGAGAUCUGGGUUCCUACAGGGUGUAUUUAAAAAUAGGGAGAGAGUUUCCCAUUGUUUCCCUUUAAUUCAUGUUUUUAUGAUUGUACCCUUUUAUGUUUCUUGCUAUAUUUAUUUAAGCUGAUCUCUCCUGUUGUCAGUUCAGAUAGAAAAACAUGUAUACAUAUAUCCUUAAUACUAGCUUUUGGUAUAUAAUCACCUUCAUAAACAAGUUGGACAUUUACUGGAAGCUGUAAGUAAAUAGGCUCAUUGUGUAGUAAGGCUGUUAUACAUUUGUCAACCUGCUGAAACAGAAAUGACAUGAUACAAUGAUUGCUAAUGAUGGAGCUUUGAAUGUUUCUGAACUCAUAAUUCCCUGACAGACAGAGCAUCCUGGGAGGUGUAUUCUAAAAACUAAAAUAAGCCGUGACCAGCAUACGUGUAUGGGAACUGGGAAGCUUUCCUUGCAGCUUUCCUGCCGAGGCUAACCCUCUAUCUUAUCUACCAUAAGCGGUACUUAGGCCUGUUUAAAGCCAGUUUUACAUCCCAAUAAUUAGUUUUACUGUUGAACAUCUUUUAACUGCAAAUUGGAGCUGUCAUGCAGACUCAUUAGCUGAGCUAAUCCGUGCAAUGUAAUAUGAGCAGUAUCUAACCUUGGACAAUUACACUAAAUAUUAGGAUUCAAGGACACCAUUGUAUUGGUACUAUAGGGGUAUAAUGGAUUAAUUAUUCAGAUCACCUAGUGAUUAGAUAUAAAAUAGCAUAUUUCUACAUAUAUGCAGGCAAGAUUGUUGGGCUGUUAAUAGGAAUUUUUGCUGGCCCAGGUACUCUAGUGUGUAUGCUUUAAAUGAAUAGGGGGGAGGCCUUUUUGCUGGGCAGUAUCAUUAACCAAUCUCACAUUACACACAACCAGCAACCCCCCCCAAAAAACAACCCUCUCUCUCUCCCCCCCCCCCAUACCAGAUUGCAAGAAAAUCGGAUACUUCGCUCAUGCAAAUAGUGUAAAUAUAAAUAAAUGGCAUUCACUAUAAAACAAGUUUUAUUCAAGAAACUUAAUACAUCUUUGACCCAGUGCAUUCUUGGGUUCCUCAUUCAUACUAUUCCAGCUUCUGGUUGUGCCUGUUCGCAUAAUGUUAAUGUUAUAGAGGGUCAUUUGGUAUAUGUUUGGCAAUUAGCAAUAAUGACUUCUUUUUCCCUACCUCCUCAUUUAAUUACACCCAGAAACUGGAUGUGUGCACAUUUACAACAAUUGCAAGGCUGGAGAACCAGUUCAUAUGGCAGUCCUGUAUACCAAGAUAGCUUAAAGGGACACUGUAGGUACUGUAAGCAUAGUGAAGUGAUUAUAGUGUCUGGAGUACCCAUGUGCCAUCCUUCUAUUCACUGUUAAUGUUUUAAGUGGUUUAAUGGCAGUCCAUUCUCUCUGUCCCUCUCAGUCUGAGGAAGUAAUAGCUGAACACUGAGCGUUGAUGAUUGACUGUGAGUGUUCUCUGUCCUCCGUUCGUCAAUAGGUGCUCAGUUAGCGGUAUGUGGGAUGUGUGAUGUGGAUAGGAUUAUUUUUAUUGGUAGAAUUUCCCUAUAUUGGUUAUUACUGGGCACAUUGUUCUAUUCUUGCUGGUAAAGUUUACAGCUUUAAUAUAAAUUAAAAUCAAGCUUUCUGUGAUCGGAAAGGGUCUGAGGCCCAUAACAAGCUUACAGGUAUGCAAUGUGAAUGUUUAGCCUGCGGGAACACAGCGAUCUAUCGAAGCUUUGUUUAGAUCAGUUGAAUACAUAUCAGUGUUCACGUACCAGUUGGAGCCAUAGCUCACAUCACGCUGCAUCUGCAAUGCUAUAACUAUGUGUACAUUACUGGGGGAUGGGCAAGGCCCUUGCAUGGUCAUUCAUAAUGUGAUACUGUGUUUCUAUAUUGCUUUUGCAGUGUGAAUGAAUGUCCUGCUUGUUUUACUUAAAUGACCACUAUAGUGCCAGGAAAACAUACUUGUUUUCCUGGCACUAUAGUGCCCUGAGGGUGCACCCACCCUCAGGGUCCCCCUCCCGCUGGGCUCUAUGGGGUGAAAGGGGUUAAACUUACUAGCGCCGGGCGGGGGAUUCUCCUCUAGCGCCGGGCGGGGGAUUCUCCUCCUCCUCCUCUCCACCUCCUCUCCUCCUCGGCUGAAUGCGCAUGCGCGGCAAGAGCCGGCUCACUCAUUGAGCCAGUCUCAUAGGAAAGCAUUGACAAUGCUUUCCUAUGGACGCUGGCGUCUUCUCACUGUGAAAAUCACAGUGAGAAGCGCAGAAGCGGCUGUCAGUGAGACAGCCAUUAGAGGCUGGAUUAACCCUAAGUUCUGCUAUGUUUAUAGAAAAAAGGGUUAAACCUAGAUGGACCUGGCACCCAGACCACUUCAUUAAGCUGAAGUGGUCUGGGUGCCUAUAGUGGUCCUUUAAUUCCUGAGUAGUCAGUUUAAAGGUUUACAUUGUUAUUUAUAGCCAGCCUUUUUAGAGAGCUAUACACGUAUGCAAUGGGGGACCUAAAACCGCAGGCAAUGGGUAAAAUACCUGUUGACAGGUACCAAGAGCUGAAGAGAAAUCUGCUUAAACGGUUUUAUAUGAACAGUUCUGCAUUUCUUUGUCUAUGAACAUAAAUCAGAAAUAAGUGGUAGGUUUAUUAAUUUUUUAUUCUCCUCUCUUCUUCCCUCAUUAUAUGAUGGCAUGCAAAUAAUGUGUUAUAAACAAAUGAGUUCGAUCUUUCUUUCCCCCUGAGAAACCUAUAAAUGUUUGUGUGCUCUCUGGAUGCUGUGUGUCUUAAUAUCAAUAAAAAUACUUUGAGAAUUUUGAAUAAUUUGUUCAACUGUGUAAAGGUGAAGCUGUGCAACACAUUUCUACCUGUACAGAUGCUUCUAAAUGGUGUUUACAUUUUAAAAAAUUGUUUUUUUAUGUAAUACUGUUUGCUUAAAAUAUUUUUCCUUUAAGUGUCUGUAUAAGAAGUGACGUGGCCUAAACCUGUAAGAGGCUACAGAGAGGGACUUGGCAGAAAGUUAAAUUAUCUGAGUUUUUAUUUUUUUUAAGUUAAGGUACUUUAGUUUAUUUUCAGGGUAAAGAGCAUUUUAUACGUGUGUAUUAUAGGCAACAGCACUCCACGAUACACAUUCAAUACAUUAGAAAUGACAUUAAGUGCGGUUAUCAGUGAAGCACUAUAUAUAAAUUUGCACACUUAAAAGAAAUUACCCUGUGUAUGUGUAUGUAUCUCUCAAUCUGGGCGUAAGGACUAAAACCUAAAGUCCUAUGCAAUUAGUUAGGCCUUAAAAGUGACUCUCACUGCAAGCCAUAUCAUACCUACUAGGGGGGAAUUUCUAUUCGCUAAGACUACAUUUUCACUCUCCAAUGACUAGUAGAGAGUGUAAACUGUGAGCCCUGUAUUUAUUAUAUAGUUAAUUUUUAUAUGAGUAGCCUAUUUUUUUUUUUUUGCUAAAUGUUCAGGAUGGAUAACAUUCCACGAGUUCUAUUACAGAUCUUUCAACUGGUGGUCUGAUCAUGGAAUACAUCCCUUGUUCCGUAUCUUUAUAGAAAAAGUCUUCGUUCUUAAAGGUGUAUUUUUAGGACUGAUAUUGGUAGGACUUGCAGCACCAGCAAUUAUCAAUGUUCAAGCUGCACUUAUAAAUAUUUUUAUGGCUUUUAAACCAUAAUCAAGUGCAUAAACACUGUUUGGCAUAGGGGCAGCCUAUCAGCCAAGCACACACACACACUGGAAUGACGCACCUCUUUGUGGGAGAGUUCGUUAUUAGUUACUCUGUUUAACACAGUGGUUCCCAAACCAGGCAUCGGGGCCCAGCCAAAGUCCAAGUCAGUAUCUCUGUUGGAAUAAAACUAUGCAAUACAUAAAUCCUGGAUUGUUGGUGGUCCAUGAGGAAUGGUUUGGGAACCAUUGGCUUAAAGGACCACUCUAGGCACCCAGACCACUUCAGCUUAAUGAAGUGGUCUGGGUGCCAGGUCCAGCUAGGGUUAACCCUUUUUUUUUUUAUAAACAUAGCAGUUUCAAAGAAACUUCUAUGUUUAUGAAUGGGUUAAGCCUUCCCCCAAAGCCUCUAGCAGCUGUCUCAUUGACAGCCGCUAGAGGCGCUUGCGUGAUUCUCACUGUGAAAAAUCACAGUGAGAGCACACAAGCGUCCAUAGGAAAGCAUUGAUAAUGCUUUCCUAUGCGACCGGCUGAAUGCGUGCGCAGCUCCUGCUGCACGUGCGCAUUCAGCCGACGGGGAGGAACGGAGGAGGAUCGGAGGCAGAGAGAGAGAAACUGCUAUGUUUAUAAAUGGGUUAAUCCAGCCCUCAAAUCCUCUAGUGGCAGUCUCAUUGACAACCGCUAGAGGCGCUUGUGUGAUUCUCACUGUGAAAAUCAGUGAGAACACGCAAGCGUCCAUAGGAAAGCAUUGUAAAUGGUUUCCUAUGAGACCGGCUGAAUGCGCGCGCAGCCAGCCGAAAGGGAGGAGAGGAGGAGGAGAGCUCCCCGCCCGGUGCUGGAGAAAGGUAAGUUUUAAACCCUUUCCUCUCCCCAGAGCCUGGCGGGAGGGGGACCCUGAGGGUGGGGGCACCCUCAGGGCUCUAUAGUGCCAGGAAAACAAGUGUUUUCCUGGCACUAUAGUGGUCCUUUAACCAUUUCACAAAGAGCAAAUACAGUUAUUCCAACCAAAUUCACACUUCCUUUUGGCUGUCUUUUGAAAUUGCAUAUCUCCAUGCACCAGGUAUAAAUUAGCUGUUCAUAAACACUGCACCAAAAUUACGUUUCCCUUAUAGAGACCAGUAGAGUUGAACCUAAUAGUCUAAGCCUUCCUAAUCUCAGUCACCCCAAAGGACCCGCAAACGCUGCUUAACCCUUCAAACAUACCCCAACCCUAAAUCUCCUUAAUUGUUAGUGAAUACAGUGAACCGCUAAGGAAUCUGAUAUAUGACAAUAAGACCUUUUGUUAUUCUUGUGUCUUUGCAGUUGAAUACAUUGUUGAGUAUGAUUAUGAUGCUGAACACGAGGAUGAGUUAACCAUGCGAGUGGGUGACAUCAUCCGCAAUGUGAAAAAGCUGGAAGAAGAAGGUUGGCUUGAGGGCGAGAUCCAUGGGAGACGUGGAGCAUUUCCAGAUAAUUUUGUUAAGGUAAGAGGAGCAGCCAUUGAAGUAAAAUAUUGUGAGGGUCCCUAAAAUCUCUGCUUUGCUGCCCCCGCACAACAUUAGUGAUAUUAAUGGCCACCUCCUGUGCUCCUGCAUUUAUGAUGGUACAAAUUGUCUUUCUUGGUGGUCUAGUGAAAAUGUGGAUGAGAUCUGUCCUUGCGCUGGUAUAGAUCUCUCCCAAGCCCCCCUAGCAGUUGAGUGUGUGGACAGUUGAUAACAUCACAACCUAGAAUUCCUUGCAUACAGCGUUGAACACCAAACCAUGAGCGGCCACUGGAAUAUGCUAUAUGUCUCUCUUUAAUUAGCUGGAUUCAACUUUCCACUUUUCCACUAAUCUGAGAUGACUAAGAUGUGUAUAUGAAUCAGAAAAAUCCAUAAAUAGGACAGUUUGUAUGCAUGUAUUUUAUAAGAUUUAGCCUACGGUGUGGUAGUAAUUAACCACGUAGAGCUGAAAUUAGAUUUCCCUUUGCCUGAUGCAGUUGGUUAUAAAUACAUGUAUUCAUUAUUUAAACAUUUUUAAGAGACCAACAGUGACUCUUAUGGUUAUAAGUUGCAUUCAUUGCUUGGAGUCCAUUUUUUAAUCCUUUGUUAAAAGUGCAGAUGCCUGUCAUUUUUCUUUUUCCUGUCCUUAUACCCUUUGUAUAACUAUAUUGCAGUUUCUUUUUUUGCACGAGAUCUCCAUAUCUGGGCAUUGCCAUUCUGUUCUCCUCUGUUUAUGAUGUCUGCAGUUUGCCUGUUUGUAGGAUAUUUGUGACUGAUGGAUUGUGAGUGAAUUUCAUUGGCAACUGAAAAGGAACCUUAAUUCACAUCUGUGGCCAAAGAUUAUUUACUAAUUAAGAAAUAGUAGAACUUUAAUAAAAAAACAAAAAAAUGCUGAAUUAAAAAAUAAAAAAUGUAGAGGGUUGGCAUUAGAGAUAAAAGUCUAAAGUGACAGUGUCACUGUAAUACCUAUAACUGUCCCUAGAUCUUCAUUAUUGGUGAACCAUCUCCGUGGUCCUCCGCUUGUAACCAAACCACUCAAAGCACCACAACCACUACAGCUUAAUGUUGUGGUUUUCGUGAAAAGAACUUCUGCAUUUCUCUGAGAAGGUAGUGUUUACGUUAGUCCCUAAGAAUGCCUUUAAUGGCCGUCACUCGGAUGAUGUUGAACACUAACCAUAGAGAUGCAUCAUUAUAAUGUAUCUCUAUGAAUACAUCCUGAUGCACAGUAGGCCCUCAAUGAUUUUCAACCGAUGUCAGCAAGAGGCGGAGUGAUGGUCACGGUGAGACCACAUGGCGACAGCUAAAAACUUGAGUAAAACUGAUAUUUAUUUUACUCUUAAAAGGAUGUCCAUGUAUUUAAAUCUAUAAGAAGAAACUUUGUAUUUCUGCCAUUCGUUUCCCUUCAAAGAUGGCACGAAGGGGGAGUAAGCCAGGAAAUAAACUAAAAAAAGAUUAUUUUAUAACCUGUAAGUAACAAAAUAAUAGAUGCAUAGACUUUACUACCUGUCAUAAUUCUAGUUGUCAUGUUUGCAUUGUCUCCCAAGAAUGUAGUCUGUUUUACACAUUACUGGUGAAGAGAAAUAGAACACAAGGAAUUCAAAUAGCUGCAUGGUUUAGUUUAGAAGACAUUUCUCUGUAAACCCUAUUUACUAUUUCCCAAUUACGUGCGUGCUAAAGGUUGGCAGAAACACAUCUAAGAUAUUGCUGAUGUAAUUGUGUAUACUCCCCAUCCCUCCCCCUCCUUGUGCCCUAAAAUACCCAGAUGCAUUACAUCGCCUUGUUUUGUGCUCUUGCAAGGAAAUGGGUUAAAACAUUGCAGGCAAAAAUAAAUAAAUAAGUAAAAAUUCUGCAUACAGGAAGUGUCUUUUAACCCUGCAUGCUUUUACUGUGUGUGCCGGCUAUGGAGCUACCUGGGGCCAGCAGCCAGGUCCUGUUCUGACAUGAAUAGUUUUUCCUUUCUCUAUUCUCUCCUGCAAUAAGCAAUCUUAACUGGGUGUGGACAGCAGUCGACUAUGUCUUUGGACGUGGUAAGUGUACUUUUUAUAUUGCUCUCUCAGGUAGGACGAUCAUUUUAUUUAUUUAUAUUUUUUAAACGUAAUUUUCUUGGAUUUGAAAGGAUUACUCCGACUUUGGUUUGAUCUAGGUUGCCAGCAGAUGUGGUGUUUUUAUUGGGAGUAGCUCGUUGUUUCACUGGCUGUUUAGUUUUAAUUGUGCCAUUAAAGAAUGAAACUGUUAAUGCAUUAAGUUUUAUUGUACUCAGCAUUCUACUAGGUGUUGGGACCGAUACCAACUUUUCUUCCUAUGUACUGUGGUUUACCUCCUCCACGAGCUUGUAAUGUUACUGUGAUGGUUUGGCUUCUCAACUGUUUUACCUGCUAGCACUCUGGGUUUUGCUUUCAAUAGCCAAAGCUUGUUUUAUUGUCCGUAGUUUUAUUUUAUACUGAAGAGCCAAGUUCAGAAUCUGAAUAUUUGUAUACAUAGCCGUAUGAUUUGUCUACAUGUGUAUGCCUGUCUAUUGUUAUAGUAUUAAUUAAUACUAUUAUUAACAAGUUCUUUCUGUCUGUGUACCUGUGUCUCCAAUGUACCAGGGCUCAAACUUUGUGCUAUGCCUCUAGCCAUGUCUAAAAGUUACUUGUCAUGGUAAACAAAUUCCUCCAAGUAACCUCUGGGAUUGGACUGGACAGCAUUACACACAUCUGUUUAACCCUGGCAGUGCUGGGUAGUCACGGAACCCCUGUGCACUCCCAGGAUAGAGAGAUUAAAAAAAAUAUUAUACUCCAACCAGGUACUGUCACAUUGACUGCUUGGUCGGUGAAAGAGAAGGAAGAAUGGGUGGAGCAUAAUAAUUCUAAGCGAGUUGUCGAAAGCAUGUAGCUAUCCGAUCUCGUAGUUUUAUCCAAAUCCUGACACCCCAGCUGUGCAGCCACUGUAACAAUAAGCUAAUGCUGUAAAGCAGCACUGAGGAUUUUCACAAGUAGUAGGGAGUCACACUCAGUAUACAGACUUUCUAUUCGCCAGGGCUGAAUUUCUCUCCUAUGGUAUCUUAAUAUUUUAUUCAUUAUUAUUUGUAUAGCGCUAAGAUAGUCCGCAGUGCUAUACACCUCUAGAAAAGGUUAUAGAUAUUAAUUGUAAAGAUUGCCUUGCUCAAACAAGCUUACAAUCUAUGAGGAUUUGAGGCAGGUGGAUGUAUGUCACUAGGUGUCUUGCCAUAUGAUAUUUACUGGUAAGAUAAGCUGACUCUGGAUAUUUUUAUGAAUGCCUAGAUAACUUGAAAAUUGCAUUCAUUUCCCAAUAAACACUUUAGUAUUAUGUUUGUUUUAUAUUAUUUAUGAUUUGGUAAAAUUUUGAGUUUUUUGGCAGCACCAAUGCAUAUGUGUUCUAGGCUGCCUGAAAUUCAUGGGAGUUACACUCCUGGUCAGUAUCCGCUAUUUGCAGCUGCUGUCCCUAGUGCAGUCUUUCUACCUAUGCUGACAGUAAGUGCCAACAGACCUUGCAAUUCUCUCUCCUCUCUCCUGGCAUAACGUCAUUCUUUGGAAGAGGACUGAAACACUGGCAGCAGCUCUUGUACCUCCUGGAAGUAUGACACCUAUCAAUCACUUCUGCAAAAUAGUCACAGGGACUUGAUUGUCUGUAUGUCUGAUGACAUGUGAGGAUGCAUUUGUUUAAAGUUUAAACCUCCAAGUCCUGGUAUUCCUCCCCCCCUCCGUUCUCUUUGGUAUGCUUCUGCUUCUUUCAUGAUUAUUCUAAUUACUGCAUAAUGCAUGUUAAUAGAGAAUUUAUUGCAUAUGAUUCUCUUAAAGAGUCUGUACAUUGCAGUGAUCAACAUUAAAGAAACACCCCAGACAAGAUAAAAAUAUCAGGAAGUAUUACUUUACUGAGAGGGUAGUGGAUGCAUGGAAAAGUCUUCCAGACCCCUAAAGCACUAUUUUGCUUUGUGUUGUCUUUUGUUUUAAAAAACAAAACAAAAAAAAUUUAAUAGAAAUUGGUACUUUCAUAAACCAACCUUUUUUUUACACCACCUGACUGUCAGACACCCAGUCAUGUUACUUCCUGGUUGAUUAACUCAACUGGCAGCAAUUGUACAGAGCACCUGCCUUGCAAAGACCUCUCUCAUUGAGUUACAUUGAGAAGUCUGUGAUUGGAGAGCCACAAAAAGUCUGGGCUGGGGAAGAAGGGGAGGCAAAAUAAGUGAUGCUUUUGCAAACUUUUUUUACUCCCAGUGAAAAAUGCUAAAUUAAAUGCAUGCAUAUUUUCAGGCAGUGUAACAUCCCUUUAAUAGGUCACUUAAAAUACAAUUUCAACAGUGAGCAUAGUUCUUAACGGUAUAUAACAAAAUUAGCUCUGUUAUAACUGUUAAAGUAAUUUGAAACGUUAUUAAGCUAAUUUAUAAAAUCUUCAUCUAAUUGCAGAUUAUAAUGACCAGCAAGAGUGAGUCUUUAAGUUUAGAAAUCCUGAUUUUAUUCAAGUCUUGCUGACUGGUGAUUUAAAUCCUGAUUCAAAUCAGUGUGAUUUAAAUCAAAUCCAGCCUGCUUACAUAAACAUGUCUGCUACGGUCACAUCAAAAUAAUUUUUACUUUCUCCUGUAUGCUAUAUGAAAUCAAUUUUGUGUAUGCAUUGUAUGUAUGCUGCAUACUCAGCUUGGGUAGAUAUCUAUCUUUCACCCUGGAGACAGGACAGAAGAUACACAAAUAUAUAUACACACAUUUACAAAAUGGUUUAGUCACCCUCCUGUUUCCUACCUUUUAGGUGCAGGAGGGUGACUUCCCUGGGGUCUGGUGGUUCAGCCUGAUGGGAGUCAGUUUCCACUCUGACUCCUUCCUCCCGCACAGCACCCGGUGUAAGUUGGGAGGAGUCACCUGGCAGUCACUUCCUCACAGCUGUGAUGUCAUCUCAGGGGCCCGGUUGCGCCGUUAAAUUGCCACAGUGCUGACUGGGCCCCCUGGAAAUUAAUUUCCAUCGGGUGGCCCUAAGAGCAUGGGCCACCCGAUGUGCCCCUUCUACCGCCGCAACACAUGGCAGUGGGCACCGCGGUCGCAGGGCAGCCAGGACCCCCUGGAGUGGCAGGCCUGGUUGCAGCUGCGACCCCUGCAACCGCAGUAAUAAAUGUAAAUUAUAUUUGAACUAAAUUUGGCUGAACCAAAACCAAACUAAACAAAAUUUCUUUCCAUGCACAUCUCUUACAGGUUUAUAAAAGUAGAAAACUUUCCCAGCUCAAUGGCUUUGUAUAUAAUUGUGCUUUUCAUAUAGUGUAAAAAAUUAUUCAAAUGUAAGUCUAAAUAAGUAUAUAAUCACUUAAAACAAAACAGACAAACACUAUAUGGGCCUGAAAAGUGUCCAAUAUAAAUUGCCUGAUGGCUCCCUUGUAUAGUUGCUGCUGCUCUUUUACACACUGCUUUAAGGAGUUGAGCUGGGUAUUUAGCCAAUUGGCGGCAAUGACAUCAUGAAGACAGUGUGACCUCACAAAACGUUGGGAAUGGCUACAAACAUAAUCCAGACACACUCUUAUUACCAUAUAUGGUAAACAUACCAGCUACUCCCAGUUUACCAUAUAAGGUCUGCAAGUACCAUAUAAUAACUGCAAGGUCUUGUUCCGCUAGCCAGGCCUUAAAUGUUACUUUCCUCUGUAACCUUGGAGGGUUCACUGGCACUCAUCGGUGGGAAUUUCUAAUCACCAGAACUGAAUUUUCACUCACUAGGGACAAAUGAAAAUAUUGAGGCCAAAAUUAGGGCAUUUUAUAGACUGUGUUGUCAGCAGUGACUUGAAACAGUGACAAAUGUAUUUUACAAAACUAUUCACCAAGCAUAUAUUUUUCUCGUCAGUACAUCAAUUUAAUUUGGCAAUUUAAUGUACACUGCCGUGAUUCAGGACCACAAUAUCCCAUUGAAUUCUAAACUUCACCUGCAAAGCUAAACUUGACAUCUCAGAGUUGGAGAAUUUUUGUUUUUCAGUGAUUUUGGCCUAACUUUCUGUAAGAAUUUAUCACCCUCUUACUAGGGUAAUUUUGGAAAGUGCCACAAAUAAAACUGAUACAAUUGUUAUACAACUAACAUCCAGUACUUGCUUCCAGUACCAAGCUCUCAAUAACUUCACACCAAAUUACAUUUCUAGUCCCAUUAAUACAUUUUCUUUCCUGACCAUUCCACUCUUCCCCUGACCAUCGCCUGUCCUGUCUGUGCUCUCCCUCCUGCCUCCCCCCACUGCUAAUUCUUUCUAAUAAGAUAUCUUGAGGGAAGCACCCAUUCUGAGGGAUGUUGUCCUGUUAGACUUUUCCUCAUCCUCCUGUCCAUUAAAUACUCUUUAUGAAGUAAACUUUCUGGGUUAUCCAGCUUAUAUCACCAGUGUGCCCAUGUUUUACUGCACAUAACAUUUUCUCCAGUUUCCCAUGUGCAUCAUUUACUUAUUUAAAAAAAAAAAAAAAGUUAAUAGGCACAGACUCUCAAUACUCCAUUUCAUCGAGAUUAAUCAGAUCUUUUUACUUUUUUAUUCUUUGUUUACCUUAAAUGGACACUAUAGUCACCAAAACUACAGCUUAUUGUAUUCUGGUGAGUAGAAUCAUUCCCUUCGAACUUUUUGCAAUAAACACUGUUUUUCAGAGCAAAGGCAGUGUUUACAUUACAGCCUAGGGAUACCUCCACUGGCCACUCCUCAGAUGGCUGCUAGAGGUGCUUCCUGGGACAGUGCUGCACAGUGAGACUGACUUUCAGUGUCUCCACCCCCUGCAUGGAGACUCUGAGCUUUCCUCAUAGAGAUACAUUGAUUCAGUGACAGGAGAUUCUGAUGGGCCAGGGCUGUAUUUGGCUUGUGCUGGCUCUUCCUCUGAUCUGCCUCCUUGACUGUCUUAGCCAGUCUAAUGCUUUAUUUUGUGAAAGCAAAGUGAUUUGCUCAGAUCAUAACUUCUGAUGUCAGCCAAGCAAGGAGAUCAGGGGACAGAGCCAGCAGCAGACUGGAAUAAAUGUAAGAUUUUACUAUAUUUAGGGAGAGAGAGGGUGGGGGGCGGGAGAGGGGCAGGAGAGCUAGAUAGUGUUUUUAACACUAUAGGGUCAGGAAUAAAUUUGUGUCCCUGACUCUAUAGUGUUCAUUUAAGUUGUCAUUUCAAGAAACGCCCUUUACAAUAUUUGACACUAUAGAAUGUCAAUCUAUUACUUGUUACUUUAUUACGUCUAUAGUUCUGCCAGCUUAAUUAGCAUAUCACCCAGCAUAAUGAGAUCCAGAGUGAGAGCAGUACAACUCAGUCCUGGUACAGAACAUUGCAAUACGUUGCAGAACACGUACAACUGGCUAAAGGAGUGAGUGUCAUCUAGGAAAGAAGUGGGCGUUCCUUUCACGUUUCAGCCUUUGAAUAUUUGUAUUUACAUUCCGUCUUUUAAAAUAAAGCAUUCAAUAUUUACUUAACAGCAAUUGGUCAUUAAAGACAGACAUUUUUCCAGUUGCACUUCUUAUAAGCAAUUUUGAUUUACACGGUUGGCCAUCUUGAAUCUGGCUUCAUACAUUUUAACCCAUUCAAGGCCAUUAUGGAUAAAAUGAAUAAGUGUUGGUACAGUAAUGCCAGCAGCCAUUUAGAAUGGUUCAAUCUUGGCCAAGUACAUUUCAGGUAGGGAUAUUUUUAAAGUUUGGUUUAAAAAAAAAAAUGGAGCAGAUUAAAAGCUACCUCUACCUUGCUUUAAGUUUCUCAAGCUUGUUAGAUGGAAAGAUACAGCUAAGCAAGGGUUUAUCCAGGAAUUACUAGAAUCAGAAGAAGUAACAAAGAAAUUUUUUUUUUAAAUUUAUUUGCAGUGCAUAUAGUGUUUACAAAUGGCUCUAGGUACCCCAACGGCAUUCCUCGAGCUGCUUGGCAUAGAUAACAAGUAGGGUAGUUGCUAGACAGUGCACAUUUUUUGGUAUAACAGGAACAGGAUAAGGUUACAUUCAGGUAUUACACUCUUUUUACCAUUUGCUGGAUACUUGCUUUAGAUAUGAGAGGUAAUAUAUCACCCUUUAGACCCCUAUAGCUACGCCUGAGUAAAGUUAGUAAGGCUGGUGCAUUGUGACAGGUGAAAUUUCGAUAUUGCCAUGUUUACACCAAGACAAGAUUAGGAGAGUCUUUUUCAGAGAGUCCCCUUGUGUCUCUGUUUAGCUUGUGCCCUAUGUGGGCUCUGCACGUUCCCCCUGCUGUCCAGCGGUCUGUUUGUGUUGCCACUCUCGCCGGGUUAGUUGGCAGUGCUGCACGACAGUCCGGGAGUGGUAUGCGGUAUCCGGUUCGAUGGAUGGAGAGCGGCAUGUCGCUGGGUAAAAGCUGGUGGUCCCUGCUGUUGGGCAAGCGCUGGCUUGCUGUGCCUCUUUCUCCGUCGCCGAUUGCUGGCCCAUCUCCUUAACGGAGCCGAGAGCUGGUGAUGAGGCUCCAGGGGUAAGUGACCCAUUAGGGUGCCAGAAUGUGUGCGUGCCGCCGAUCUCGUGGGUGUCAGAUUUGCUGGUGUUUCUGAUCCACGUUGGUUGCAGCUGAUGUGGGGGGACCACUUUCUUGCACUCUGUUCUUGGUGCUGUUUUUGCGCGGCUUCCGCCAUCUUAGGUUUAGCUCCUGGAUUGCGGGUCGGUUUGGCAGUGUUGCUAGGCCUUGGUCGUGUAGUAGUGGUUGGGGCACCAGAGUGAGGACAGGGAUCACCCCCCUGGCAGGGCCUAUUACUCGGGGGUCUGAGCCCUCGGCUGGGCACUGUUAGGCGGGAUAGCGGGGCAGCGGCCGUCUACUCCACUCACCGCCGGAGUAGGCCCCAACUUUGGUAGUGAAGAUUUCUCCUCCAGGGGACUAAUACUCGUUGAGCCAGCCUCACCCUGGAUCCAGUGCACUCUGCCCGUCGAGGGCCGCUGUUGCUGGUCAGCAGAAGGGACAAAAUCGUGUUUUUAUGGCAUAAUGGUUUAGCUUUUUGCAGGAGCUAGUCUAUCUUGCGACCAUCCAGCUUGGCGGUCUUGCCCCGCCCCCAGAAAUUCUUUUUUUAAUUUUAUUUAUUUUUAAUCAAUACUUUAAUAGAAUAUAAAACAAAAUCCUCUGUUGCUCCCUCUUAUUUCUGGCUGAGGAGGAAAGUCCACAACGACAUAAUUGCCAUGUGCUUUGCUAGUCCUAUGCUGCCAUGUCCUAAUUGUUUUUGAGCUGACGAUGAAUGGUGAAGACCUGUUUAUCUGCCAUUUCCUAUUGUAAUAGCAGAAUCUUGCUGAUGAGUGAAGUGCCCUAUUUAUUCUCUAAUGCAAUAACGUUCUCCUUAUUUCAUUUAAAGGGACCCUACAAGCACCCAGGUCACUUCAUCUCAUUGAAGUUGUCAAGGUUUAGUGUACCGUCUCUUUAACCCUGCAGCGGAAAACACUGCAGCUUUAUAGGAAUUGUCAAGGGCACAGCUUGUCUUUUUGAUGUUUUUAUUUGUAAAGGUAAGAUUCAAUAAAAAAUAAUUGCAUUGAGUCCCCUGGCACUAUCCCUACAUUAUAAUGUUAAAGGGAAACUAUAGUGCUCGGGAACACAAACUUGUUUUCCUGGCACUAUAGCUUCAGCCUCUGUCAAGGCCCCCGCCCCGCUUUCCAUCGGCGCUGGCUCAGCUCCCUCCACGCUCCUUUCCCUCCGACAUUUGCUGGAAGGGGAGACCUAAUGCGCAUGCAUGGCAAUGACAGCGGUCCCAUUAGGUUCUCCCCAUAGAAAAGCAUUGUUCACUGCUUUCAUGUUGGGAUUCCGGCGACAGUGAAGGUCUUCAUGAAUAGCGUGAGGACGUCUAGUGAUGUUUGGAUGACCAAAAGUAGUCUAAGAAUCCGGAAGUCCCUCUAGUGCAGUGUUUCCCAACCCAGUCCUCAAGGUACACCUACCAGUCCAGGAUUUAGGGAUUACCCAGUUGUGUCUAAGAUGUUUUUACAAAGAAGAAAAAAAACACCUUAGACACAACUGGGUAAUCCCUAAAUCCUGGACUGGUAGGUGUGCCUUGAGGACUGGGUUGGGAAACACUGCUCUAGUGGCUGUCUGGUAGACUGCAACUAGAGGAGGAGUUAACUCAAGCAGGUAAUUAUAACAGUUUAUAAAAACAACAAUAAUUACCACUCUAGUGUUAAGGGUGAUGGGAGUUGGCACCAAGACCACUUCAAUGAGCUGAAGUGGUCUUGGUGCCUACAGUGUCCCUUUAACCAUUUUCGAGCAGUUUUAAACUAAAUGAAGGUCCCUGGUCACCGCCUGGCUCUUGAGGUCUAACUAAUUCAGAGAUUUCACACUUCCCAAUCCAUAUAAAUUUAUACCAGCAAUACCCAACUGUGUUGGCUGUGUGUGCCCGCUGAUAGACUAUCACUGCUGCCUAUCACUGCUCAGACUAAUACUUUGUCAUUAUCUCAAGCAGUACAGAGGGAAUGAGUUGCAUUAGGUUGUCUGUUUAUAUUUAGAAUGUGUAUAAUACACAGUAAUAAUUAACAUAAUAUAUUUAUAGAUUCUGAUAUUUUUGUAUAAACAGAGCAAGCCCUGCUUCUGUGAGUGCUUGGAAUCUGAAAUAAAGUAUCAAAACAAAAGGUGGGAGAGAUCAUAGUAAAUGAAAGGGCUAUGUAGCUAUUUUUGCUCAAGCAAUCUAUCCUCAGAUGUACUUCCUACACACAUUCUCAGUACGGUCUUACCAGAGUAGAAUUUAGAACAGAGGUAGCCGAAAGGCCCUUUCAUUCAGCAUCUCUCUUCAGUGUUUAGUUGUAAAACAGUUGAUACUGUUUUACAACUGCAUUAGGACACCAGUCUAAGCACAUGCCAGUAGGUUGAUUCACUGAAGUGCGAUUUGUAAGGAAUUCAAAGUACAUUUCAAACAUUGGCCCAUAGAAUGCCACGGUGGGAAUAAAAUUGCCUAUCAAUACAAUUUUACUAUUGUGGUCUAAAAUGUGAAAUUGCCUUUUAAUUCCCCAAAGACAUGAAUAAAGACUUUAAACACAAACUGUUAAAGAAAAUAUCUCAAAUUUUUUAUGUGCGAUAAUGUGCUAUUUUUAUUGAUCAUCCCACUGCCUUUUAAAAAUGUAUUUAGUUGUUCUUUGUGAAUACGUUUUAGCCCCUUGAUGUACCCACUCUUUUUUUCCUGAGUUAUCGCUAUUAUCACAUCAAAUGUAUUUUGUCACUGGUUUCAUAACUCUUUGAAAUAAAUUUUUUUUUCUAUUUUUCUAAAAGCACCACAAUGCGCUUUUAGCUAUCAAUUCUGUUUAUAUCCCCAAUCCAGUUAUAUCCCAGGUGCUCUUGGCUUAUUUCUUGCUUAUAAAUAUUACUUUAGUUUCUGUUGAUGAGUCAGAACUUGAAUUGAGUUAUAGGAGUUGAAAUAUUGUAAUCACUGUGAAAGUACUUUCUCAUAACACCUGUAAUUUCUAACCGGUUUGUUUGCAUUUAAUAACCAUUUGCAUAUUGCUUUCUGCUAGAAGCGAAAGUAUUCUUAUUACAAUUUCUAAGCUUUUUUUUAAAUUCCAUGCUAUUUUACGGGCAAUGUUCAAUCUACUGAAAAACAUAAACUCCUUUUGAUAUUUACUAAUUAUUAUUAAAUCCUGGAGGUUACCUUGCCGGUUGCAAUACUUUGAGUUUGUCAUUUUAACACUUACAUGGCUAUUCACGAAAGUGAGAAUUCAAAGUGAAAAUGUAAAAACAGCCAAGCCGGAAACAUUCUGUAACUUGCUUACAGUUUGGGCUACUUAAAUUUGAAAGUCACUUUGAAAAUAAACUUUUGAAAUGAUUUGAAAAUUUCUGACCACGGUAUUCCUAUUUCACUGGACAGGCCAUUUAUGUGCCAAGUCCUGUGACUGGCUUGGAUAUUGUGAAGCAUUGCUGUCACUGGUGGAGAUGGACAAGCCCUCAAAGGAAAUCAGCAGCAGGCUUAAUUAAAGUGGCUCUGUCACCCCAAACUUACCUUUCUUCAGUUGUUUCCUCUUCUCUUUCAGAAUCUGUUAUUAAUUUCUUCGUCAGUGAUUUGAAGUGGUCAUGGUGGUAUCUGCUUGCCACUUGUUUGGUAAAUGUCAAUUCUGUGCAUGUUUUACACCUUUGCUGGCAACAGACAUAAUAAUCAGGCACAGAAGCAAUUAAUUAACAUUGCACACCUAAAUAAAAUAACAAUAGCCAUUAAAUCAGAAUUUCUAAAUUUGCAGCUUCCCCAGUCAGUCCUGGUUAUGUCAUUGUUCUCUGUGCACUGGCACUCUUAAAUAAGACACGAUUGAAUUGCCUCUGCUUGCUCUGUGCUAAAAUUCAGUACACGGUGUGGUUGGUGCUAGAAUCUAUCUUUACAACAUAAUUAAAGAGGCUGUAAACAUUCAUGCCAGCUAGGGCAGAGGAAGCCAUUUCCAUUAAGUAUUUAGUAAAGGACAAAACCUUUGCAUUUCUUUUGUAAUAACAAGGAACAUAUGAAAUCACUGGAAUUCCCCUAGAUCGAAUCUACCAGUGAACAGGAUGGGUACGGCUUUGUUUUUACAGUUUAUUCUAGACUGUUUUGCUACUUGCAUCUUUGUUUUGUUUGUGUGUUUUUUUUUCGUUUUUUUCUUCAUUUUGAUGUAAACUGAACUGUUCUAUUUAUAUUGAAUGUUAAUAAUUGUUUUCUCUGUUAAAUAUCAUGCCAAGUCAACAACGUAACUUAAAAUGCCAAACUUAAAGUCUACACACAGUAGUGGCAAGCAAACUUUAAACUUAAAGGGACAAUGUAGGCACCCAGACCACUUCAUCUCAACAAAGUGUUUUAGGUGCCAUGCCCUGUAGUUUUGUCCCUACAAUGUAAAGCAUUGCUGCUGUGUACUUAAAAUAAAAGCAGGAGGAUUGUCCAGGAUCCUGGACAAAAGAAAACCCAUAACCUUUAAUAAAACUGUUUUUAAAAAAAAAUAAAAUACAAAAAAUCUUAAAUCUAACAAGCCAAAAGUAAAUCACAAAAAGAAAAAAAAUAAUAAAAUAUGUCAAUUGAUCACUCGUGAUAAUCUUUACUGCUGUCAGUAAGCCUUAAAGCGGCACUUUCAUGCCGAACUUACCUUUCCUCAAUCGCUUCUUCUUCUCUCCCUCUCUCAGGAUCUGUUCUUCAUUUCUUCCUGUCUGCUCUAGUUUUCCUUAAAACAUAAGACAAAGUAGGGAUUAUUUUGUCUUGUGUAUUUUUCCUACGCUUCACCAGCUUUGACCCAGGGGAGCGGCAAAGUCCGCUCCAUUUCCUGUGGUCAAAGCAAAUUUCCCACAAUUCUCACCUUUCCUCCUGCUGCUUCAUUCGGGGUUCGAACGCCGGUGGAACUACUGAAUUUCGACCUAACCGAAUGAGAAGUUUGUCCAUUCUUGUUAGGACGCAAUUCGGGAGUUUCGUUCGGAUCGGAAUUUAUUUAGAAUAAAUAAAACUCUGAUCCUAUUCGUACCAUUACAUUACUCUAUUGUAUUGCUCGCAAACUGCAUGAGUUGUAUACGUGAUGGACUAUGAAAAGGAAUGAAACCGCACUGUGUUAAGAAUAUUUUCUCUCUGGCAGCCGAACUGGUCCUGACCAUGUUUUUAUAUAUUGACAGUGAUCCCUUAUCAGAGCAGAUGAUAGUCGGAUGUUUUUUAAACAUAGGGACUGUUAUUUUUCUUGAUGUGCCUUCCUGGCUGCCUUUACUGCCUGACUUGAUUAUUUCACAAUAUUUAAUUAGUGAUCAAAGGAAGAGGAUUUCAGUAGACUUUGUCACAAAUCCUUUUCACCUGCAGUGAAUGAAUCAAAUUCCUUUUAAUCUACGUCUGAGCAAAUCGAUCCGUUCGGGCGUAGUUUAAUAGGGAUUUGAUUUGCUCGCCACAGGUGAAAAGGAUCUGUGCACAAGCCUUAAUUUCAGCAUUUGCAGCCAAUUAGUAUUUUGGCAAAAUGUCGUCAUUUUUUUGACAGAACACAUUGAAAUGAAAAACAAACAAAAAUAAUGCAUGUUGUCAGAAUUUGGAAUAAUGUAAUAUGAAAAUUACUAAGAUACAGUUGCUUUAAAUAGGAGUUUCAAACAUUUAGGGUUGCUGAGAGUGACGCUAUCCGUACCCCUUCCUCAUGUUGCAGCGUGGGUGCUUAUUUCUUGUUACAAACUUGUAAUAAAAGGAUCAUUCUUUAAAUACAAAGACACUGUUAUUGCAUUUUUAGUAUUUUUCUUUCUUUUUCCCCCAAACACACAGACAACAAUGCCUGUCAGGUAUAAUAAAGUCCAAGCUCCAUAUUGAAACACUAUUUACUACCUACUGGCACGGUUAUGUUACAUGGAAGCAGGCUAUGGGUAACUUUGGAGUAACUUUAAAUUGUCAUAGAGCAAAUACUGAUUUAAUGAUAUAUGCUGCAAUGGAUUUAUAUUACUGUGUUAAAGAUACAUAUCCAAGUAAGGCAAAGUGUAUUUUAUAACAUCACUUUGUACGGUCAGAUGCAUCUCCAGCAUCCCUUAGUAACUUGUUAGAUGUGUUGCUCAAACAUUUUGUUUUCUAUUUCUUCCUAUUUGUCCCCCUAACUAAGCUCCCACCUACUGGCGCAGAAUUCUUAGUUCCAAACGCUACAAUUAUAUAAUUAUAGCUAUGUACAGUAUCCACGUCCGGUGAGGUUAUAAAUCCCAUUGUUUUAAUUUAAGAUGAUGAAAUGAUCUUUGGAACCCUUGAUUAAAUAAUGUGUUGGGUGUGUUUUAGCAGGUUAAGCUUAACCUUAAUUAUGCCCAUUAACGAUGCCAUAAGUGAUGAUCUAAUGAUUUAAUUGUUUAAUAUUAUAGGGCAGUUAAAUUUUAUUCCUGCAGUAAAACAUAUUUCAUUAAGCCAACUGACUGUUAAACAUUGUUUUAUAUUUACAUAUAGUAUUUGUAUAGGAUUUAGAAAUAUGUGCUGGGAUGGUUUAUUGUGAUAGUGUUUUCUGAUUUACAGAAGUUCAUAUUUUUAGAUGAUUGCACCCUUAGUUUAUAAUGGAAAGUUGAUCUGUAUUAAUACUUUGAGAAUUACAUAAAUUAUUUAAAAAAUUUUUUAAAUCAAACCAUCGUUUUUUUUUCCCCCCUCCCAAAAAGUAUCUAACUGCUAACUCUUACAUGCCCCCAGUAUGCACUGGGACACCAACUCAGAUGGCUGCUAGGGGUGCUCCUUGGGGCAGUGUUGCACAGUGUGCAGCACUGCUAUCCAGUGUCUCCAACCUCUGCAUUGAGACACUGAACUUUCCCCAUAGAGAUACAUUGAUUCAAUUAAUCCCUAUGAGGAGAUGCUGAUUGGCCAGGGCUGUGUUUGGUUUGUGAUGGCUCUGCCCCUGAUGUGCCUUCUUGACAGUCUCAGCCAAUCCUGUGGGAAAGCAUUGUGAUUGAAUCAGAGAAUCACUCGUGAUAAUGUCAGCCAAGCAAGCAGAUCAGGGGCAGAGCCAGCAGCAGCAGACUUUAAUAAAAAUACGAUUUUACUAUAUUUAAGGGGGCAAGUGGGGGCCGAGGGGGCUAGAUUGGGUUUUUAACACGUUUUUGUUCUUUUAAUUCUAAGAGUGCAAAAGUCCCUGGAUUUUCUUAGACUACAACUUUUUGAAAGCCUCUCUCACUUUCCGUUUUUGUGCAUAUUUUGCAAAGACCCUCUCAAGGUGACCUGCCCAUUUCAUGUUUGAUGCAUUAUUCACCUCCUAGUCUUUAAUUUGUCAGUAGACUGCCUCGCUGUUAAACUCUGACUCAAGACAGGUUGCUCCAUAGACCUUACUGUGCAAUGUAUGAAGACUUCUCUUUCCCCGAUGCUGUCAUUAGUUACAGCUGCGAGGAAAUGAAAAUAUUUGCCGUAAGCUCUUUGUUUUUGUAGUCUUUCUUUUGAUUUAUUUUAGCUUUGUCCAUUAGACUUGCCUUGUAGAUUAGCAGUUAUGUUAAAUGCGUGCAUAUCCUAGCAAUGCCCAGUGAAUAGCAUUUUAAUUUCCAACAUGUCUGUUUAUUUAUCUUGUAUUAAUAUGUUCAUCAUUUGAGCAGUUGAUCUUGCUUACAGGAGGUUGUACUUUCUGCAGGUGUUGCAAGCCUUGCAAACUUGACAGCGAAGGCAAAAUAUGCUUUGUGGUCAUCAGUGUUUUACUUAUCACGACCUUAUCACUUGUUAUGACUUCACCACACGCCAGGUGUUUGCGUGCUUAGUACUUCCGAGCAGAGUGAGGCUGCUUUGGGAUUGGCUCAUGAGCAGAAUACUUUUAAGGGCCACUUUAAAGGGACUCUACCACGCAAAUAUUUAGACCACCUUGUGAGGGUCUUUGCAAAAUAUGCACAUAAACAGAAAGUGAGAGAGGCUUUCAAAAAGUUGUAGUCUAAGAAAAGUUGUAGUCUAAGAACAAAAACGUGUUAAAAACCCAAUCUAGCCCCCACUUGCCCCCCUAAAUAUAGUAAAAUCGUAUGGUUUUAAAGGAAUAUAAUCAACUCUACAGCCUGUACAGAGUGUCAGCUGAUCUGUAUAGCCUUUCAGUGCUGGGCAUAUAUUGGGGAAUUUGACAUUGGUAAUACAGAAGUAUAAUUUACGGACUUGCAAUUUGGCAUGCCAGGAAGUGGCUUCUGGGGGCCCCCAGCUUUAGUCAAGCUUCUCAAACAGUGUAAAACUGAACCAAGACCUAGCCCCUAUUGUAUACUAAUACCAUAACCAUUGCAUGGAGUUGAAGUGGUAAUGGUGUUUUAGACUACCUGUCACGAACGCACCCUACUCCAAGAGUGUGCGUGACUUCGUUCUGGUGGUGAAAGGGCUAUAGUUCACUAUUUGUCUGAACUAGACCAUAAAUAAUGAUAGAAAUCCCACUUAACACCAUCCACACUUAAUUAUAAUAAUAUUACUAUUUUAACGCUGCCACCACCAAGACGAUUUAUAAAUGGGGGUGCCUUGGUCCCCCAGGUAAAUUAGAAUAAAAACCCACCAAAUACAAUUUAGCACAAUCUGAUUCCCCCGAGGUGGCCUAUUAGCGGGGGAUAUUAUUACCCAACAUUUAAAAUAUCCUGAGCGAUUCCUGGCAAUUUUCAAAUUAGUCAAAUGUAAAUAAUUUUUCGUCUGUUAUUAGCAGAAUAUAAUCAAUACUGAUCCAGUACUAUACUAGGUUUGUUUGAAAUGUGAAGCUGAUGAUGGGCUUUGAAGGGAAUUAAUGGGACUCAAAGUAAAAACACAGGGUGAAAAGCAUUUGACUUUAUCUGUUGGCCAACCCAAAUAAAUUGUGAAUGCAGCAUAUUUCAGAGGUGGGACCUCUGGGUUUUUUUGUGGUCUCAUAAUGCAAUUGUUCCUGAUUACGAGUAUAAUCGUGUUAAACUCCGUUUUCUUUUUCUUUUUACAAGGAAAUAAAGAAGGAUGCUGAACCAAAGGAUGAACAUAUAGCGACCAAACGGGAGAAGCCAGGAAAUGUAGCCAGUCUGGUCCAGCGCAUGAGUGUUUAUGGUAUUCCAGGAAUGGGACCACCUCCUCAAGCCAAACCUUUGAAAAAAAGUAUGUGUACGGGAACCUUCUUUUUAUUUUCAUCAGUAGAAUUUAGAAAUUUCUCUGUAAUUUCUAGCCAGUAUUUUAUUCAAUAUUAUAAAUAGGCCAAAUAAGUGUAUUGAAAAAUCCACAAGAUGAAAGUAACUCACAGACCAAAACGGUAUUUUAAUUAAUGCUGAGUGGGGUACUGCAACUUAAAGGCACAGUCUAUCUCUGUCCUUUGUGUCCCACUUCCACGAGGAUUAUGAAAAGCUUGCAAUUCCUCCUAGGUUUCUAAUGGAUUGUACAACCCUUCUCCCCACCCUGUCUUUUUGUUGUUAAAGUAGUCAUGUGUUUUGUUUCUUUGUUGUUUGUUUUUUCCUUCCCUUUCCCCACUCCUGUAUCUUAAUCAUUAUACGGCCCUCUCUGACAUUUGCCUUUAUAUAUGUAUUAUCUUUUCUUUUUCUUGUGCCGGCCUUCAAUACCCGGGUGCCUCAAUUUUGUUCUCUUCUGCCCACGAUGCCUUAAAUUGAACCUUGCUUAAGCUUCGCCCAUUGCAAAAGUUUAUAAAGAUCACACUCCCAAUUAGAAAAAGUAGUCUCUAUAUGAUCUUAUUUAAAAAAAAAAAAACAACUCUAAAUUUAAUAAAAAAUAAAAGCCAGUAGAAAACAAAUAUGAUUAAAAGCAAAACCUGCAGUGACAAAGCUGCUUUAAUUUGAGCAAAGGCAAAUAUCAUCCCCCCUCCCGUUGGGUUUCAGGGUAUUUCCCUCAGUAGAAUGCGUCGGAUUCUGUGUUUUUGAAAUCCGUGAGGGUUUUUCGAAAGUAACUUCAUUGAUAACGCCACAAUACAAAAAUUAAUAAAUAAAUGGUGAAAACAUAGGAAAUGUAUGCAGUUUAUGUAUUUCGUCAGCCGAUGUGAGAAUAAAAACAUAUAAUCUGGUCUCAAGUGUCUGUAAGGGUUUAAUGUAAUUUCAUCUUUAACUUUUUUAGCGUUUAGCUGAUUGUCUAAACUCAUCAUGUACAUGCCAUAACUCCAUGGCAUACAUUAAAGGGCUACUCCAACCCAAAAUUAGUGUUUAGUGUACUGGUAUGCUUGUCUUAUACAAAGACCAAAAAAAAGAGAAUUAAUCAUAAACUAUUUUGAUCUAGUGCCGAGGCAAAGUUCUGUCUGCAGUUAAAUUCUGCUCUGAUGACGUUACUGUGUAGGGACGAAUGUAAGGGAGGAUAGACUGUAGAAUGGACCUGGGUUGCACAGAGGGUAGGGGAAUUUCACCCCUAGUUGUUUGACCAUGCUAUGCACCUUGACGACAGAUGCCAAAUAUGCACAGAAUUAACUCUAGUUCUUUGCUGGCUGAUAACUCUGCUUUAGGUUUGGUUACACCUAAGGCAGCAAAGCGCUUUAACUCUGUAUAUAUUCUUACUGUACCUCUGCACAGACCUGCUCAAAGUACCACGGCCACUUUAAAUCAUUGAAAUGAUUAUGGUGCUUGGACUAACCCAUUUAGGAUUUUUAGCUCAUUUUUCAAAGUUGUUGAGCAAGGCUUAUUGGAUGAUACAAUUGCCAUCAGUCUGGGUAGCACAAUAUAUUGAAAAUAUCGAGGGGUUCUCUUUCGCAGGACAAGUUCUCUUUAACUGACGUGCAAGCCAGGGCCAAUCUCAGUGGAUUUAGUCAGCUGGAACAACAAACAGAGCUGUGAUUCAAUGGUCAUUUGAUGUUUUAUGUUACAAGCAGAGUUUCUUUAUACAGUCUUUGAAUAUAUAUGACUAUUUUUUAAAUUUUUCAUAGAGUCAAAAAAGAGACAAUGUAAAGUCCUUUUUGAUUACCUACCACAAAACGAAGAUGAACUGGAGCUUAAGGCGGGAGAGAUACUGGACAUUAUCGAAGAGGUAGGUGGCUGUAUUAUACUUGUAAAUACUGUUAUUUAGGGUGACAGUGGAUCCUCUUUGUAACCCUUAUCAUACACCAAGCACAUUUGUAGGUUAAAUGAACAGUGUAGUUUUAGGAAUACAAAAGUGUAUUUCUAACACUAUAGUGUCCCUCAGUGAGAAAUCAUUUUUGUCACGGCCUCUACCCCCUCCCUGGUGUGUUAAGGGCGCACAUUAGGUCUUUCCUGUAAGAAAGAAUUGAAUCAAUGCUUUCCUAUUGGGUAUUUGAAGAUGCUGGGCAUCCUCAUGCAAAGCUUGAAGACAUCCAUCAUCAUUUCAAGGAGUUAAAUUCUGUGUAAAUGCAGGUAGUGCCUCCAGUGGCUGUCUUUAAAAUUGAAAGGCCAAGGGGACAGGGACACUGCACCCAGACCACUUCAAUGUGAUGAAAUGGUCGGGGUGCCUAUAGUGUCCCUUUAGAGAGUAUGAUGGGAACUGCAGUCCAAAGUAGACAGAGUGCCAUUGUCAUGUUAUCUACAUGCUUAUCAGUUACUACAACUUGUGGGGUUUCCAGCCCCUUAUCAUUGCAUGUCAGCCUUUCUUUAGUAUCGAGGUACUUAAUAAACUGUAUUCUUGUUUAAAAAUAAAUGAAUCCUACAUUAUCAUACUGGAUUCCUGCUUUGGUAUCUGGCAUCAGUUUAAAAAGAAGCAAAAUACCGAAAAAAAACCUGUUAGUACAUUUUUCUUUAUGGAACUUGCUGGUUUAAUGUUUUUGCGUUCGUGCUGUGUGCGGGGUGAUGUAACUUAUCAUCAGAUCUCCUUUCUCUAUAAACAAACAGCCUUCACCAAACCUGACUGCUCGGUUCUGCUACAGUAACAAAAUAAAAUGGAUGCUGCAGUCUCAGGGGGAGCAAUUGCCUUGGUGGUGGUGUCCUCUCCUCCCCCUCAUUUUCUAGUGGUAAACAUGCUUGAACUUGGUCAGGUAUAAAUAACCGUAAAGAGAAUUGUAAUUGGUAUCUGGGAAACAAAUGUUAUGCGAGAGGUUCUUUUAUCAGGUCAAACUCCACUGAAAUUCUGACGAGAGGAGAAGUACUGUCCUGUGCUGAAAUUGGAUCAUAAAACGUAACUUUAAAUAGUAAUCAAUAGUUAAAAAGCACACACACACAAAAUAAACCUAAGUUAGUGAGAAAAUAUAAGUGAGGAAACGUGAGUGACAUAAACGAGUAAAUAAUAAAAUGUAAAGACCAAAGUAUUUAAGAUGCACAUAUGCUGGGUAUAAGCUUACAGCCUCUUGAAGUAUCCCAGGCUAGGUUAACUCUGUAAAAAGGACAACAUAGUAUCUAGGUCAGGGGUAGUCAACCCUUUUCUACCUACUGCCAACUAAUGCAUCUAUCUUGAUGAAAAGAAAGGAAUGUCUCCCCCUCCAUCAGCAAAGGUAAGACAGGAGGGGGGACAUUACCUAUAUUUAUUUAGCAAUUAUUUAAUAAUUUUUAUUUUUUUUAUCUUUAAUCUGCCCCCCCCCCCUUACACACACCACACACAAAUAUACAGCCCCCCUUACACACAUAGCCCCCUCUUACACAGCCUCCCUUACACACAUAGCCCCCAUUUACACACAUAGCUCCUUCUUACACCCAUAGCCCCCUCUUACACACAUAGCCCCCUCUUACACACAUAGCCCCCUCUUACACACACAGCCCCCUCUUACACACACAGCCCCUUCUUACACACACAGCCCCUUCUUACACACACACAGCCCCCUUCUUACACACACAGCCCUUCUUACACACACAGCCCUUCUUACACACACAGCCCUUCUUACACACACACACACACAGCCCCUUACACACACACACACACUUACACACACACACAGCCCCCUUACACACACACACAGCCCCACACACACACACACACACACAGCCCCUUACACACACACACACAGCCCCUUACACACACAGCCCCCUAACACACACAGCCCCUAACACACACACACAGCCCCCUAACACACACACAGCCCCCAACACACACAAUAACACACACACAGCCCCUAACACACACACAGCCCCCUAGCCCCUAACACACACAGCCCCCCAACACACAGCCCCCUAACACACACAGCCCCCUAACACACACCAGCCCCCUAACACACACCAGCCCCCCUUACACACACCACCCCCCUUACACACACUGUCCCCCUUACACACACUGUCCCCCUUACACACACUGUCCCCCACACACUGUCCCCCCACACACCACACUGUCCCCUUACACACAACACACACUGUCCCCCCCCUUACACACCCCAAUACAAACACUGCCCCUUAUAUACAUAGCACCACUCACACAUACACACACUGCUCCCAAUACACACAAGCACACUGCUCCCAAUACACACACUGCACCCUUUACACACACACUGCUCCCAAUAUAUAAAUUGCUACCCCAUACAUACACAUACUGAAACCCUCACACACAUACACACUACAGCCCUAUCCCGGCAGACCCUGGGUAAGUUAUCAAAUGUUUUUUUAAACGGUUUGACUACUUACUCUGGGAGGGCGCCACAGCAACUCCUGGCACCAAAACCACUACAGAGAGCUGUAGUGGUUAUUGUGCCUGGAUUGUUUCUUAAAAUGAUCUGCCAGUGCCCCUCCCGAGAUUAGCUUCUGGUUCCGCCACUGAUAUGGGCGCACAUGCGCAUUCAGGCACACACUUAGUGCGCGAGAGAUGAACAGAGCGUUCAUCUCUCUGGAUGGAGGGAGGAUUCUGCUACCGCCCACCUGGAGUCCCAAAAUGCCCACUGGUGACGACCCAUGAUCUAGGUUAUUGUAACAAAUGAGGAGCAAAAUCUGAUUUGUAUCCCAAGCAGAGAAAAAUUAGUAACAAUUAGGUAAAUAUCGCCUAAACUAUUAUUUAGAGUGUAUGGAGAAAAAGUCUCUAUAUUCAAUAGUGUUCACUGUUCAGUAAUAUAUACACAAUCCUUGAUUAUAAAAAGUUAUUCCUAAAUUAAGGGUCUAAAGAAAAAUCACUAAGCUACAUGUCCAAACCAGGGUUAACCCCUUUACUGUGAUUUCCUCUUGAUACAUAUUAGCUUCCAACUGUUUUAUUAACUCCACUGAAAUUUUCCUCCACCAUAGUUGCGCUAUGGGCAUAUAAAUAAUAUUUCAGCGGAGGUAAUAAUUUGUCAACAUAAUCCUUUAUGUAAUUGUCACUUCCUUCUGGUGUUUCACAUUGCUCACUGCAUCCUUAAGGUAAGGGGCAAAUAGACAUGACAGAUGUACAGAUACACAUGCUGGCACAUCAAAUAUUUGCAGAGCUGUUAAAACAAUUUCUUUCCUGUCGCCAGGGUUUGUUGACUAAUUACUGGCCUCAGGGCUCUGUUUCUGAAACUCGAUAACUGUAUAAAUAUAUUUAUUAAUAUGCUCACUGCAGCCAGUUUAGUUGGAUUAACAUGAGUAUAUAUAAUGCGUGUUUUAAGGUAGUACUGGGAGAUGUGUCCCUGUUGUAAAAGAUCAGUCUUACAUUCACUAUAUGUAUUUGUGUGUCUGUUUACAUAUUUACCUUAUCAUAUAUGUAAGAUUAUAUUUGUAUACUUUUAGAUUGUUACAUUGAAAAAGGGCCGUGUAAAUUAGCUAUAUCAAUUAAUGGCGGGGCCGCAACUUCUGGCUUCUACUGGAUGUUGUUUUUCUGUUGGAGUCAUUUAUUUCUGAUUUUGGGUUUAGUUGUUCUGAGCAGUCCAAAAAAAAAAAAUCUUUUGGUCUUUGUUUUGACAUGGAAGCAUGGCUGCUAUUGUUUUGUUCUUUUUCUUUUUCUUUUUUUAUUUUAAAUCUCCUUUUACGGAAUCCCCUCGAACAUUAAUCUCCUUCGUGUUUGCUUGCUUUUGGCCGAGAUGUUGUGCUUGCAAUUUGGGUUCUAAGAUUAGGAUUUUUUUUUUUUUUUUUUUAAGGUAGAAGAAGGUUGGUGGAGUGGAAGCCAUGGUGGGAAAUCUGGAUUAUUUCCAUCAAACUUUGUGAAGGAGGUAGAUACGGUUGAUGAUGGAGACAGUGUGGAACUUCCUGAAGAUCCAGGUAAUUGUCUUCAAAAUCAUUGUACAAAAAAAUCAAAUGAUGAAUCUAUGCAGUGACGUCUGAAAGACAUUAACUCCAAUAAACCCCAAAAAUUAUUUCCUAUUACACUUUCAUAUUUAUGAAGUCUCUCUAGGUAACCUGGAAUUGUGAUGGCCUUCCAUUUCACAGCAGCAAGUUACUGAACGGGUCAACCACUCGGAGAAUGAGAUGUUCAUAUUAAUGUUCAUUGUCUGAGUGUGAAGAGAUAUUGUUUAUGUAUUUAUUAUUAUUCAUAGAGCGCCAACAAAUUCCAUAGCACUGUAUUGUUUCAACCUCCUAUAUACUACUCAUACCUACUCUCCAAAUCCACCUCCACAUCCUUAUUGUCUUUCUUCAAAAUACUGUGCCAGCUUGACGCUCACCUAAAAACAUCAUUUGUAAGUCACUUGAUUGCUACCAAUAGAACAGUAAGGGUAAUUUACAGGUCCACCACCAGUCCGUGUCGGCAUACCAUAACAAAUACAUUGCCCAACAUUUUUUUGGAACAGGGUAAAAUGCUGUGUCCCAUGCCCCGUGAGAAAGCUGUGAUAUAAAAGGGUGAAUGUUCUAGAAUUUUUAUUUUUUUAGAUGACCUUCCCUUGGGGCUUUAUGUAAAUUAAAUGCAGUCAUUUGUAUAUUGAAAAAAAAUAAAAUAAUGUUAAUAUAUAUUUCUCCUCUUCUUGUUGGAUGGCUCGCUGUGGUGCUAAUAUACUUAAUUUUAAUUCUUCUGUGUAUCAGAAAUAGCAGUAAACAUCAGACUUACGUUUUCUUUGUGUAUUCUGCUUAAAAUUACUAAUAUAUAAUAAAAUAACAAAGUAUGUUACAGGAUGAUGGAUGUUUAACAGGAGAUGUUAAAGAACACAAACAUGGAUUUUUGCCAGGAACACAAACAUGGAUUUCUGCCACUAUAGUAUUAAACCUGUUUUUUAGGUAUCUAGCCCGCCUAGCAUCAUGUUGAAACAUUGUUUUUACUCACCUUUUCUCCCUGGCCAUGCAAAUCUCGCUGUGGCUGGCUCCACCUCUGUCAAACUUGAUGAUCUCAGCCAAUCCAAUACCUUCGCAUUGGGAGGCAAUUGCACAUCUCGCCAAUCAGCAUCUCCUAAAUAGAGUUGCAUUAAAUUAAUGUAUCUCUACUGGGAACGUUCAGUGCCUCCAUGCGGAGCGUGGAGAAUUCCAGAAUUCUCAGACAAAGAAAUCCAUGUGAAUUAUUGAUACCAUCUGUUUCUUAUACUCAGUCAAGACACCCAUAUGUAAUGUUACUAGAAUAUGCAACAAGCUGAUCGCUGUGCUGUGUAGCAUUGGGCAAAUAUUUGCUCAUCGAAAGCAGGAGCCUCACCUCACAUACAGAAAAUGCACAGCAGAUACUGCCAGUGGAUAAUUAAAUUUCACAUUACUGAUUAACUUUAAAUUGUCAAUGGCAUUCACAUAAAACACGGACGACGGAAGGGGAAAAUCAAACUGAAAUGCUGUUCAUUUGUUUAAAGGGACAUUGCCAGGAAAAUACAAUUCUUACAACCUUUCACUUUAUGCAUUGGAUUUUAUUUUACGCAUUGGUUUGCUCUUGCUAAUUUUUUUAAUUUUUUUUCUCACAUCCAUAAAGUUAUUCAAAUCACUGGGCAUGCAAGUCAAACUGUACAUAUGGGCAGCCCAGAACAGUCAAAGGCUGGAAAAUAGUGAUGAGAUUUUUUCCCAUUUUGAUUGAUAUAUAUAUUCUUCAGACUUAUGUUUCCUUUAGGUUUAUUCUGCUUACAAUUACUAUUAUAUCAUAAAAUAACAAAGGAUGUUAUAGGAUAAUAUAUAGGCAAGUUCAGUAACUUAAAAUUUUUAUUUUUGCUAAUUUCCCUAGUGAAGUAGUAGGGGGUAAUGCUAUGAUUCCGUACAUAUUUCGUAAUGUUUAUUCGUGGAUCAGGUGUAAAAGAGUAUUUCCUCACUCUGUAAAGAUCAGCAGAAAGACCGUCCUUCUCCUCCUUUCAUAUAAGUGCUAGCAGGCUUCCAGACUCCCUAGCUUAUUUCAUUAUUGCCUACCUCACACUGAAUACAACCUAGAGGGAAAGGGGUGCUCCCUCAGUGGUGAGUGGGGUUCAGUAGUGGAACCCAGAGCACCCUACCAUACUCCAGUGCCAUAUUUUGUGCUCAUUAUAGAUUUUCUAUUUUUUUUUUUGGCCACCCGAUAUAAUGUUAAAGGAGAGAAGGGAAGCCUAAUUUGUAUAAUGACUAAUUACGCAAUGAGUAAAGCCUGACAGAAGGGUUAAACCUGGUAAAGGAAACAAAUGAAUGCUAGUAUCCUGUAUUCAUAGCUCUUUGUACAUACAAUGGUUAACAUUUGUUUUCUUAUUCCUCUUAGUGGAACCUGUUGCUGUCAAUGCCUCUCCUGCCUCACCUGUACAACCCCCUGGGAACGGGCUGGAAGCAGCUCUUUCGCCUGUGGCACAGCCAAAGAAAAUCAUGGGCGUUGGAUUCGGAGACAUUUUUAAAGAAGGGUCUGUGAAGCUAAAGACCAGGAUACCAAAUUCAGAACCGGAGAUAAAAAAGCUUGAAAAAGUAAGUCAAUAAAUAGGUAAACGGUCUCUUUGCACCAUUUCCUUGUCAUUACUGUAUGAGAGAGUGUUUUUUUGCCAUAUUCUGUUCAUACAAAAAUAUGAACAAAAUUACUUGUCCUGUUAAUAGAGGUUAGCAAAUGGUGGCCAUUAUUUUGUAUGUGUGUUUCCCAUAAUUUCACAUCCAGUUCGGGCAUGUUGAAUCUUAUAAACUCAUCAACUUCAAGAAUUAGAGAAUGAGCGUUUGCAUAGAAGUGUCAGUUCUUCCUGAAUCAGGCCUGAAGAAAGUUCUAAUGUAUGAACUGAAACGUUGACCAUCGGAUUGUAACUUGUAUUAAUCUUUGGAUCAACUUUACCUCUAUUUGACAAGUCAUCGAGUGCUGGCUUUAGAACCGUAGCUAUAUAUAGAUAGAGAAUAUAUUAUUAUUUUUUUAACUGUAUGUUGCAGCAACACUUUGUUUUUUUGCAUUUUCAAGGGAGAGAGCUGGAAUGCUUCCUUAACUGAAACUAGUCCGUUUGCUAUUUUUAACCCCACAUGAGAUCCUGAAACCAGUGUGUAGAUCUUGUCAUACAUUCCGAUUGUGUUUGAAGAAACAAAACCACAAAAAAUCUACCUAUCGUUAUUGGGAAAUUCCCACGGCUUUGCAGAUCACACGUUAGCAAGAAUUUAAUGCUCUCAGGGUGGUUUAAAGGGCCAGGUCACAUCCAUAAAGUGCUUCAGCUUGCUAUUUCUAUUUCUGUUAGAAAUCAGCACUUUUAUAAAUAAUGAAACAACCCCCUGGCUGUCAAUCAAGCAGCCAGGAAGAUUUCUUACUACUUCUGUUAGCUUCCCUGAGCUAGCGAAAGUCUCAGGCGCCCUCUACUUAAGCAUGCUUGCCUCCCACCCUGCAUACGUCUAAUCAGAAUGCUGUGUAACACGUGCAUUAAGGGAAAUUCUUUUCCAGAGAAAAAGGGGAGGGCUUGGAAAGGAUGCAAUCAUAAGAACUGCAGCUUUUGCAAACUGUUUUAAAAUAUGCCACCAAUGAAUGAAUGCAUGUAUGUAUUCAUUGGGGGCAUAUCUACUAAAUAAAGAUUUACAAUUUUUUUUUUUUUCGAAUUUGGACAGUGAGUGUUCCUUUAAAGCACAAUGACCAUAUAAUCAGACUAAUAUUUUUUUGAAACUUUGCACUAGUAAUUUUAGAAAGAAGAGCGUUAUGUAUAAACCGAGCACAAAGCCCUGACAAACAUACAUGUAGCCCAGUACUUGUAAAUGAAAGGGAUUUUAUAGUGUAAGGAUUGCAAAUCUGUUUUCCUUACACUAUAGUUCCCUAUGUUUACAGAGUGUAGAAAUAUAGCUUGUUCUGGGAUGAUGGUAUAGUUACUACAGCUUUUGAAAAUGGCUACAGCUUUAUGUAAAAGAGAAUUUAGGGAGGUAAGUGCAAAGGAGCUCCUAGCAUCAAAAAUGCUACUCGUACUCGGGGUGUCAUGUUUAAAAGUUCUAAUGUUUCCACUGCCUACGUUCCAUUCUGACAGGUUGUUUUCUGUGCAAAAUGCGCUCGCCCAAAUUCUUUGCAAUAGACAGGGAAAUUACCAAGUGAUGGGAGAAUUAUAUCUCAGUCUAUUUUUAUAACUAAAUACACGUGCUUCAAUAUAUUUAGAAAAUGAAACUGGCUUGUGCAUUUUAAUUAUUUUCAGUGUUUCACUUGUAUAAUCGUGGCAGAUGACAUUAGCACUGUUCAUGCAUUGUACGUGAUGCUCCACCCUGCCGUUUACUUUGUUCUUGUUAAAUGGAACAAAAUCUAUGCCUUUUACAAAUCACAUAGAUGGCAGGGUCACAUUCGUGUGUAUAUAUACGAUUGUGUUUAUAUACAAUGCUUGUGAAAUCACCAGCAACUGGUGAACAAGUCACACUUAUUUGUGACUUGUUCCACUCAAAACAUGAUCCCUGGGACUUGAUGGAGCUGCUGCCCAUUUAUCUGUUGUACCCCAACAUAAUGCAAACUGCAUCUAACAGGUGCACUGUGGGAAUUGUGGGAUACAAUCGCAUCAUUUUGGGGUGAGGCUCUCCAUCCUUAAAGGACCGCUAUAGUGCCGGGAAAACAAACUCGUUUUCCUCACACUAUAGUGUUAAUAGGUCACGCCCCUCCCGCUGGGCUUUUGGGGGAGGAAGGGGUUAAAGGCUUACCUUUCUCGGCACUGGGGACUCUCCUCCCUCGUCCGCCAAAUGCGCAUGCACGGCAAGAGCCGCGCGUGCAUUCAGUCCGUCCAUAGGAAAGCAUUCUCAAUGCUUUCCUAUGGACGCUGGCGUCUUCUUACUGUGAAAAUCAGAGAGACCGCCACUAGAGGCUGGAUUAACCCUAUUGUAAGCAUAGCAGUUUCUCUGAAACUGCUAUGUUUACAGCAGGCAGAGUUAACCCUAGAUGGAACUGGCACCCAGACCACUUCAUUAAGUGCAGUCUUUAAAGCUGAAGGCAAAUUCCAGGAAUAUCAUCAUAAAGAAAACAAAAAAAAAGAACAAAGCACCUAGAACUUCAUUUAUAUAUUGGCCAACGGUUUGGCCGUAACAAUGUGCAGAUGAAAAUGUUAUGUCUAAAAUGACUUGGCGUCACUUGAGAGAGCAUGACAUGUACCCAUUAAACAGUAUUCAUCUACGCUGUUAAUGCAAAACUGUUUAAAGAGGACAAAGCCAUGUCAUUCUAAAUAGAACUGGUAAAAUAUUACACAUUUUACCCUUUAAAUAGAAACUGGUUAAAUACAAACCAGUGCUAUUUAAAUAGGACCAUAAGGCUGCAUCUAUAAUUUUAUAAUAAGAGAAGUUAAAAACUGGUUAAAGAGGAUUUAAAUGCCAUUUAAAUCAAACUGGUUAAAGAUUACCUUUCCAUAUAAUUCUCUAGUGAGUGUGUUCAUAUCUGUUUAAAGUGUUUACUGUUGUUUUAUGUUUGUCUUUCAGCCAUUACCCACCAAUCCUUCUGGUACAAAAUUAUCUCACACUCUAAGUUCAGAGUUUACAAGAACAGAAACAGACGGCAAGAAUAAAGGUACAAGUUAAUUAGUCAAUUAUAACUUCUACAGAUACUGUCGGCAGAAUGUUUUUGUUAAAGAAUUGUAAAAUCUGUAUAUAUAAAAAAAAUUACCCUGUAGAAAAUACAUAAGGUAUUCUGGGAUGGCAGAUUGGCAGCCCUGCUGGGGAAGUAUCGCUGCAGAUUGUUUACAAAUCGCAGGUAUUAUAAACCUCUGACCUUUUAAAAAAAACUUUUAUAGUUGAAUUAAAAAAUUUUUAUUUUCCUUUUUUUUGGUUUUUAUCCUGUAAUUACUUUGCAAUUCUUAGAUCUUUAGUUACUGACCUAAAGACUGGAGGGGGAUUAUAAAGCCAUCAGCCAAUCAGAAGAUAGUAUUUUUCCAAGUUAAAACAUACAAUUACCAAACAUUCAACUGUACAUAGAUGCAGUCAUUUCAUUUUUGAGGGAGCACAAUUUUACUAAUCCCAAGUACUGCUGAUUGGUUAAAUAGUCCAAAAAUAGUUUUACAUUUAUUUUUAAUUUUUUUACAAAUUGAUGCUAGAAGCGAUGUUAUUUGAUGGUAUUAAAUUUCAAGUGCAACUUAGAUUCUUAAUUAAAGUAAAAUCCCAUCACUGCUUUUUAUUUAACAUCUAUAACUAUUAAGUUCUAGUCUUUUUUUUUUUUAUCUGAUAUGGUCAAACUGUUUCUAUUUCCGAGUGCUGAUCCUUAAACUGAUACAAUCUAGUGAGGAAAUUACUAACACUAUAUAUCGUAAUAAUGUUGCAUUUCUUCUUUUUUUUUUCUAGCCAAAGAGACUUGCAGAGCAAUGUAUUCCUACGAGGGAGUAAAUGACGACGAACUUUCCUUUAAGGAAGGUGAUAUAAUCCAUCUAUUAAGUAAAGUAAGUUGUUGUCAUGACACAGAACAGGCUUAGACGGAGUAUCCUACAGUUACAUAGUACUUUCAUGCAGGGAUUGACGUUCAGCUUUAAAAGGAUAUUCUGUAGUGAGUUUGUCAGCCGCAUUGCUCAUGCAUAGUUAGUAUUCCAGACUUAUCAAUGCCAAUUUCAUCCAGCCUGCAUGGCGGUGAUUGGGUGGAUUGGUUCAGAUACGCCAUCCUGCUUGACUGAAAUUGUCAUUGAUAAGGUGGGCAAAGAGAGGACAGUCUCUGGGUUUUGUGAAAAGCCAAAAUGUAUGUUAAACAGUGUGGAAUUAAAGGGUUUAUUUCAGGGACCAUGACCACUUCAGUGAUUUGAAGUGGUCAUGGUACUUGCAAUCUGUAUAUUCUGUUUAUCGAUAUGAAAACGGAAAAUGUUUUUUGGCUGCAUUUCACACUUUAACCUGAUAAAUCACACCCAUAGACUUUAGACAAGUAGAUUGUAGUGGCUAUGUAGCUUAGAAUUCCCCUUACAAUAUUAUUCCGAUUUAUUUCAAUGGAUGACAGGGUUAAUAAAAGAAAUAAAAUAGGCGAGGCUGCCUCAUUAAGUCACAGAUGUACUGCAGCCUUUUUGGCACAUAGCAAAUUCGUGCAUAAUCUUUGUCUAUCAUAUGACCUUGGUGAAACAGAUGUGAAAAAGCCUUGUUCUGAGAGUGAUCUAGACAGCAAGCAUCUGACUUGGACUCUUGGCAAAGAGAAAUCUUUAACCCGUAGCACCCGUCCAAUCUAGCAAAUCAGGAUUGCAAUCUUAGGGUUCACUCUGAGAAACCAUGAUAACUAGUUACAAUGGGUCCUCUGUACCUGGCUCCAUGCGCACAGUUACUUUUUAAGAAUGCUCAUUCAGUGAUUGAUACUAAACAUGGAAUGUGGACUUUUCUUUUUCUGUCCAAAUUGUGCACAUUGACAUUGCAUGUUACACCGGGGACAUCGCUCACUUUCCACCACAGUUUCUAGAACCGAACCUGUGCUAUGAUAGUGCAGGUGUGUGUGUUUGGCCCAUAAGAAAACAUUAUGCGCCAACUUGUUUGUAAAAUUGUGUCAAUAAAUUGCACAGUAGUUGCAAUAUGACGAGCUUAACGGUGGCUGGAAACUAAAUUAUAUAAAGAUUUAUUGGAAAAACUCAGACCCAAAAAACAAAAUGAGAGGCUCCUGACUGGCAGAACCUCGUCUGAUCUCAGAUCUGCAGCUAACCAUGAUCAAAUGGAAACACAUUUAUAGCAAUCACUGACAGGCAGCCAAGAUAGAGGCGCCUAGUGGCAGGAUAUAGGAGUAGUGUAGUUUUCCACAUUUCACUUUUGUUUUCAGACCUCAUCAAAACAUAUUCGUUAAAUGUAGGGAACCAGUGAACAUACCAAAAUCUUGAGAAGUGAUGGCUCCAUAUUAAAUGUAAAGCUGUGUUUAUUAAAUCAGAGACUUCAAGCAUACAAAAAUAUCUUCCCGCCUUAAAUGAAAAACUAAAAUGAAAGAUAUAACUUCUCAAACCCUCACAAUCCCGUCAUAACUGAAGUGGUACAGACCACAUUAUAGAAAAUAUAUUCCAGUGUGUAUAAUCACAAAUCCCAUGUUUCAGAUAAAUGGCACGUUUUUCUUUAGGUGAAAUGCAUUGGCAAUCUGCUUAGUAAUUUUACUUUUCAUGCUGUUAAAUCUUAUAAUAUAUUAGUGGGUUAACUUAAGCUGUGAGUGUGAUCUCACUCAUACUGGGUCUGUGUUAGAAUUUUAGCUUUUCCUAUAAAUAUAAUGUGUAUAUAUAAACCACUCAACUUUGACUGCCCACUUAAAAGUUUGCAAUGACAUCCAAACUGGCAUGGAACAAGGAGACUUAACUGAAGCUAUUUUUCUUGAUUUCGCCAAGGCCUUUGACACAGUAAACCAUGGCUUUCUUUUGCAAAAACUUAAAGGACCACUAUAGUGCCAGGAAAACAUACUUGUUUUCCUGGCACUAUAGUGCCCUGAGGGUGCCCCCACCCUCAGUGUCCCGCUCCCGCCGGGCUCUGGAGAGAGGAAGGGGUUAAAAUCUUACCUUUCUCCAGCGCCGGGCGGGGAGCUUUUCUCCUCCUCUCCUCCUUCCUAGCAACGUCAUCGGCUGAAUGCGCAUGCGUGGCAGGAACCGCACGCGCAUUCAGCCAGUUCAUAGGAAAGCAUUUACAAUGCUUUCCUAUGGACGCUGGCAUCUUCUCACUGUGAUUUUCAUAGUGAGAAGCAUGCAAGCGCCUCUAGUGGCUGUCAAUGAGACAGCCACUAGAGGCUCUAGAGGCUGGAUUAACCCUCAGUGUAAACAUAGCAGUUUCUCUGAAACUGCUAUGUUUAUAAAAAAAAAAAAAAAAAGGGGGUUAACCCUAGCUGGCCCAGGCACCCAGACCACUUCAUUAAGCUGAAGUGGCCUGGGUGCCUAUAGUGGUCCUUUAAAAACUCAGGCAUUGGUGAUCGUCCGCUAAGCUGGUUUCGAUUGUAUGUUUCAGACCGAUUGCAAUAUGUGGCCAUUUCUUAUAGCAUUUCCCUCCCUCUUUCUGUCACUUGUGGUGUUCCCCAAGGCUCCAUACUCUGCCCCCUGCCAUUCACAUUAUUUAUAAAUGAUCUGCCUAACGUCUGCAAAUCCUCAACUGUACACAUGUACGCAGACGAUACUGUAAUCUACUCUAGUAAACCCAAUCUACCGCAGCUUGAGGCUGUGCUCCAAAACCAAUUCGCAGAGGUAGAAAAGUGGAUAGUAAUUAGCAAACUUUUCCUAAACACUGACAAAACUGUUACAAUGAUCUUUGGAACUGUACCUAAAUUACAUAAACUACAAAAUCAACAACUAUGUAUCAGAACAAAUCCAAAUAGCACACAGACCACCGUCUGUUCUUGCACAUAUCUAGGUAUGUUGCUAGACCCCAAUCUAUCCUUUGGCCUUCACAUUGAAAAAAUCUCUUCAAAACCUUACCCAAAACUAGGUGCCCUGUAGGAAACAGAUAGUGGAAAACAGAUGCAACAAAUGCUAAUGCCAGUCAUCGAUUAUGGGGAUGUAGUGUAUGUACCUGCAUCGCAAACCCACCUUAAUAAACUUAAUAUAUUAUAUAAUUCAUUCUGCCGCUUUGUACUAGAAUGUAAUUACUUAACCCACCACUGUGACAUGUUAGUUAAAAGAGCUAAACUGGCUGUCGCUGGAAUCCGGACACACUCUUCAUCUAUUUAGCCUUGUGCAUAAGAGCUUUUCUGGGCUACCUGAGUAGAAUGCUCUCCCCAGCUGUCCCCACCUCCUAUAACCUCCGUUCCAGUACCAGCGCGAUAUCUAGCAUACCGCAAUACAAAAAUAAAGUGGCUCAACUCUCAUUUUCCUACAGAGCACCGCAAUUAUGGAAUAACCUCAGGGACACAGUAAAAGUUUUAUUCAUUCUAAAAUCUUUUAAGAGAUCUAUGGCAAUAAACCUCAGCACAGAAUGCACCUGUCAUGGUUGAAUAUAUUUAUUACCGGUUAUGUUAAAUUUAUAUAUAUAUAUAUAUAUAUUUAUAUAUAUAUAUAUAUAUAUGUGUGUGUGUGUGUGUAUGUAUAUAUAUGUGUGUGUGUGUGUAUGUAUAUAUAUGUGUGUGUGUGUGUAUGUAUAUAUAUAUAUAUAUAUAUAUGUGUGUGUAUGUAUAUAUAUAUAUAUAAAUAUAUAUAUUUUGAUUGUAUAUUGUAUUUUUUAUAAUAUUGUAUCCUUUUGUAAAAAUGCAAUGUUUGUCGGCCCAGGACAUACUUGAAAAUGAGAGAAAUCUUUAUGUAUUCAUCCUUUUAUAAAAUGUAUACUUAAACCAGGACUUCGGUGUUUAGCAUGGAUUUCCUUCAUGUGAGCUCCAUUUCACAUUAUUAUGUUUGUAACGUGCGCCAUCUUUUGGAGAUGGGAUGUAACUUGAAGCAAGAAAUCAAGUAGACGGAUUAAAGUGAGCCAAUGCUUUUUUUUUUUUUCAGGAUACAGGUGACCCAGGCUGGUGGAAGGGAGAGCUAAAUGGCAAAGAAGGGGUGUUUCCAGACAACUUUGCUGUUAUAAUCCUAGAGUCUGAAAGAGAAGUGAGUUGCAUAUUUUUUUUUUUUUUUGAUACAUGUAAAGUUUGUUAUAAUUAGAAAUUCUGAUCCUUUGCCUGCCCCUUAUCUGGCACUCUGUAUAGUGUUCUUCCCACAUUUUUUCAAUGUGAAGGCCAAAGGAUAGAUUGGGGUCUAGCAACAUACCUAGAUAUGUGCAAGAACAGACGGUGGUCUGUGUGCUAUUUGGAUUUGUUCUGAUACAUAGUUGUUGAUUUUGUAGUUUAUGUAAUUUAGGUACAGUUCCAAAGAUCAUCUUCCCACUUUUGGAGCUCUCCAGCCUGUUUUGACUUUUCUUAAAUCCUUGCCCUCCAAGCUAUUUAAUUUGCCCUUCAAUAAUCUGUGCUGUGCCGUGAACUCUGCGCUCCUCUGGCAUUCUGUGCUGUGUCAUGGACUCCGUGCUCCUCUGGCAUUCUGUGCUCUGUCAUGGACUAUGCGCUGUGCCAUGAACUCUGCGCUCCUCUGGCAUUCUGUGCUGUGUCAUGGACUCCGUGCUCCUCUGGCAUUCUGUGCUGUGUCAUGGACUCCGUGCUCCUCUGGCAUUCUGUGCUGUGUCAUGGACUCCGUGCUCCUCUGGCAUUCUGUGCUGUGUCAUGGACUCCGUGCUCCUCUGGCAUUCUGUGCUGUGUCAUGGACUAUGCGCUGUGCCGUGAGCACCGCGCUCCCCUGGCAUUCUGCGCUGUGCCCUGAGCAACGCGCUCCCCUGGCAUUCUGCGCUGUGCCGUGAGCACCGCGCUCCCCUGGCAUUCUGCGCUGUGCCGUGAGCACCGCGCUCCCCUGGCAUUCUGCGCUGUGCCGUGAGCACCGCGCUCCCCUGGCAUUCUGCGCUGUGCCGUGAGCACCGCGCUCCCCUGGCAUUCUGCGCUGUGCCGUGAGCACCGCGCUCCCCUGGCAUUCUGCGCUGUGCCGUGAGCACCGCGCUCCCCUGGCAUUCUGCGCUGUGCCGUGAGCACCGCGCUCCCCUGGCAUUCUGCGCUGUGCCGUGAGCACCGCGCUCCCCUGGCAUUCUGCGCUGUGCCGUGAGCACCGCGCUCCCCUGGCAUUCUGCGCUGUGCCGUGAGCACCGCGCUCCCCUGGCAUUCUGCGCUGUGCCGUGAGCACCGCGCUCCCCUGGCAUUCUGCGCUGUGCCGUGAGCACCGCGCUCCCCUGGCAUUCUGCGCGAUGCCGUGAACACCGCGCUCCCCUGGCAUUCUGCGCGGUGCCGUGAGCACCGCGCUCCCCUGGCAUUCUGCGCUGUGCCAUGAGCACCGCGCUACCCUGGCAUUCUGCGCUGUGCAGUGAGUACCGCGCUCCCCUGGACUGUGUGCUAUUGAUAUGUGUGCUAACAUGAAUGCGGGAUGAAGUCUGAAACAUAAUGCUUGUUUCUUUUCAUUUGAAUAUUCGGCACAUUUUGGGAGACAAGGUUUCUCAAAAAUGCUAUGCCAACAACAGACUUCUUGUUAGUUGUAGUAGGUGAUGCACAACAAUACAAUUUGAAUUUGUAACAUUUAAAGAAACAAAAAACAAAACACACUCACUCUCUCUCUCUUUCUCUGAGCCGUUGGGCGAAGCCUGUAAUUGUGGGAGGAGUUACCCGGCCUAUAAAUACAGACUCCUUCCUCUGGGCUGAGACUGCCUGGUUCAGUACAGAACCAUCUACUUCCGGUUCAAAGGUCAUCAACACAAACUGCCUAAACUCUAAACAAGCUGGUCUUGAUCUUGUGCGGCCCAUGCAAGUAUUCAUUUUACCUCACUCUAGUUAAAAAAAUAAAUAAAAAAAAUAAAAAAAAACAGCGGCCUCCUUUGAAGCUCCUGGGGCACUGCCGCGUCCAGUCCAACAGUGGCUUUUCCUGUUACUGUUUGCGUGUUUAUUACAACAAAACCUUAAGUUUGUUCAUUCAGCCCGCGUUGGGCCACGAUGUCCCUGACAUUAAACAUGUAUUUGCCCCAUGUUCAGCCUUUCACUAACUAGGGAGGCAUUCACAGUUCAGUUCGUAUUCUGCCCUCAUUCUGAUUUGGCGAUUUUCACUACUAACGCGUAUUUGGCCCAUUCUAAUCAUACAUAGCAUCAUAGUGAUACCUCAAUUAGGUUCAUGCAUUCUGCUUACUGUAUUUGGCCCUCAUUUGGCCAUAUCGUAUAUCAUAUGCAAUUCAUUUAGUCACCCUGCAUUUUAAUGUUUAAUGCUAUGCCAUAUAUUUGAAGAUUUAUUGUCGACCCAUACAGCCUUGGUUAUACUGGUCAGCUUUGAGCAGAUCAGCAUUUGUUACUUAUGUUCACCAGGCCUUGUCCAGCUUUAGUACCUAAAUGUAUUCUAUCUGCCAUCUGGGAAUUCAGGCUCAUUGGGCCAACAUUGUUUAAUAAUUAUAUGGCUAGGUGUUGCUACUGACUGUCAGGCCCAAACUUGGGCCUAUACAUGUGGUUAGCAUUUAUGGUGCUGCCUGUUAAUAAUCUUAUUUCACUAUCCAUCACUACUUACCUUGUUUAAGCCCCUUCUGGACUCCUCACAGGCCUGGUCAAGUGUACUUUAACAUAAUGUUGGUCAUAAUUAGAAAACACACUUCUUCAGUAAAUCAUAUCAUCUACACUGUUAGCGGGUUUUCAAGCCCCUCAUGUCCCCCCAUGACGCCUUUCCUGCAACUGUCAAAAAUAACCUACUAAGUUCAGUGAUUUACUUUUCUAGCAACCUAUUUCAUAACUCCUACUUAUAUCCUUUGUGUCACUAUACCCUGGUUCUUGCUUUCAAAUCUCUACAUAAUGCUGCUCCCACCUAUCUAUCCUCCCUUAUACACAAGUAUGUCCCGUCUAGGCCCUUACGAUCUGCUGAAGACUUACGUCUAUCUUCUGUCCGUACUCCCACCUCUGAUGCUCGCCUUCAAGAUUUCUCGAGGGUUGCACCGUUCCUGUGGAACUCGCUUCCCUCCUCCGUUAGAUGCUCACCCAGUCUCCACUCCUUCAAAAAAUCGUUAAAAACCCACUUCUUCACAAAAGCGUAUCAAUUAAACUGUUAAUAGCUCCUGACUGAUUCCUCUUCUGCUACUGUCAUUAGUCUUAUACUAUCCUUACCUUUUGUGUCAUUUUACCCCACUCCCUCUAGCAUGUAAGCUCAUUGAGCAGGGCCCUCAACCCCUCUGUUCCUGUGUGUCCAUUUGUCUGGUUCCAUUUACGUGUCUGUUAGUCCCCCCAUUGUACAGCGCUACAGAAUUUGCUGGCGCUAUAUAAAUAAUAUUAUAAUAAUAAUAAUAAUUAUGUCUGUGCUAUAGUUAUACGGACAUAUUCACGGCCCUCAUCUUAAUGUUCUUUUUACACUUCAAAUCAAGACAUGCCACAAAUUAGGUCUGCCACUAGGGUCUCACCAAUAACAUAAUAAAUUGCAACCGUUCUUUUCAAAUAUUUUCAACAUUCAUUAAACCCCAUUUAAUUGUAUCAUUAUGCACCUGUAACUUCUCAUUAGACCCUAAUUUGGCCACCCUGCAUCUUGGUAUAGUUAUGUUGGGCCCUAAUUUGACCUUCACUAUCAUAGGAAAGUGAAGGGUGUGGAAACUAUAUGUAUACUUAUCAAUAGAGUGGUAACUACAUACACGUAGAGAAUUCAUAAUAAUUUUAAAAAAAAAGGCACAACCUUACAUGGAAAAAAGCUAAUUUAAAAAAAACAAACAAACACAUAUAUGUUUAUUUUAGGCCCUUACUUGGCCUUCCACAACAUGUACUUCAUAUGGUAGUGAGCAACCUACUACGAUCAGUGCCAUUUUACUCAAGUAUCUCAUCAUUAUCAUCUCUAACAGUCCUACCAUUCUUUCCUCUCACGGUUCAAGUUGGUUGCAGGAGCAGGUCUGCCAUUUUGCAUCACUGUGUCUAUUGCAACUGCUCCACAGCUCAACAACCAUUAACCAACCCACAUCAUAUAACUUCAUACACCCGUUAAUUCUCAUACUGCCCUUAAAUGGCUACCCUGCUGCUCAUGAAUCGCAAUGAGCUCUCUUUGCCUUUUACUCCUAUACCUUGACACACGGAUGUCACUAGGCCUUCACUUACAUAAGCUUCGUACGGUCCCAGGUAGGCUUACAGCUACAACCUAAUUUCGGCCUUCCUGACGCUCGGGGAUUUUAUAUUGCCUUAUUAUACUGCGUUUAAGUACACCACUCAGUGUAAAAAUAAACAAAACCAGAUCGAAUACCAGAGCAUCACUACUGUCCAUACGUAAUUCACAGUCCAUUUCUACAACUUUGGUACAAGUAACCUACAUUUGUUUCGGCCAUAAUCAUUACUUUACAUACACCCUAUUAUACACCCUGCAGCUUGAGACUUGCAUUUGGUGAUAUUGGCCUUCCGCUGCAAUACCUCUACGCGGCCCUCACUAAGCCUUCACUCCAUACAUUACAUAAGGGCCUCUGUGAGCAAUCCACUACGACACAAUUUCUGCCGCACAUUUGAGAAAUUACAUACAUUUCCAGAUUUACAAGGGUCAACUGCAAACCUGUCAUACUACGAUUCACUAUUCCUCUCAGCCUUGUUAUGCCCAUGCAAUUAAUUCCUUGAUCCUCUCUUUGCACUCCUGAGAGCCAAGAAGCCUUCAUUACACAUUUAAUCAUAUUCAGGCCUCCUCUGUCUGUCACAGUUUUAACCUAAGCUUUGUAUAAUACACAACUCCUGUCACAGUCACUUACUAGAUCUUAAAUAUUUUGCUUCCUGCAAAGGACGCACAGUGGGAACUCCUAAUUAGACACAGCACUACUGGAUAUCUCUUUUAUAUCCAUAUUGACAAUUGUAAGUUCUUUUAUUAUCUAUGUUUCUACAGUCCCUACUUAUCCUGUUAACGGUCUAAUUCUUAACCACAACACAAGCACUUUAUACCCUUACCUCAAAAAGGACUUACACCAUACUGGACAUAUUUCCAAUUACGUUCCCAUUGUGUCUUUAGGUUCCUCUCUAUGAUAUUCCUUUCUCAAGUUCAACCACACACUAGUUGGGCAAUAUACGUACAUUCCAACAUGCUUUAUAUCAAUUAAUUACGUUUCUAUUACUUGGGGAUAGAUCAGCUGGCUGUUAAGAGUGUUGGUGUGUGCCAUAUUAUUGUAUAUUUGUAAUUCAGUCAUGCAAGGCCCACACCCAUCCUGAUGCGGAGGUAUUUGUCCAUCGGCCCAACUCAUAGCUAGAUCUCUCUAGGUUUUAGAUAGGGCCUCACAUGUCAUUGUUACUCAUUUGAAUCUCUUACUUGUCACAGAGAGGCCAACAUUCCCGCCACAUCUUUGGUGGCCUCAGUCCCUCGGCCAGUUCAUAGCUAGAGCUUCUCAGAGCCACUUGGCACUUAGUAGGGCCUCAUCUUUCCCUCAUAUAGCAAAUUUUUCGCCAUUCGGCACUAUGCAAGCCUACAGUUGUUAUACUAUCAUCUAAAUGACUGUCACAUUUACUCUACAUGUAGAUGUUGCACACCUCAGAACUAGUAAUAUAUUUCAAUCCAGGCUUCCCUGCCAAACCCUUCAACCCACCUAGUCCAUGCACUCCAGCUGUAACCCAGGAUACCCCAACUCUUGUUCCUGUCAUUCUUGUACCAUUCCACUUUCACCGCUGAGCUCCGACAGAAAGGGGUGUCCUUCUUUGGCUCGGAUAACUGUGCUUUAUAGACUCCGGUUUCUUGCUCUAGGCUCCCCUGCCUUGUGUUGGCACCCACACUGGAAACACAGACAGCAUGACAGGGAUGUAGGCCAUGAUGGCUCCCAUCCUUUCAUCCUUAUAAACAACUAUUGACACUAGUGAUGUUUAGAAUCUGCUGACUUUGGGCAUGUAAUAACCUACGUCAUGCUCCUUACUUCAAUCCCCUCAGCGUUACACUGCCAAUUGCUAUCCAGCAUGUUUCCUGGUCCCUAUUAUCUGUACAGUAAGUUCCCCUGGGAAGGACAUAGCUACGAGACUUGUCAGUAGUUCAAAGCUAGGGAACACAGACUGUACAAUCUGACUGUCCCGUAUUCAUACUCUCCUUUUGUCGUCUCCCUCAAUACUCACACUUGCCCUCUUCAAUUCGAUUUUCUAAUGCCCGGUUUCUCAGUAGAUUUCUGCAUAGGUGUCAUUAUACUUCGAUCAGGUAUUAGGGUUUGUCCUAACCUCCAAUCUACUAGUUAAGACUCAUUCAACGUAAUUACUAUUAGUGGCAGAAUAAAGUAUUGGUUUCUUGCUGGGGCCCUUCUGACAACCCCUUUAUUUGCAGGUGCACCUACCAUAUUAGCCUAAUCAAUGAGAAUCUCAUAUCUGCUCAAUUUUAUUAUCGGCUACUUGUUCUUUAAAGUUCCCAGCAUUAGGCCAUGGUAUUUAUGGUAUAUUUUAAGGGCCACAGAAGCAGCCUGACUAGGAAAAUGCAAUUUUCCUCAUUUUCAAGUUGCUCCCAGUGCAUCGGUCCCAGUGGCAUUUGCACAAUAUUUACUGAACUGAGCAUUCUACUUUGCCACCCAUCUACCGUUUGGAACAGAGAGAUGCCCAAACUAUUCAAUAUAGUUGCAUAAUCUCUUUGUAGGCUCCUCUUGUACGUCAGUACUGUCCCUCAGUAAUACAUUAUCUACAUGAGUGUAACGAUUAUGGAACCGAAUGCCAUACCCUAAAGCAGAUGUGUCUUUUGUAUCUGGUAUAUCCUUUGGAACUCCGCUGUUUCGAUCAACCUUUGGCCCUUACAUCAAUUUUAAUUUCUGUAAAUACAUUAGACUUGAUUUCAUUGCAGUUCAGUCUCCAUGCAGAAUAAGUACAGAAUAUCAGGGAAAGGGAAAAUCCAUUCUGGGCAACGAUGCCUGUUUCACAUAUGGAUCUGCUGUCUCUCCUUGGUCCUCUGAACUUUACUAUGUACCUCACACAAGGGAGCUCAUUAAUUUACUAUCCGCUCAACCUGCUUCCAGGCUCACCUGUCAACAAUAGAGCAGUUACAUUCAAAAAAUGCUUGAGCAGUCCUGGUCAUGUCACUAUCCUUUCUAUCCCAACAGAACAGGGAAACCAUGUUCACUCCACAAUUGUCCCUCAUUUCUGGACUAAUACAGCCGCCCACACUGGAUUACAGUCAAUUUCAUAGUAAACUGGAUCGAUGACACAUUUCCCAUAGUGACACAGACCCUACCCUCUUUUAGUAAAUCAGCAGCAUGGGAAUAAUAAUAAGGUUGAUUAGGAAGAGAUCUGUCUGGCAGCAUCCAGCAUCACAGAAACGCUACUUUGUUCACAUACCCAUACCAGGCUGUCACAACAUAGCAACCGAUGAGGUGACUCGAUCACUAUUUUUUUGUAUUCUUCCGAACUCUUCCCAAGGCGACCAAACCACCUACCAAACCCCUACAUUCCAGGAUUUAAUUGAUGGCACACGCAACACACUCUGCCAAUGCCACCUGUUCAUACUCUGGGCUCUGACCAUUUUCAAUAAACUCCCUUCUGCAUAUCAAAUCAUCAAACCGUACUCAUUCGAUUCCAUGGCGGAGUUCACAUGUUUUUUUGCCACCUCAACCUUUAACUAGCUCACAACACUUAGUUACUUAAAUACAACCGUUAACAUUUUCAGGUCAUUCAAGAAGAAUAUGCGCUGCUCCUACUACCUCUAGUAAUAUCCCAGUACAUAUCAUUUAAUGGAUGGGACAGUAGAGUCGUCUGCAUAUGCCAUAUAUCCCUCAACCUGAGUGAGAAUUGAGACUUGCAUUUAAGUAUUGGUUAUGUAAUGUCAACACGUAUUUAGUGUUAAACUGUUACACUUUUUGCCCUCUAUUACAGGCCUACCCGAACGUCGGUUCCGGCACACCACAACCCACUUACACCACCAUUACUAUAACUCAGCUUAUUGUAUACGACGACAAAUAUAUAUAUAUCUCAAAUAAGUUGUGGGGAAAAAGUGUGGAUGAAAACUCCUUCCCCCUGAAAUAAGUGGAUAGUUAAUGCAAUGCAAUGUUAUACACAAAUACACUAUAUAUAUAUAUUCUGGUUAUGUCCAAUAGAGGGCAGUAAAAUGCUUUGCAUUUUAUUUGAUUAUUUUGUAUCAUUUAUUUAGCACCAUUAUAUUCUGCAGUACUUUACAAUUAUAACAUGGGGAUAUUUGACAAGUAAUUUACAUACGAAAUGUGAGAGAAGAGAAAGUCCCUACAACAGUCUACAUUAAACUGCAAAAUAAACUGCUGAUCUUUAAAGGGGGAUAUAUAUGUGAACACAACUUUCACUGCAAAGGAUAUGAUGCAUUUAAACACAUUAUGAGGCCCAUAAAAAGGUGCAUCAUUGCAAAAGGUUAUGGUGCUAAAAGGCUUAUAAACAAAUGUAAAUUCCUCUAAAGGUACUUAGACAGUUAGUGAGCACCAAUUAGCUUUGUUGAAAUCAUUGCAUAUUAGAUAAUCCCACAAUGGAUGUGAAACCUUCCAGAGUACUCACAAUGGGUAUAUCCUGUAAGUGAUAGUCAGCCCUUCAUAUUCUUGCAACAUUCAAAAGGUCACACGUUAAAAAAAUCCAGAUCGGGUCCUGCAACCCUUGUAGGUGGCACAAAGUCUAUGCAUUUCAUUUCAAUUGAACUUUUUCAAGAGUUAAAAGUUGAAAUGAAAUGUGUAGACUGUGGUUGUGUACUAUCUUACAAGGUCUUCCCUGCUGAGGCAUAACACAUUGUGACUUUUACCGUGUGUGUUUGUAAAUGUAUAGUUACAUUUCUGCUCUUUAAUUUAAACCUGACUUGUGUGUAUCAUUAGGGGUACACUUUAAUAUGAUGCAGAUAUCUCCUUCCACUCUAUCAUGGAGGCUAUUAAAUGCCAGGAAUGCACAUUGUAGUGGAAACUGGCUAUGAAAGGAAUACAUAUAUUCCUAACACUAUAGUGUCCCUUUGACGUGUGAGUGCUCAGUGUUUAAUAACUCUUUAAACACUUAUCCAAUUCCAGUGCCGAAGUCCUUCUGUGCUGGCUCCGGCUCCUCCGACGUACUUGCAUGUACGGCUAGUGAGUGAGAUGGUGUAUUGGCAACAGAUAAUUGUGUCAGUAGGAGCAAAUUAACAUAUUUGGGUUUUCUUUCACAAAAGCAAAAAAAGUUACCUGCGUUCUAUCACAAAUCCUUAUUUACAUUUAUAUAACUGCAGGUUUUUGGUAUUUCUCCAAUGGCCAUUAUAGUGUAAGCUCACCUGUUCUGUCAAGGCAACCCUCUUUGGUGAGUACUACAUGGACAAUUUACAUUGCUGCUUCCAGGUAAAAGGCAAAAUCUGAGACCGUCCCCACUCCCUCCAAGACUGCCUUAGAAACAUAGAAUGUGACGGCAGAUAAGAACCAUUCGGCCCAUCUAGUCUGCCCAAUUUUCUAAAUACUUUCAUUAGUCCCUGGCCUUAUCUUAUAGUUAGGAUAGCUUUAUGCCUGUCCCACGCAUGCUUAAACUCCUUUACUGUAUUAACCUCUACCACUUCAGCUGGAAGACUAUUCAAUGCAUCCACUACCCUCUCAGUAAAGUAAUACUUCCUGAUAUUUUUUUUUUUUUAUUUACCGCGUUAUCAUCAUUAUUUACACUUUUGUUUUCGAUUACAUUUUUCAUUGUCUAAAAGGGCACAGCUGUCGGUCUGUAGGUCUUUGCCACAGCCUCUUAUUUUGAGGGCCCAGUGUCUUAUUUUGAAGGCACAGUGUUAUGCUCCAUGUACGACUGUCAGUUUUUUCCAGGCUUGUGACCAGAUUUUAUUGGAGUGACUUGAUCGUCUGGUUGCCUGUUCAUAAAGCUUAGUUGUUUCUAUCGUCUGUAUACAUUCUGUUAUUGUGGGCGGGAUAGCAGAUUUCCAGUGUCUACUAAUGACUGUUAGUGCCGCCAUUAGUAUGUGGUAAGUUAAAUAUUUCUGGCUACCCUGCAUUCCCUUCGGGAAGAGCUGGAGGAGGUACGUUUCUGGCUUGCGGGGUAGAAGCAUUUUUGUGCUGUCUUGUAUUAUGGUAGUUAUGUCGUCCCAGUAGUUUGUUAGGGAGGGGCAGUUCCACCAUACAUGGAGCAUUGUGCCUUUGUGUUGUUGGCAUCUCCAACAGAUAUCGGAUGCUUGUGGGUAUGUUGCUUUUAUACGUGUAGGCACGAAGUACCAUUGGUAUAAGAUUUUUCGGGAUAGUUCCAUGUGGGAGGCGCAUUUGGAGAGUGAGUUAUGUGCAAGUAGGAUUUUAUUCCAUUGCGCAUCGAGCGUAUAUGUGAAUUCCUUCUCCCAUGCUGCAAUGAAUGAUUUUGUGUGGUCUUUUUGAGUGUGCAUCGUUCGAUAUAGUUCGGAUAUAAGUUUUUUGGGGGUUGAUAGGUGUGAGCAAAUUUUUUCUACCAUCGUCAGCUGUUGCCCUUGUACAUUAUCCAUCCUAUUCAAGGUUUGCUUGCUGAACCAUGAGUGUAAUUGCAUAUAUGAGAAUGAGGCCAUUGGGGUCAAGUGGUAAGAGGUUGUUAGAUCUGUGAGGCUUCUAAGUGUAUGUUCCUCCAGUAGUUGGUGUAGGCACCAUGUCGGUGCCACAGAGUGUAAUUAAAGUUUGGUAUCAUAUAGUGUAAUGCUUUUAUAGGGGUGGCGGGCUAUUUUGCCCGACCAGCCUAAUGUGCGGCAGUAUUUGUCCCAUAUGGACAGAGUUAGAGCUGUGGUUGGGAGCAGUUCGUUUGUUGCUGGCCUGCUGUGUCGAGGGAGCCAUGCCAGUAUAGUAAUGGGUAUUUUCUUACCGUGUUGUGUCUCCAGUUCCAUCCAUUGUGUUGGGUUGUCCCGGUGGUACGCCGCUAAUAAGGGACCUAAUAUGGCUGCUCUGUAAUAGCUGUCUAGGUUGGGUACUCCCAUACCCCCUUUCUUGGGUGGCAUGUAUAGUGUGCUCUUCGCCACUCGCGCUUUAUGUUUGUCCCAGAUAAAGUUAAGCAGUGUUUGUUGCGCGUCUUGUAGGAAUUUGGGUGGUAUUUUUAUGGGUAAUGUUCUGAAUAGGUAUUGCAGUUUUGGUAUGACUAUCAUUUUGAUUGCGGCUAUUCUUCCUGACCAGGAUAUAAAUUUACCUUUCCAUCCUAGCAGUAAGUUUUUUUAUUUUUUUAUUUCGGACAGUGUUUUUUGGUAGUUUGUUUUGUAGAGAUUUGCUGAGGUUGGGGUGAAAUUGAUUCCUAAGAAUUUGAGGUGGUCAUUGCGCCAAUCGUAUUUGAAAGAGGCGCUCAGCCUGCUCAUAUCCUCGGCUGGGAUAUUUAUACCCAUUGCCUGAGUUUUAUUAACAUUGAGUUUAUAGUGAGAGCAUUUGCUAUAUUGGGAGAGCGUAUUAUGAAGGUUAGGUAGGGAUAUAUGUGGCUGUUCUAGUGUUAGGAGAAUGUCAUCUGUGAAUAGUGUGAGUUUAUGUUCCUUGCCUUGUCUUGUGAUGCCAUGUAUGUCCGGAUUGUCCCUAAUGAGUUGUGUGAGUGGUAGAGAUAAAAUGUAAAGGAGAGGUGAUAGUGGGCAGCCCUGUCUCGACUCGUUGGUUAUUUCUAAUUGUUUUGAGCUGAAUCCCCCGUUUGUGACUUUCGAUGUCGGCUUGGAGUACAGCGCUCCCACCAGUCUUAAGAAGGCGUCCGGGAAUCCAUAUUUGAUCAGGACUGCCCGGAGGAAGGGCCAGUGCAGUCUGUCAAAGGCUUUCUCAGCGUCAAGUGAUAAAAUGACGCACUGGGCCCUGCCCCCCCUGCAACAGGUCUAAAACCUUUCGGUUCCCAUCCGCCUCCUGUCUGCCACUGACGAAACCCACCUGGUCCUCAUGUAUUAGGGUUGGAAUAAUGUUCGUUAGUCUGUUGGAGAAAAUUCUUGCUAACAGUUUGAUGUCAGUGUUAAGGAGGGAAAUUGGUCUAAGGUUUGGCAUUUCGUAGGGGGUUUGCCUGGUUUCGGCAAGGUGGCUACGUGUGCCAUGAGCAUGUCCUGGGGAAUUUGGCCCGUUGUGAGGAUAUAGUUAAAGGCUUUUUCUAGAUGUGGGGUGAGGAUUGUGGUUAACGUUUUAUAGUAGGAGUUUGUGAAUCCGUCGGGUCCUGGUGAUUUGCCAUGGGGGAGUGAGUGUAUGGCUUGUUGUAUUUCCUCCUGUGUUACUGGGUCUUGCAAUAAGGUUUUCUGUUGCUCUGUCAGUGUUGGCAAUGAGGACAGUUGGAGGAAGCUUUGGAUUUCCUGGUGUGUGGGUUGGUGUAGGUUUGGGUCAUCUUUAAGAUUGUAUAGUGUGUGGUAGUAGUUUGCCAUGGUGUCAUUAAUGUCCUGUGGGUUAUGGAUUUUAGAGCCUUUGGGUGUGAGUAGGUAUGGGAUUUUUGCACUGGAUUGUUUUUGGCGUAGCAGUGUUGAUAGGUGCUUCCCUGCUUUGUUGCCUUGUGAGUAUGUUUUCUGUUUCAGUUUUUGUAAAAUGUGUGCAGUUUUGGAGAUUGCCAUGCUGUUGAUGCUUGUUGUGGUAUCUUUUAUUACCUGGGCUAGUUGUGGUGAGGGGUUUGCUAUAUUUGCUGCCGUCGUAUCCCUCAGGGUGCGCAGCAGGUGUAGGUGUUCUUUUUGUGCUUUCUUUAUUAGGUAGGAGGCUCGGCUGAUGAGAACUCCUCUAAUGACCGCCUUAUGUGCUUGCCACACGGUGGUCGGCUGUACGUCUGGGGUAUUAUUGUCAUGGAAGUAUGAUUGCAGUGCUUCUGAUAGUGUUUUGGAGAAUGUGUGAUCACCUAAAAGUGAGUCAUUCAGCCGCCAUGGCGGUCUCCCUCUGUGUUGGAAAUCCUCAGUCAGCUCUGCCAUGGUCGGGGCAUGGUCUGACCAUGUUAUGUCCCCGAUCUCGCUGUGUGCUACUUUGGAAAGUAGAGGGCCCGUAAGUAGGAUGAAAUCUAUCCUUGAAUACGAUUUGUGUACUGCCGACUAGAAAGAGAAAAUUUUCUCACUUGGGUGGAAUGCUCUCCAAGAGUCAUACAGGCCAUAUUCUCCGAGCAACUUGUUGAUUGCCUUGCUUUGUGUUUUAAUCGUUUUGUGUCUUGGUGUUGUGGUUUUUAGUGUGGUGUCCAUGUGUGGGUCGAGGGGGUGGUUGAGAUCUCCGCAUAGUAUGAGUGAGGCAGUUUGGUGGGUUGGGAUUGUGGAGAGCAUCUUGUGUAAAAAGUUUUGCUGAUGUACAUUAGGAGCAUAAAAGCUGACUAUAGUGUAUGGUGAGUUGUUUAAGAGGCAUUGCAACAUCACAAAUCUUGUAAAGUUUCCACUGUUAGGGAUGAGUGUAGAAGGAUGGAGGCUCCUCUUGAUUUAGAUGAAUGUGUUGCGUGGUAUUGGUGGGGGUAGUGCUGUGCGCCAAAGUUGGGCACUCUGGAGGUAACAAAAUUAGAUUCCUGUAGACAUAUAAUGUCCGCUCGAUUUUGUUUGACUUCCUCUAGUGCCAUACGCCUUUUAUGGGGGAUGUUCAGCCCCCUGCAGUUGUGUGAGUAUAUUUUCAUGUAAUAGGUGUGUGGUAAGCGGUGCUCGUUUGUGGUUUCGCGGAGUCUAUGUUAUGUUGUGUGUGCAGUGGCUGUGUUAUGUGCCUCGUAGCCGGCAUCUGCGCGACUGCAUAUUUGUGCCCGGGAGUAAGGGGUUCAGGAGAGGUGGGGGAAGGAAGGGGUAACAAACAAAGUAUAUACAAACUGACCCAAACGUGGGUCUUGGCACUUUGGCAUUGUGCCAUGGGGGAUGGACGCCUAGACAGCGUGUCUAGCAGUGUGGCCAUUGGGCUCUCAUAAUUACACAUUUUUAUCUUUCCUCAGAGCUGUGAUCCAGUGGGCAUGUGAUUAGUGUGCAUGUUGCUAGUUUGCUGGCUAGCGUGUAUGGGUGGUUUAGGGUAUGCCUGUACAGAAUUUUAAUCCAUGUUUGUCAGGUGCUGAGUAUAACUUGAGCUUUGCCUAAGUGGCUAUCUUGUUGAUACAAUAUUUUAUUUUCAGCUUCUUCUAUUUAGCGUGGUUUGUCGUGCCUGCUAUGGUGAUCAGUUCUACAUAAUGCCUUUUUGCAGUGCUUAUGGCAUAGGCUGUGGGUGCACUUCCCUUAAAUCCCAUAGUAUAUUGGGGGGGAUGAUUGCAGUACACUCGGCCUGCUAGAUCAUGCAGUAUGUGCUUGUGUGAUGUGGUUUACAGAUAACGUCUCAUACAUAGGAACUGUCGCUCCGCAUAGUGAUCUGACGUUCUUUGCAUCCUUAGGUUACAGUCAUCAUAUAUGCACAACAUCAGUUAUUACAGUUGACAAUAGACAUCAUGAUUACCCCUAGCCCUCUGGGGUCCCCUCUUUCUACUUGUGCGCAUAUGAUACGGGCCCUCUCCGUUUCCCGGAGUUCUCCUUGAGUAUCAUAUGUGAGGGGGGACCCCCUGCCAGCAUCUAUCGUAGUGUAUGUGUUGUUAUUUAGCUAUCUAAACAUAUUAUAUGCUAAUCAAAGCAGUUAACCUCGUUUGAACUGAAACAAGAACUAUGAACAUGACAUUAGUAUAUGUGAAUAUCUCACGUGUCCCUGGUUUUGGCUUUGUCAGCCGAGUUCACCGAAAAAGUCACGGGGAUUUGGUAGGUUAUGGAUGGUAUGCUUAUUGUACUGGCUUUACAACAUUCCGAGACCCUAAAAAAAAAAAUCUAUGUAGUGUUGAAUGACAUAGUCUUGCUGGUGACGAUUUGAUUGUUGCUGUAGUUUUUAUAAGCUGCUUUUUUUUUCUCUCUUCCAGAAACCAAAGAAGCCUCCACCUCCUGUAAAAAGCCCAGGUAUGACGAUACUGGAGAAAAUCUUGCAAAACUGUGUAUGAUGGAGCUUAAUUUUUAUAUCUGCAAGUCCCUGCGGAUUCAGCAAGCUAAACCUGUGAAUUGUGGGCAAACUAGUCUUCUACAAGUACUUCCCAUAUGCACUCUAGCUCAGCAGUGUUGGCUUCUAAGCUACUUAGAGGACCAUGUAAUAUCAAUUCACACUGUGAUAGUAUUUUACUCCGUUACUUUCUUCAGACAGGGGUGGGAUGCAGGAGAGGUAACAAUGUCGAGGAGAUCACUAAAUAAUAUAGUUUGUAACAAGUCCAGUUUAGUGGUUUAGUGUGAAACAAUCCUUUUAAAUAACUAAUGGAGAAUAAAGCAUCAAUCACCAUUAGUUUAUUCUAAGUAGUUUUUUUGUGUUUUUGGCAUUAUAAUUGCUGUAUUUUUUUCAGUAAAUAGCAUCCACUGGUUAGUAAAGGGCCUUAAAGGGACACUACAGUAACUACAACAACUUUACUUUAAUAAAGUAGUUGGAUAGAUAGUGCCCAUGUAGUCUCAAUGCUCCAUUUUCUAUUGAUUAGCAGGUAAGUCACUUUGUUUAAACAACCCUAGUCACACCUCUCCUUUUUAAACACUUCCUGUAAAUUGAGAUCUCAUGUUCAAACUUUGUUUAUUGCACAUUCUGUUUAAUUUAGGAUUUAUCUCCUGCUCUGUUAAUAGCCUGCAUGAGCCACCCAUGUGUGAUUAAAGUUCAAGUAAUAGAGCCAUUUUUAAAAUUUUUUAUUUUUUUUAAUGGAGGCUGUGUGAGUAGUUCUGCAUAUACAUAAAGAAAAGUGAUUUAACUCCUAAAUGGCAGAGAAUUGAGCAAUGAGAGACUGCAGGGGCAUGGUAUAUACACCAUGGUAUAUAGAGCUAAAGUUGUUUUGGUUGUAAUAUCCUUUUUGUUAGCAAAUGAAAAUGUAAAAUAAUUAAGCCAUGUGAUUGUAUUUUGAAUAUGAAACAAUUAUUUGAAUGUCUGUGAUCUGAAAAUUUGGCACCUGUACUAUGUGUAGAACUGUAUCUGCAUCACACAUCAUUCCCUGCUAUGUUUGGUUGAUUAUCAAACCCAAGUUCAACGUACAAGUUCAUAUAUUCAUAUAAACUGUGUCCUGAAAAAUGUGUUUCCUUUAGUAUUUACUAAAGCCAUGAUGGAAAUGUAAUUUACAAACCAUUAAUUCAGCUGUUUGUUUCCCAGCAACACCAAAGCCUGAACUUCGCAUUGGCGAGAAAAGGUUCACUCCAUCAAAACUAGAAGAGAGAGGUGAUUAUUGCAGUGCAAGCAUUAUACACUGGCCAGAUAUGUAAUCAUAACAUGCUCCUUACUUAUCCCCACCAGGCAACAAUCUUCACAUUGAUGUCUGCAUAAAUUUAAAUUCCAAAUUGGAAUGUUAUUGUCUUUUAGUGUCCCCCUAUCCCCCCCUCAAAGUGUGUGUGUGUAUAUAUUUAUUAAUAUAUUAUGUAGAGAAGACCUUAGAAACACCAAGAAGGACUGAUUGUGAAGUCAUGUGGUUCUUGUCUACACAUCAUAUUAUGAAACAUGUUUUCUACCCCUUUUCCACUGCAGCAAGAUUUACUUAAUCCAACAACAUAUUUAGAAAACUUGUUUUGGCAAAAGUGCAUUUUAAUGGCAAGAUCUUUUUACUAUGUCAUUGCAGAGUAGCCCUGCUUAUGUCAAGUAUUCAAGAGACUUUCUCCACCAUUGAUGCAUUACUUAUCUGUAUAAAGACAUUUCCUACAAAUAUCUGCACAGACCCACUCCUAUAGAUAUAUAAUUACUUUCCAAGAAUGUAUUUCCAAUUUUCAGAUCAUUUGUGAAACUUGUAAUAACUUGGCCUGCUCUGCGUCCAGGUAUAAACUUAUUUUCAUGGUUUCUUACAAACCCAAUGUGGUCAAUAUAAAUGGUGCACAGUCUGCAUAACUGAUUGCCUGUAACUAGUUAUCCCAUGUCCAAUAUAGCUUAAUUAGAAUGAUAGCAGCAAGUAGGGUUUGUAUCAUUCAUAAUCAAUUAAAUUGUGUUUUGUUUGUUUGUCUUUGGUUUGUGUCUUUUUCUUCUCCCUAAGCCUCUUCUGUAGAUGAAAAGCCAUCUUUGGAUAUAAAGCCUUCCAAACCAGCUGCUCCUCAGGUACCACCCAAGAAACCCAUUCUGGUUAGCAAGUCCAAUAGCUUGGUGAAGCCAGGGACCAUACCACCCAAGCGUCCGGAGAAACCCGCCUUACCCACGCCUGUAUCCAAGUGAGACAAUUCAAACUUCUAUAUGAAAAAUACUUUAAUGUGCUACAAAGUAGGAAAAUACUUAAAUUAACAAUAAAAUAUAUGAAAGGGGAAUGGUCCCUUCCCGGAUUUUUAAUAUUGUGUUUACUAUCCCUAUGUUUAAAGGGACACUAUAGUCACCAGAACAGCUACAGCUUAAUGUAGUUGUUCUGGUGAGUAUAAUCAUUGCCUGCAGUAGAGAAAAGGCAGUGUCUACAUUGUCCCUUAGUGACACCUUCGUGUGGCCGCCACUCAGAUGGCCACUUGAGGUGCUUCCUGAGGCAGUGCUGCAUAGUAAGCAGCUCUGCAUGGAGACGCUGAAUUUUCCUCUUAGAGAUGCAUUGAUUGAAUGCAUCUCUUUGAGAUUGGCUAAAAUGGCCUUUUCUCUAUGGGAAAGGAUUGGGUUGGCGGGGCCGGCAUCUGCAGACUCGCACGGCGCGAGAAAUAAGGUAAGUUUUAAACCCUUUUAAAGGGGGUGAGAGGGGAUGCCACCAAAAUGGUGGGUUAAAAACUAUAGGGUCAGGAAUACAUGUUUGUGUUCCUGACCCUGUAGCGUUCCUUUAAGAAAUAUUUACUUGCGAAGAAUUUUAAAUGUAGCAUUCCACCCAUCCUUAUAUUGCAACUGGGGUCCCCGUCAGCCAUUGUUAUAAGCUCUGUCCGGACUUUGCGUCAGCAUUAGGAAAGUAUAGAGAGAAGAGAAUUCAUACAAUGUUUCAGGGCUUCUUUUUCAUCUGCAAUGUUUGCCCUGGCUUUGCCUUGCCUGAACUGGUUUAUGAUGCUAAAUCUUUAUUGUAAAUUGUUAAUAAAAUAUAGCAUCUCAUAAAGAAAUGUUUAUUAGGGAUCAAGGUGAUAAUUCAAGAGAAGUGAGAGUCCCUCUUUAAACCAGCAUAUUUGUGUCAUUCGUUUAUGAAAAGUAUUGACUGUAGGAAUGGGCUGCCUUUUCCAAUUGUUUGCCAUAACGGAAUGUAAGAGAACAAAAGCUGUAACAGCUGGUCUAGUGUGUUUCCACUUGACUUUGUAGAAAAACCUGUUCAGAACAAAAAUGGCACGAGAGAUACAGAAAUCUCUUAUCAGUUCUCCUUUCUAGGGCGACCAAAGCAGAUGUCAAAGAAAAUUAUGUUGUUAGUGUUCACAAAAGCCUCAGACAAGUGUUAACUCUCUUGUGCCAUUACAAAGGGACAUAUACGAUUUCCCUAUCAGGGCUGUUUGUGCCCCCAGGGCAUCCUAGAACUAAAAUGCCAGGCAGCUCAUUCUAUCAAUGCGCUUGGGCCUUUACCUCUGUGAGAGAUUCUAUGGAGGAGGAGGUGGUAAACUGAAGAACUAGUGGUUCUGCUGAUUGUUUUAAUUAAUGGUUUGUGUAUUUUAAAAGAAAGUUGCAAAUUGUGAUUUUUGUUUAUUAUUUUUAUUUAUUUUUCUCUCACUUUUCCAUAUAAAUAAUGAGCAUGUUCACAGCCCCUUGAUUGACCUCCUGCAUUUAUUUUGUGAAUCCAGCCUGUAAAAUAAAAAAUAAAAUAAAUACUACAGUCAUGGGUUUGCUGCAUUCAGGUUUAGUUUUCUAGAUUCAUGAGCAGAUGCAAUCCAAAAAUGUCUUUGAUUAUGAUGUUAUCAAAGAAUCUCCGAUUUCAUGGUUUUCACUGUGUAGAUGUUUUGAAUUUGGCCGUUAAUGCAAGUUCAUAAUUUUAUUAGCAUCGUUGAUGCUGUUUAUUCUUUAUCCUGUCCGAUAUGUCUUUAGAAAGUGAUGAUCUUUUCUCUUUUUAACACCUCUGUUACAGACCAAAUGGAGACUUGCCUCCAAGUCGGCCCAAGUCAGAACCUGAGCCAUUUAGUAAAACAAAAAUGGAUCUGGAACAUAUUCUAAGUCGACCAAAAUCUAUAGAGGCUGAGCCAUGUGCUGUUAAAAGCCCCAGGGAUAAUGGUAAGCAAAUGACAUUUGAAUGCUUGUUGUCUGUUCCAUGAAAAGUUUUCAAAUGGUCAUAUAUCUCUUUAUUUAGUUUGACUUUUAUAGUAAGUAGUAAUAAUGCGUGCCUAGAUUUGGUUCUCCCCCUCCCAAUUUAUUUAUUUGCUGAGUGGUAGCUAACGCUACUUUUGCUGAGCAUCAAAGCAUAGAUAUAUAAUUUUGUGAUGCUCAGUGUCUUACUCGCAAACCUAGCAGUCCCAUUCUUCCUAGAGCAAUGGAAAUCCAUUUUCACCCUGGAGUACACGUUACAUGAAUAUUGAAAAUACGUCUAAACAAAAAAUGAAUACACCCCAAUCAAAGGGGGACUGGUAAAAUUAAAAAAUGACACCUGUUUAUAACUAACUUAGAGAUCGAUCUAAUGGGGCAAUACUACAAAUUUCCACAUCUAUAAGUGCCAAUAGUAUCUAGUAGGAAAAUACUUUAUUGGGUACGACAGGAAAAAUAAAGAUACAAAUUAGACUCAAGCUGGGAAGCAAAUGUAAAAUUGUUAUGUGUCUUACAACCACAUUUCCCAAUCCUUGUUUAAUGGCAUCAAACUGCAGCCAAGCUCUUUGGAGCUAUAAUUAAUCCCAAUGAUGGCUGUUGAGUCCAAAUAAACAGGAUGAGUGCAGGGAAAGUUCACUAAAUAGUGCUCUGAUUACUAGACAUAACAUUGGAAGCAAGAAACAGGAAAAGAGUAUGGCAACAAGGCUAUAACCUAGACCAGGGGUAAUGGUAAAUGCUUCAAACAGGGUGAGUAGAGCGAUCACUCAUAUCUAUUGAAGCAGCAUUAAGCAGUGUUCUUUUCCCCUUAGAACAACCAAUAUCAAAUGCCUCAUAGAUAUAGGAUAGGUGAAAAUGAGAUAAAGGGACAGAUGUAGAGCCAAUUGUUAUCAACAAAAAAUAGAAGUGCCCUACCGCAAGUCCCUAAGUCUCCUACGCAAACACCUUCGUGGGUGUUCUAUGCUAGUACCUCAUAUCUAUAUAUUCCAUGUCCUUGCCUCCAAUAAACCCCCAGAAGAAAGAAAUCUAAGAAAAAGGGUUGCUAAACACGCAGUGCAUGCAUAAGGUGAGAACUAAAAACGGUCCCAACCAGAAUAUGUUUUGAUUUUUACCAUGUUAGGGCAGUCAUUUUAUUUAUCCAUAUAUCUCCAUUCUCCGUGAAUUUCAGUUUGUAGAACACAUAAUUGACUUCAUAGUUUUGCUGUCCAUGCCAGCUGUUUGUGUCUUUUUUGAGGAACACUUAAUGCAUUUUUGUGAUGUAGUGCCCUCUGGUGGAAAUCUUGUUUUUUUUCUACAUUUUCAUCUCAACGCUGCUUGUUUUAUGAAAGACGUAUAUGCAAUCAAAGCCUUUUUGUUAAGUCUUCACUAUUCAUUGGUGCGAUAGGGAUAUGCUUGGGCCAUAUCAGCCUGAUUUAAAGCUAACUUGUAAUGAAUAUUGCUAAUUGUGUGAUAAAUCUGCCUUUUUGCCACCUGUCAUGGAACACACAGAGAACUCCUACCAGGGAAGGAAGUGCAGUUAGCUUUAACUACUCUACUCCCUGUAGUGCUUUCUAUAGGGCAAAGCCAUGUCUAUAUAUGUAUUACAGGAGGAUGAGACUUCUGGCUGCCUUUCCGUUUUAUAGAGAUAAUGCAAAAAAAUGCAUAUUUCUUCAAUAUAUAUAUAUAUUUUUUUUAUUAAGUACUCACAUUGACUGUAUUGGGGAAAUUACUGAAAUUCCAAUACAGCCAUUAGAUAUACGGAGACAAAGUAGGGACGUGAGACUGCUUGUGGCGUUUUCCCCCAGGUGAAAUCACACAGUAGAGGUUGGGUUUAUACCUGCAGCAGUUUUUAACAGGACAGGAUGAAGAGAGCUCCCUAUGUAGGUUGAGCUGCAAACAGCACUGAUAGCCUUCAAAAAAUGCGGGAGUCUUCCUUGGAGAACCACUUUAUGAUAAGGUGGGGCCUCUUCGUUUUCACAGAAAUAUGCAUAACUUUAUACUUUGCUCCUGUCCCUCCACGUGAUACACAAAAUGUUUGCAUAUCCUCGUAAAUUUGAUUGGUUGCCCACAAAUUUGUGCGCCAUGUAAGUUUUAGAAGGACAAGUGGCACAAAGGUGAUACUUAUUGGCUAACUAAAUUCACAGUUUUCAAGAUCUGUCUCCAAAGGCAUAAAGAAAGAAACUGUGCUAUCUUGAAACUUAAAGCGUAAAAUUAUCACCUUUACAUGCAAUAGGCAUAGUUUGUCUUUUACAAAGGCGGCGAUUUGUUUUGCCUCACAGCAUUACAGGAUUUGUUCAUGUGACCUUUAUAAGACACCGUUCCAGGAAUUAAUGUGGUGCUUUGGUAACUCAAUGGAGUAACACACAAAGAAUGAUAUUUCUUAUCCAGUGACUCUGCAGCUGUGAUUUGCAGAGAAACAGCUUACUAGAAUGUAGAACCUACAAAACUCUUUAUAUUCUUACAAAUAUUGUGCUAGGUUUAAUGUCGUCUUUGCCGUAAUUAAUUGCUGUGUUGUAAAUAAUAUGCAGCACAUUUUGUAAUACGACCUCUGUUGACCUACUAAUAGUUUUGAAUUAAAUUGUCUGCUCAUGUUUGUGAAAUAGUGUUUCAUGUAAUAAAUUUAAAUACAUUCAAAUAAGCAAUGUGGUUGACGUGUUUCUAUGAAAUCUUUGUUCCCUCAGAAAUUCCGUGCUCUAAUAUUUUUUUCUUUUCAGCAUCAUGGGGGAUAUGUAUAGUUUGAUGUUACUAUAAAACUAUGAUUUUCUACAUAUUCUAUCAAGUGAUUCUUCAUGCUAGAGUAGAAAUGGAAACAAAAGCGUGUCCAAUGUGUAAAAUCUUUUUUUGAUCUUUAGAGAACUUUUUAAUAGUUGAAUUUGGCAUGCAUGCUAUAGUUUUAUUAAUUUGCAGCAUCUGUUCAGACAUAUUAAUACAAUUGUCCUGUUGCAGCCAAAAAUCGGUUUAGGGUUAGCAUCUUUAUACAUCUCCCCCAUCCUUUUAGACAAUCGAUAGCUGGCUUUUGUAACGAGUGCUUAAUGACACCUUCUAGCGGGAGGACCAUACUUUAACUAUCACAUUCACUGCACGCCAGGCCAUUCAGUUCCUUUUACAAAUGUUUUCUUUCCCUGCUUUGCAAAAAUAAUUUUUGUUUCUUAAAAUCUUUGUUCUAGACAUUCCUCUCCUUCACUUUUCUUUCCAGAUUUUGUUUCCUAUCCUGUUUGCCAUGUUUCCCUUCUUUCGUGUCAGGAACUUCCCCUACCCUUCUCCAUUUUGGUAAGCUCACAUUCUCUCGCCAUAAUCCUCUUUCUGUGCUUGAACCUUUGAAUGCUACAGGGGUUGCAAGGGUCGCUUUCCAAAGUGAUGCUUUACUCACCACCCAUGGCACUCAAAACGUGUGUGUGUGUUGUGUGUAUGCAUGUAUGUGUGUCGUUGUAAAUAUUUAGCAGUACUUUCUUUAUACUUUUUAUCCUGCCCCCAAAAAGGUCCUGGAGGAUAGGAAAAACAUACCCAUGGUUUGAAGUGGAUUGUGGACGAAUAUGUUGCGUUCUUUCCUUGCUUGAUGCUUAAAGAUUUAACCUUGUAAUCAGUAUGCCCUUUGAAAGACAAGGCAGUGUUUCCGAACAAUUACAUUGUAUACCGUCAUCAAAACUUCAGAUUGUAUUAUUCAUUAAAAAGGCAGCUCAUGAGAUCUGAAAUUGGAAAUGUUGCCAUUUUUGCCAAAAUAGCUGAGCACCUUGUUAUUCACACACGUCGAUGACUCUUUUUCGUUUUACAUUUGCAGCCAUACCAAACUCUACUAUGGUCAUAUUCUGUUACCUGCCACAAAUCUAAAAUAGUAUUUGCAAGUUUCAUGAUGCGAUGAUGGUCUAGAAUGUUAUUGAUCUCUAAAUGUUAUAAUUCAGAAAGCAUACUUUCUACAUUCUCUGUGUGAUUGUCCCUCUGAUUGUGGACAUAUGUGCAUGUAACAAUGCUGUGCCUGUCACUCUGUAGAUCCCUUGCAUGCAGUCCAUGUGUAAAGUUUAUUUUGACGUUCCCACAUGUAAAUCUUGGUUAUGAGCAUUGACUAUUAUAAUCAUCACUUUCUUUUUAGAUCCUCUGGUUACUGCAUUGUGUCAGAAAUAUUUUUGAGACUGUAUGGUUUUCAAGCAACCUGGCAGAGAAACUACACUAAAAGAGGUUCAAGGAGUUUGCAAAGUCCUAUCAGACUUAAAGGACCACUCUAGGCACCCAGACCACUUCAGCUUAAUGAAGUGGUCUGGGAGCCACGUCCAGCUAUGGUUAACCCAUUGUUUCAUAAACAUAGCAGUUUCAGAGAAACUGCUAUGUUUAUGAAUGGAUUAAGCCUUCCCCCAAUCCUCUAGUGGCUGUCUCAUUGACAGCCGCUAGAGGCGCUUGCGUGCUUCUCACUGUGAUUUUCACUGUGAGAGCACGCAAGUGUCCAUAGGAAAGCAUUAUGAAUGCUUUCCUAUGUGACCGGCUGAAUGCGUGCGCAGCUCUUGCCGCGCGUGCGCGUUCAGCCGACGGGGAGGAUCGGAGGAGGAGAGCUCCCCGCCCAGCGCUGGAAAAAGGUAAGUUUUACUCCAUUUCCCCUUUCCAGAGCCGGGUGGGGGCACCCUCAGGGCACUAUAGUGCCAGGAAAACGAGUGUUUUUCUAGCACUAUAGUGGUCCUUUAACUAAUGUUUGGUAGUCUUUUGGUGAUCUAGAAUGUGUGUAUGGUUUCUAUCAUUUCUCUCAAAGCCUUUAGUGCAUUUAUACCAUGUUAUUAAUGUGUUCAUUCAUUCAUUCAUAACCAGUGACAACUUACCUGUUAUCUGACUGAUAUAGUCUUUCUGAUUUAUUUGUAAAAGAGUAAAACCUUGACUGUUAAAUAAGUCAUGGAAUUUGGUCGGUCACCAAGAGAUGACCUAGCAGCUUUGGCUAGGACACAUUAAUUAUCCUACAAACUCCUGCUGGACAGGGAUUUAUAGAAUUAGAAACUCUUCCAUAUACAGAAAUGAGUAGUAUAUUAACAGAAACAGUAGGAACAUUUUAAUAUUUUUGACUGCCUUAUCUUUACAGUGAUUUAAAUAACUGGGUCACUUAAACCCCUAGAGAGUCAUUUUUAAUGUUGAACUGUCAGAUCUGCUGAGUAAAUGAUAUACGUAUUCACAUUGAGAAACUGGCCAUUCAUGGAAAAUAGAUUUACAAUCUGUGUGAAAAGGUCAGAUGCAUUGUGUUAAAUUGGUUGCUACAUUGUAAGUUAAGGGAGAAUACUGUUCUGUACAAGCAUGGUACAGAGCCUCAUUUCAUCGACUAUCUCCCGUUUUUACUGUGAAAGCUAGCUUUCUAUAUGCACUUACAUUUUUCCGGCUCAAUUUAGUUGUUUUUUUGAUUCCCCGAGAAGCAAGCACGUAAAAAAAAUAAAAUAAAUUAAAAUGUUGUGAACGGUUAAAUCAAAUGUGAAAUAUAGUGAAUAGUGUGGUUUAGGUUGCUCAAGAACCUCUAGGCUCCAAUAUAGUAGAUUAGAGACUCGUGUGAAUAAAAUAAGAAAAUUCUGUAUCAAAUGAUGCUCUGAUGAAUGGGAAAAAAAUAUAGUUAGGGAGGUACUUGUUCCCUGUCAUAAAACUGUGAUUUCUACACUCUCCUAAUAUAUAUAUAUAUCUGUAAUGGUACUUUCUAGAAUUCAUUUUCAUAACCAAAUCAAGUUUGUGUUGGAUAGUUCUUCUAGGGGUGCAGUGCUUUGUUAAAAGGCCAGGGACAUUAACAGGAAACAUGUCACUGUGCAGAGAACACUUGGCACGUUACUAUUACAAAAGCAAGUAAGACAAGUUUCUGUGUGUGUUUGUUAUACAAAGGAUUUGCAGCUCAGCCCUCACAACACCAGGAAAGGGCUAAUCCUGAUAUAAAGCAUUAUGCGUUUCCUCGUAAAUGUAUAUGCAUAAGUCAUUUCUAUUUGUUUUAGAAGUCAACUUCAUAUUGAAAGCUAUAUGGCAAGCAGAAUUCUCAUCAUUCUUAAUAGAGAAAAGUAAUUUCUCAAAGGCAAUUGAAGCUAUAGCACGUCUUCUUUCAUUUACAUACAACAUAAUUGCAACCCAAAAGGUUUGCUGUAUGAGAGUUUUUCCAUAAAAAGUUAUGAGUCCGUACAAUUCUCAUGGACUACAGCAAUAUCUCAAUACCUGUACUAUUGCAUGGAGAGAGGAAAAAAGUACAAAUAUCUAUAAAUUGCCAGGUCUUGGUGUUUGGAUUGCACCUUUUAAAACAUUUUAUCAUUUCUAGCAUCUGUAGAAUAUAUACUACCUGUAACCUCAGUACUGAUGUAGAAACAGACUGUGGGUACAUUGACACAUUAAAGGCAGAACUCUGUAGCAUACGAAUGCGCUAGUGCGGUUCAGAUUGAAUACCAGUUGGAGAUUGCUGGAAUAGUCAAAUGUAGAACACAAUGUUUCAAUGUGAAUCUUAUUCGCAAUAUAAAAUAGAAUGUUGUAAUCCAGAGCUCAGAGGACAGAUCGAUAUCUAAUUUCACUAGUUGUCUACGUACAAAGUUGGUCCUUUGUAUUUCGAAAAAAAAAAGGCUGCAACCUUGCAUUGAUCUGUAUUUUCCAUUGUAAAUUGCAAACUUGUUUUAUAAUGUGUAAAAGUAAGGCUAAUCCUCGGGGCACAAACUUACUUCUAAGACGAGAAGCCUACAAAAGAUCAGCAUUGCCGAAUUUGGCUCCAGGUCAGUUUAUAGCAUGUAAAAUUACAGCUCUCAUAACAUUUAAUAACAAGAAUAGCGUUAAUUAAUAAACAAUGGAUAUAACAUGUGGCAUGCUGCAGGGUGAAAUGUGUGGAGUUUCCAAGUCAUAUAAAACUAAUUUGAAGGGUUUACCAAGUCAUAUCUCACUAAAAUCCCUCCAAACUUUGUUAGAAUAAUGGAGCAGUGCCUGAAUUGCUGAACUGCAAGGAAACUUGUUAUCAGUGAGAACUCUUCACCAUUGGAUAUUUUCACAAUACCCCACUGCAUUCUUUAGGGGUAUCACAUGGAAUAUCAGACGCAUGGUAGUGGAGAAAUCGAUAAGUACUGAAUGUAUUAACACAGAGAACAUUGAUUCACCUAGUCUUCCCUGUCUUAAAUUGCAAGGUCAUUUUGUUAUUUGUUCCAAACGAUUGUCGUUAGCUGGGAAUACCCAUCCCCUACUGUUGUAGAGCAGCAGCUACCCUCAUGCUCCCCUUACUGCCUGAUACUCAUUAGUUUAGUUAUACCACCGCUGAAGAUCUCCUUAUUGCCCUUCUGUGUUAUUCAGGAUUCAGAAGUAUAGAAGUAUUUGUGAAUUGAUUUACUGUGUUAAUUGGUUCAAAACAGGGCCGUUUGUAUUUCUACUACAUGCAAAGUGAUUUUUAAUUUUACCCCUUUCACAACACACUUUCCUCCACCAUUCAAAUCCAAUAAACACAGUUUUGGGUCUUGCGAUGAGAUCCUGCCCCAGUUCUAUAGUUACAUUUUAACUGGUUAUGAGAUGGUCUUCAUCCACUCGGGGCACGUUACCUUUCAGGCUUGGAUGUCCAGCUGCUGUUAGACUAUAGACUAUAACAUCAUUACAUGGUACUCCAACAACAAAUUAAGGCUCACAGAUGGACUUUCCAGUCUUAGAUUGUUGGUCAGUUAACAGAUGACUCUCACAAUGUAAGGUUUGUAAUACAAAUUGUUUGUUUUAACCUUGGUCCUAAAUAGAUCAUAAUAGCCUUGUUUGCUUUAUAGUGUAGACGUACCAGUCAACACUAAGUUGAUAUAUAUAUAUAUAUAUAUAUAUAUAUAUGUCAAUUAACAAGAAAAUCAUGUAUAUGAAAUUAUUUUGACUCUCUCAAAUGAACCAAGUAGUUGGCUCUGCUAUAUUAAGUUAUUUUCGAAAGUGUAACCUUUUAUUUUAUUUUUUUUCUUGUCCACUCUUGAUCGUUUGUCUUUCUUGCAGCAAUUAAAAUGCAGUUAUCUUCCGUAGUCACGUGACACAAUAUCCAUUUCCAGAAAAGAAAAUGUAACCUAUGUACAUUGUAUUGUCCAAAUCGAUUUAUAGAUUGUAUUUUUUUUACUAUGUUUGACUUUGUCGUUGCUGUUGGCCAUAGACCUUAUAGCUAUAACCACAACUUGUACUUGUUAAUCCUUUUUGCUGCAUCCUUAUUUUUGAUGGCAUUCCGCAGUAUGUGAUGUGUAGCAAAGUGUCUAGGCUCCGUUUUAGAACUUCUCUAAACAGAACUUGUCCUGCUCAUGUUUGUGGAUGAUAGGUCUUCAAAUAAUCUGUAUCGAGGGAAAGAAAUCUCCCUAUCAUCUUUGUAGUCCUGGUCUGCCUGACGAAUACAAAUAAGGGUGAUGUAGAGAUUCACAAAGUGUUAGUUGGAUGAAGAAAAAUAAAGAAUAGGGCAGCUGUUUUUAUGGAGGGGACCACAACGACACGGAAAAGGAUAGAGUAAAGGGAAAAUAGAGCAAAGUCCCCAGUCAACUUGGACACUUUAUUAGCAGGAUAUCUCAGAAGAUACAUACAAUGACAAAGAGUGUUGAUAGGUGGUUUGGCCAAUAUUACAGAAGGUAAGAUGGCAUAGUUUGAAUCUAUACCGUGGAAAUGGAAGUGUAAAAUAAUUGUAUUAAUAGCGGAUACAUAAAGUACAUCUGUAUCUUGCAGAUUUCACACUUUGUUAAAACAUAUGGUCCUCUUCUGGUGCAACUGUCCAGUAUGUCUAUUCACAAUUGUGACCUGUGCAGUGUUGGUGCAUGGAAAUCCUCAUAACUAUUGUUUAUUUUUUGUUUGAUUCGUUAAAUGAUACAUAACGUGUAAAAUAUUUCAUUUGCCGAAUAAGUAGUAAACUAAAUAAAUCUCAUGGUUUCAUAUUUUCUUAGAGCUAAUAAGUUUUGAUGAUCUCAUGCCUACCUCAGAGAAUUUAUCACAUCCAACAGCAAGCAGACCAAAGGUGCCUGGAAAGAGAUUGCCCGGUCGAUUCAACGGGGUUAAUUCUGUAAGUACAGUUCUCGUGAUGAGACAGUAAAUAUCCUUAUUGAGGUUGAAAUGCCAUAAGACACCUGGACAGCAAGGUGUUUGCUUGAUGUUUGGAUCUGGUCAUCUGGGCUAUGUUUGCGUUUCUCUUUUAACUUUUGCAAGGAAUGUUGAUUGAUCUUAUAUGGCAUCAUUUCCCAUUGGACAAAAUAUUUGCUCUUUCUGAAAUGAGAUAUUUUCUUGGUACUCAAUGGUCAUGGUGAUGUACAUAUCUUACGAAUGUAGAAGACUGCAGAGAAGAAAACUGCAGCUUUUUCAAGCUGUUAUGUUAAAUAUACCCCCAAUAAAACAAACUGCAUAAUUUAAAUGCUCACAGGUUUUAUAGCUUUACUCCAGUUGUCAAACCUCCCUAGUAGUGUAGGCCCAGUAUUCCCAUUGAGGUGAGUUUGCAGAUUGUCAAAGAACCUUCAGAACAGAAUGCACAUUGCAAAGCUUUGCAUCUUCUGCAAUCAGUAGGUAUUUAACACCAUAAUGUAUGUACCUUGUUUAGAUGAAAAUAGUCUGCAUAUUUGUAUUGAAAAAAUCUAUGAAAAAUUAAGGGUUUAUGAGAACACUUGUUAUCUAGCAAUUAAAAAAAACAAAAAACUGUUUUUCUACUUUUUAGUUUUGUUAUAUGUAGAAAACCUUCUGAGAUUGACUGCCACAGAUGUACCAUUCAGAUUAUAGACUCAUUGAUGAAUAAUUGUGUUGUGUUUUACGUUCUAGCAUUCUACAGACUUGACUGACAACCUAAAGGUAGCCAAGGAUGAGGAGGGUGAAAGUGCCAAAGUAAAGGCUCCUGAAGUUAAAAAGGUACUGCAUACUUGUUGUGCAACUGCUGGAUUAUUUAUACAACGGCUGGAGUACUGCUUAUAUAUGUACUUCUAUAUAUAUAUAUAGAUUAGUCUAGUUAGUUUCAUCCAACACUUUUAUGAGCUUUCAAUAACUGCAUAAUAUAUAGGCUUUAUUUUAUAUUGUACUGGUUAAGCAGUAGAAAUUCAAAUUUAGUCUUAUUUAUUUUAAAAAGAAAUUAUAUUUUGAAGUUGAAUUUGUUAAUUUUAAGUAUUUUCGGAACACUGUUUUGAACUGGAAAGAUACCAAAAUGAUAUCCCAGUGAUAGCUUAACACGGUGUUAAUGUCAAUUAUUUCAAGGAACAUGUAUUCCUAACACUGUAGUAAAAGCAUUUUACUUACCAUUCUUCCCCCGGCGCACCAGACUCACCAAGGUGACCCCUGCUCCUUGAGCUGAGAUUAAUACUGAUGAUCUCAGCCAAUCCAAUACUUCCCCAUAGGGAAACAUUGGGGUGCUAGUAUGAGUGAAUGUCUAGCUUUCAGCCGCAUUAGGCAGCAGUGUAGACAUUUAGAAAAGGCUGCUUUUACACUGCUAAGUUGCAGGGACAUUCUAUUUGCCACAGAACCAGCUGUAGUGUCCCUUUAAAGUAAUUCCUUCAUUGCUGCCCAUCGUCUCCAUAUUGCCAUUGGAGCUACCUAUCUUGACAUGAUGCUCUUUCACACCUUAUUUAGAAGAAAGACAUUGACAAUCUAGUGAUCUUUGUUCCAUGGAAAUAGAAACAAUCGUAAGCACUAUAAUAAAAUGGUAACGCAGAGGAUGCCACCUGUCAGCCUUAUUAAAGGGACACUAUAGUCACCCAGACCAGGUCCCUCAGGUUUUAACCCUUCAGAUGCAAACAUAGCAGUUUCACAGAAACUGCUAUGUUUACAUUUGGGGUUAAUAUAGCCUCUAGUGGCUGUCUUCCGGGCAGCCACUAGAGGUGCAUCUGCGACGCUGGAGGCACAUUUCGCCUCCAUCGCACAGAGCGUCCAUAGGGAAGCAUUGAGAAAUGCUUUCCUAUGGACACUUUGAAUGCUCACGUGGCACUCGCUGUGCUUGUGCAUUCGGCUCCGCUGAUGUGGGCGGGGGAGGAGAGGUCACCAGCGCCGAGGGAGCCCGGCCAUGGAUUAAGGUAACCUGUGGGAGUGGGACCCUGACACUAUAGUGAUCCUUUAAUGGUUAUCUGUUAUUUACAUGGUGUGCUUGAAAUUAAUAAAACUUCCACAAUCAUUGAGUUUAAAUUAGAUACUGUUCUGAGCUCAUUGUCUAGAUAUUACUAAAUAUUACUCAGAAAUACUUGGAAUGCCUGUGAAAUUAAAUUAAAGUAUACUUGGAAACAUUAGUACUUUCUGCUUUAUUGUGCACUUUGUUGUGACAAAAUAUGUGUAUUUAAAUCGGUUACAAUGUGAGGGGAAUAUGUUAAUGGCUAAAUGUGUGACCCAAUAUAUAUGAAAGUACUCUCCUAUAGAUGUAACUGAUAUACUUUCCUCUCCUAGGCUGCUGUUUGAGAUGCCUUGCAUGCAAUAACAUACAAUUUGGAAGUUUUCUAAGCUGUCAUAUGUAUAACAUUAUAGGUACUGAUUUUUGUUUUGAUUAUAAAAUGUAAUACAAGAAGAUUAUGGUUCAAUAUAAACAGAACAGUACAAUAUGUAAUUAUUGCAGCUUUUUUACAUUCUUCUAAAAAUAUUUUUCCAAUUUUUUUUUUUCCCAGACACCUCUUUCCACCUCCACCCCUCCUGUAUCCACUUCUACACCUCCUGUAACAACACCGUCUCUGGUCAAAUUACCCAAUUCCGCUACACCUCCUGUAACCACACCCACGCCGUCUCUGGUCAAAUUACCCAAUUCCGCUACACCUCCUGUAACCACACCUACGCCGUCUCUGGUCAAAUUACCCAAUUCCGCUACACCUCCUGUAACCACACCUACGCCGUCUCUGGUCAAAAUACCUAAUCCCUCUACACCCUCUGUAACCACACCCACGUCCUCUCUGGCCAAAUUACCCAAUCCGUUGAUCCCUAUCCCCCUGAGCCCUGUCAUCUUGACUCCAGUUCCCGCAGAAUUUAAAGUGAAAAGUGAUGUGAAUGAGGGUAAGAAGAGUGAGCUGGAAGAGCUGAAGGCACAGGUCGGCGAGCUCCUUACCAUCGUGGAUGCACUUAGGAAAGAGCAUAGGUAACAUGCAUUCUACGUAUCUAUUAACAACAUGUUUUCCAGCUACCCUUAGGGUCUGGGUUGGUGAUUCCUUCUGUCUCACUUGUUUGAUGGGAAAGUGUUUAUGGUAUGAGGUCCCAGGGCAUGCUUGUAUACCACAUAAAAACAAAAUUUUAAGGAUUUGAUUUUAUUUGAUUUAUUUUACCUUUAUGUUAUGGGAAAUUAGUUAUGACUUUCCAUAUGCACGUGCUCGCCAAUCCCUCAUAAAUGAAUGAGCGAAAUGCUCAAGCUGUCUCUUUUCAGUGUUUUAUAAUUUAAUGUAGCUAGAGGACAGAUCAAGAAUGAACAUCCGUGCUGAAAAUUUACUUCAUUUGUCAUCACUGACAUCCCUCUCUAUCGUUCCUUUCCCUGUAGGAAUGAGCUGGAGAAGAUAAAGAAAGACUUAGAACAUGAAAAACUGCUGCGAACCAGUCUUGAGGUGAGCGUUUCCUGUGAGCCAAAUGUAAUUAACAUAACGUGUGGAGAGCUCUUCCUUCCAAACACCAACGUAAUGCGUGAAAGAGUCAUUCACUACAGGAACACUGAGAGAAAUACUCUUUAUGUAUUCUUACAUCAUUGAAAAUCGCCCAUAAUGCACAUUGACCUUUUAAUCUUGUGGCAAUUUGUUUCUGUUUGACAUGUACCCGUUAGCAGCUGACUGCAAAGCCCAGGCCAUUUCUUUCCCCUCUUCUUCUCUCAAUGCAUGUUGCCGGAUGAUGUGUUUAGAACUUAGAACAGUGAUUGACAGGGAGCCAGCAUUCCGCUGCUCAGUUCCUGGUUAGGUUCUAAUAUUUAAAACCCAGUGAAAUGACGAGUCCUUUUUAAGCACACCAGUUCCUGGCUUCAGAGUGAAUAACGCAUUUAAAAAGCAAAGGCAGUUUUCUUUCUCUUGCACUCAAUUGAUUUAAAACAGAUCAUUGUUGUUUUUUGCCCUCAAAACCCAUGCCCACUGUACACCAAACAAAGGUUUUAACUUGUUUACCUUUAUUUAAUUGUAUUUGGAAUAAACAAUCUUUACUGUCUCCACUUAGAGCGAGAUUGAGAAGUUGAAAAACGCCGUCCAUUUGACAUGAUGACUCAAGUUCCUGGAUUGGUCAGACGGUUGGCGUCUCUUACAAACCUUAAUGCUGUAUUCCCACGUUGAUGGAAGCAUGGAACAAUGCACAACAUGGCAUUUCUCAUGAAAAUAAACUUUAUUUUAUAUAUAUUAUUUUUUAUUUUUUUUGCCAAUACGAUAACGCGGCCUUACUUCUCACUGUGCUGGAAUCUGCAAACCUUUUCUAUGUUGGGUUUGCGUGAAAAUACUACUGAAUUUAUGUAUAAAGAGAGGGAAUUCUGUAUCAGACUUUUAUCAAGUACUUAUGUAAUUUUUAAAUAUGUUUAUGCUCUGAAAACGGUGAUAUAUCUUUACAAAUAAUCUGUAACAUAGUUUAUUCGUGGAGGGGAGGGAAAAUUAUAAAAAAAAAAAAAAGCCUUAGAAUAAUGGUAGUUUGCUACUUUCCCUGAUCAGGGAAAGGGAAUAUAAUGAUAUUAUUUUGUACAUUUUUAUCCCUUUAUCCUAGGAUCACACACAGUGGUGCCUGUUUGCAGUCAGAGUAUUAAGAAAAAGAAAUAUGUAUAUUUAGAUUUAUAUCAACUUGUAAACUGUUCGUACUGUAUGUAGGAAGCAAAAAGCAAAAAAUCACCUAUGCACAUACUAUAUAUAUCCCCCCACCCCCAUUAUUUUUUCUUCAUUUUAAAUAAGAGACUGUGUCAUUAAGUCACUUGCACUAGGACAAACUACAAGGGAUCUUUGUUAAAUCUAGUGUUGCUUGAGCAUUGCACUUAAACACUGCGUAAUUCUGUAGACCUCAUGAAGGUGUAUAGAAGUACUUGCUCAGCUGAACCGGUCUAUAAUUGGCUUUUAUCAUGGGUCUAAUUAACCUGCCUUUAAAUCCGCCCUGCGUCGGAGAUACUGGCAAUCAGACCAUCUCUGUGCUGUUUGGCCCAAUGUAUUUAGUUUUUUCAUAAACUGCACAAGAAUCUGACAUAAGGACUACCUUUUCCCCCCUGAAUAAAGUAGGACACCUUGAUAUAGAAUAUAUAUGUUUUGCUACAAAAUUAGUGCAAGUUAGUGACCCUUUUGAUGAUCGCCUUCAGUGAUCGCCUUUAUAUGAUGUAAUCUAUAAUGCUAUUAUUUUUUAUUUUUUUUUAUCAGUAUCAGAAUGGAUGCUCUUGACUGCUUGAAUCUAAAUUAGGAAUUUACGUUUUUUUCCCCCAAGAUUACUUGGCAGAUUAAUUGCACAGAUUUUUUUUUUUUUACCUCUUUUAGUGACCUAUCUUGAAAAUGAAAGGAGCUUUACUGGAUAAUUCAGUUUAUUCAUUUUGUUUUUUGUUUUUUUUUAAUUUAAUAUAAACUCAGUGGUGUACUCGGACUAAGUCUUUCAGCUGGUAACUGUGCACAUGUUAUCUUAUGGUGAAAGACAAGACAAUCGGUUUGAACUAAAAUGUAAAGAAUACCAAAAUUGAAUGGCCUUGUUUCGUGUAGCAAUAAAAUUGACUAAGUGCAAUGAGAUGAUUUAACAAAGCAAUCCUUUAUAAGCUGCUAUGGGUUAUUUCCAGCCAUAAAAAGUAUCACACUAAUGUAUGUCAUGUUGUCUUUACCUAAACGAUUUAUACAGAACAUUCCAAAUCCUACUGGAUCUCCUUAAAUCAGUGCAUUCAACUUACUGUUUACAGGUGCUGUAAAAUAUUGCAUGCUUUCAGAAUGGUUAAUAAAAUGAUUGAAUUUUCACUCAGGCAAUUUAUUUCUAGCACUUCUAUGGUAACGGGUGAGCUUUAUUCUGUUCUAUUCUGGUAU